ACAGGAGAGGUGGCGAAGUUUUGCAAGGGGAUAUUUACUCCAUAGGAGGGACUGAGGGAGAGUUGUGGAAAAGGAGCUCAAAGUGCUUUAUGCGACGACGGCUCGAAAGGCGACCUUCGGCCUCCCUCGGAAACCAAUUGCGCCGCCUCCUGUCGCGACAAGGAGCGUUUCAAAGUGUGGCAAUUCCAGAUUCAGACGAGGAUUAAUUGGUGCCUUUUCCUCUUCUGAGAAAAAGGCGACGCCUGCGUUUGACCUCGGCUGCUUUCGAGCUCUCUUCCUUCACUUCACAAAGAGAGAGAGAGGCGGGCGAGUUGGGGGGUCAAAUGGAGGUUAAAAUGGUCCUUGGGAUUGUGUGGAAAAGACUCGCUCCUCAUAUUAAUCUAAUCCCUCCAUUUCCCCCUUGCUGUUCUUGGUUAUGGGUGACGUGAAAGAAAGGCAAGGAUCGUGCGCGGGUUGGUUGUGUUACUGGCAGUGGGCAGGAGCGUGUGGAUUUGCCGCCCAGCUCCAACUUCCCACCGGUCUUCCGGCCACAGCUGAAAAGUUGCGCCUUUGCUUUCACCCGCCUCUGCCCCCCAAAGCACCCCCCAUUCUCAGCGGCACAAGCGACAGGCAUGGCGCGGAGAGGCGCUUCUGCGUGUUUGGCCUGAAAGCGCUGGCGAGCCGCACGGUGGUCGUGGCCCUUUAAGAAGCCCGGGGAGCGGGGCUGGAUCGGAGAGCGCCAUAACCACACCGCCUGCGCCUGAGUGGGAUAGGCUGCUUUGGCAGGGAUGGGCUGGGAGGAGCCCUCCUGCAUCUGCAAACUCUGGCCAGGGAAAGAGCGAAGGGGGUAGAGCUGGGGGGGGGGGAGGAGGAAGAGGAAGCAGAAGCAAGAAAGGGGAAAGGGGGGGGGGACACAGGCAGGCGCCGAGGGUGCUGUGGGGCUCAGGCUCGCCUAUCCCUUAGCAGCGCAAUCUCUGCAACCGCUGCGUUUAAAAGUUUAUGCGCUUUGGGUCCAGGAGCGUUGGCUGCGCCGACCCUCCCGGAGGAGGGGUUUCUUUCGUCUUAUCUUCCCCUCUACCCGUCUCCGAGAUUUACACUCCUUCCCUCCCCCCUCCCGCUUUAUUUUGUUACUUGCUUCUGGGGUUCGUGUUGCAGAGGACCAGCGCUAUGCCCCGGAAGAGUAUCUUGGAGGUGAAGGUGCUGGACGUGCAGAAGCGGCGAAUUCCCAACAAACACUAUGUGAGUGAGCGUGGCAUGUGUGUUGGUGUGUAAGUGUAACCCGCGGUCGGGUGGGGAGAAUUGCUGAGAGCGCCUUGAAAUCCUCCAGCCCACUGUUUCUCAAACUUGGGUCCCCAGAUGUUGUGGGACUGCAGCCGUUCAUUUUCCUCACAUGCUGGGGCAGAUCUGCUGCCCUUGAUACAGCUGCUUUGCUGGGAUUUCGCACGGGCAUCUUCCCCCUUCGUGUGUUUUUUUUUUGGGGGGGGGGGCGUUGGCUGCAGCUCCCUAGCUAGCAGAGAGGCGAUGGGGUCGCCUCCCCGCAGCCGCUUCUGUGCGGUCUCUUCCAUUCCCUCCUGGAUCCACUGUGAGUGCAUGUUGUAGCUGGAAUGGUCUGUCUGUGCACACACUGCAACUUCCUAGCAAGCCAGGCAGGAAGUUCUUGCCGCCUGGCUCUUUCUUUUCUUUCACCAGCGUUGACAUUACAAAGGCAGGAUUGUGCAUGUUGACCAGCCCGUCACUUUAAAUCUCUGGCCAGUGCUCUGGACGGGUCCCAUCGUGGGAUGGGCAAGCAUAAGUCUCCCUUGGCGUUUGCUUUUAAUGGUUUGCUUGGAAAGUUAAACUGCUGGAGGGGAUCUGGAGAGCAGCUGCUCUCCUGGCAGAGAAAUCUACAUGGGUUUCUUCUUUCUCAGAAAGGAAAGUAGUGGCUUUCCUGCCAGAUUUGUGUUCAGCAGCCUAGAAGUGCAUCUGUAGGGUGUGUGAGAAGUUUGCUCAGAUUUCGAUAUACCCAGGCAAGAAGACCUCUGGUACUCCCUGCUUUUGUGCCCGCUAUGCUUUACAGGCAUUGUAAGGCUGUGGGAACCUGGCUGCAAUGUGUCAGAACUGUCAGAUUCUGUUUGGAGUGUGUAUCCGUUGGGGCUGGUGACUGGCAGGUUGGGUGCUGCAGCUUGUCAUUUCCCCUAAACUGGGGUAUGCCUGCUGAAUAGCAAACACCUCCCCUUCUUGCAGGGUCUGUUCUCCCACUUUUAAUAUCCUGCCUGUUCUGUGCUGAAUCCUUAACACAAAUAUUUCGUGCAUUAUAGAUUGCGAGGGAACACAGUCUCUACCCAAAGAGUUGACUGGCAACUCUGUUAAAGAAUCUAUGGCAAUGUUUAAUUCAUUCACAACACACACACACACACACACACACACACACACAUGCACACACACACACACACACACACACACACACGGAGCUGGAGGGGUGAGACUGUGCAAAUAGAGACAGCAGAGAUGGAAGGUUGUGCUUCACAUAUGGGAACCUGAUUGUUUCUGAGAAUAAUGAAAAAAGGAGUUAAGUUAGGAGGCAGCCAGGAGGAUGCAGAGGAGAACAAGGAGUGAAUGGUAGCAUAGGAUGAAACAUGAGUAGAAAAUGCAGGUCUUUUAAUUCCAUAUUGGUGCAGCAAUCUUUCACUAUACCUACCCCUAAUGGUAUAAUGAUCCCUCCCCUGCCCUUUUGAGAUAAAAAAACUAUGAUACUGUGAUAGUUUUCAUAUAUUUAUACUGUUCUCAGCAACAAUUGUCACUUUGCUUUAGAAUGUCAUAACAAUCUGACCUUUUAUUUUAUUGCAUUUAUAUCCCACUUUUCUCCAAAGGAGCUUAAGGUGGUAUACAGGGUUCCCCAUUUUUAUCACCACAAUGUAAUUGUGAGUUAGGCUAGGCAGAGAGAGAGAGAGAUGGACUUGGCAGAGACCACUCAAUAAGCUACUGAGAAAAAAUUUGAACCUGGUCUCUGAGCUCCAACUUUGUUCUCUUCAGAUGUUGUUUGACUCCCAACUCCCAUUAGUGCUAGCCAGCACAACCAGUAGUCAGGAGUGAUGGGGAUUUACAGUCCAAAAAACCUUUGGAGGGCACCAGGUUGGGGAGGGCUACUUUAACCACUGCACCACAGCUACAAUCUGCCAAAUUUUGAUAGUGGAGAAGGCAACACAGGGAAGCGGGUGGGGAGAGGAAGAUAAACAAAGGAAACAAGUAGUGGGGAUGAUCUACAGUACAAUCCUAUGCCAAUAAACUAUUGUGUCCAUUAGAGUUUACUCCUUGUUAAAUAUGUUUAGGAUUUCAGCCAAAAUGCAGUUGCAGACAUGUGCUUUAGAACUGGCUGUAGUUGGAGAUGAGAUUCUACUUACUUAAAAAUAUUGAUGAUGAUGAUUAUUAAUUAAUUAGAUUUAUAUACCACCCUUCCUCACAAGAUCUCAAGGCGGUUCACAGGUUAAAAAUACAAGGUAUAAACACCAGUUAAUAAUUAAAACAAAAACAAAAAAGCAAUACCCCCUUCCACAAACACAUUUAAAAGCCUCUUCUACUAGAUUGCUGCUGCUUUUUAUAACGCUUGCUUUUUAAAAUACCUUGCUUAUAGCAUGACAUUUCCUUGUGUAUCUUAUUAGACUGGGACAGAAUUACUGGUAGGUCUUGCUUUUACUCUUCACUAUGGAUAAUUUCUUUUGUUUCUUAAAAGUGAAUGCUGCCUUUGCACCAAAUGAUGCUAUAGUGCUGGCCACAUUCAUCCUUUGAAAUACAUUCCUGAGUUGACUGGAAUAGGUUUUUUUAAUCUUUGGAAGGAUCUGCCAGUGACUACAGAUAGAGAUGCUCUUAGCUGUGUUCUAGUUCUGUCUGGGACAUCAUAGUAUGGAGGAAAUGCAUAAUCAAAGGGGGGAAAGAUGGUAGGCUCUUAAACAUAAGAGAAAAAGUGAGUCAUUUGGGAAAAGACAAUCCUUUAAAUCAGAAGGAAAACCAAGAAGAAAUUGUUUCCUGUAAUGAAGGAUAGGCGAAGUGAAUCAGUUUGGUAUAGCUCUUCAGUUCAGAUAGACAUAAGAUUUGAUUAUCAUACCCCAGAGGUUUUCAACCUUUUUGAGUCCACGGCUCCCUUAACCAAUUGCAUUCUUUCUGUGGCACUCCUGUGGGGCUCAGGAGCCCAGUUAUGUCACGCCUUGCCUGCAGAGCUGGCAGCCUCUCACCCUUUUUUGAAGACCCUCCCUUGUGGAGUGUUCCCUCAGCCUCUUCUCUCCCUUUUCCUUGGGAGUCCUUGGGGCAGCCGUCCCUUGUCCAUGAGCUGACCCCCGCCCCAAAGAGAGGUGUUUCCCAGAGGCACCAUUCACCUAUGGAGCUUAUGGCCAGGGCUGCUGCAACAAACAGCUGUGCAAGCCUUUGGGAGGCAGAGACAAGAGAGGGCAUCAGAGCAGGGAGGGAAGGAAAGAGGGAUGGAGGCCAGUGUUGCCCACGGCACCCCUGACCAUCAUUCUAGGCACCCCAGGGUGCCACAGCACACUGGUUGAAAAACACUGUCAUACCCUAAUGACCUGUUGUUGUUUAAAUGAAGCAGUCCCGCUUUCUAGCUGACUGUAGGGUUGGGCAGUUGUUUGUAUCUUGGUGAAUUCAAAUGCCAUGGUUGCUACUGCAGAAAUCAGCUCUGUAAUUUGCACUCCCUCCUUCCUUUGAGUAGAUUAAUUCCUUGGUCUCCUUUCCCAGCUCUGAAAGUUUUGGAGGUGGAGGAGGAAAAGGGGCUUGUACCCAACCUCCCAGUAAGAUGCAGUGUGAGAUCAGGAACUUGUGUUGCAAUCCCCUAUGCAUGCUUACCUGAGAGUAAGCACCAGUGAGCACAAUGGGACUCCUGUGCGAAAAUGCACCGAAUUGUUCUUAAGGGUAAGGUCCUGACAACCAAUCUUUGCUUGACUACCAAGACCCAAACCAAAUUUGUGGGUCUCCACUGAGUGCAUUUGCAUACAUGUUACUGUGUGCAACCUGCACACUGGGAUUGUGUGUUAUGAAAAAUCAGCUUGCUCACAAACUGCCCUCUUGCAUCAGACCGAAAUAUCCAUCUAGUCAAGCAUUUGGUUUCCAUCUGCUCACCAGCUGCCUCAGCGUGGUUAAUUGUGAUUUUGGAUUUUAGAAGCAAAUAUUAAGAUGGGAAAUACACUUCAUGCUAGCCAAUGUGUGUUCUCAAACAGCACUUGCAAUGGGAAAAUUGGGGUGGGAAUAGGAAUUCUGCCCUGUAAAUUUCUUCCUCACUUUUUUUUAAUGAAAAAAGCUUAAUCAGUGUUGAUUCCAAUUGGGCAGCCCUGCGGGGGGGUGUACUAAAAGUGUGUGUGUGGGGGGAGAGAGAGAGAGAGAGAGAGAGAGAGAGAGAACCAUUUGCAGGGGAGAACUGAUGAACAGGGAAAGGGUUAAGCAUCCUUCUGUGCUGGUUCUCACCUGCAAAUACCUCCCCCCCCCCCCAUUAGUAUUACAAGGCAAAUAAGGAUGAUAAUGAUAUGGUGGCUCUAGAACCUAUAUUUAUUUUAUGUCCAAAGAUUUCUGCUGGCCAUAUAUAUCCAAUGAGUUCCUUCAGACAAGUUCAGCUCUUUGUCUGCAUACCUGGGACUGUUUGCACGGAGCAAGAAUAUGUUGUGUGAACUAGGCCUGAUGCUCAUUGUUAUUUACACAGAUCUUUUUUUUCUGUCUUGCCCUUCCUCCAGUUAUUUAUGAUGGAAAAAAUACUGACUUCUCCCUUUUGGAGUAGCAUGAAAAUGGUUGGUGAUGUCAUAAUUCCUCUUCAAAUUACAGUACUGCUCUAAGUGAAGGAUUAAAGGCUGCCUUCCCUCUUGGCAACUGUGAGCCUUCCUCUUCUUCCAGCAAUGGAAAAUAUCCACCACAAAUAUGUUUGCUCUCAUUUGAUUCCUUAGAUGAUUCUUUAACAGUUAAAAGUUUUUAGCCCUUGAAAAGAGAAUGAACUUAUGAUUCUGUAUUUCAGCUCUGACAACCUUUGCAGGAAUAUCUGUGUUGUGGUUGAUUUGAAAUUGGUUGCUGCUGACCUUUACACACCAAGACUAGACCUUUGUUCUUUACCUUGUACCUGAGCUAGGAGUCUUUCACCCUAUUUUUAAAUGUUCACAUAUGCUUUCCACUCGUCCCAGUGGAUGAAAAUAAAGGAUGAGAUUUCCUUUGGAAUCCAUAGUUUUUCAGCUUGCCAUGUAUUUCCAUCUUUUGAAGGGCAGGUGUGAAAAUAAAGGACAAUUUUAGGAGUCUUCUUUUGUCUCUGGAAUCCUAUGUUGUUUUGUUUCUGAAACUUUGAAACCUUCACACCCACACACAUUUAAAUUGAUGUGAUUAUACCAUCAACCUGCAGAUAGAAGACAUCUCCAAACAUAUUCUUAUCUAAGAGGCUUUGUCUGUGAAUUAAGAGGUCACCAGCAAUGAGAUCUUACUACUUUGGUACAUGCACUGUUUCUUCACUGGUGACAUUCCAGUGAUUCCAAAGCACAAGAACCCCACUCCAACAAUAGUUGUGGAAAAAUAAUUAGAAUUGUUCAGAGAAAGCUUGAAUGGGAAAGAUUCGCAAGGCCAUUCUCUCUCUCCCUCCGCCCCCAUUUCAUCAUGGACAGUUGUACAUGCAUACAUACAGUGACCACAUGAAGAAUGGUAAACCAGUUUGUACCCUUAGGCAGCCUGCAACCAUCUCUGUGCCCAGGUGCUAAAAAAAGUACAGUUGGGCAAUGUAGUUGCACUAAACUUUCGGCCAUGAAGCUCACUGUGUGGCCAUUGCCAGGCACACUGUUUCUCAGCCUAAACUACCACAAGUGGACAAAUGGUGUAAGCUGCUGCCUUCAGUUCGUUAGAGGAAUAAAUGCAUUUAUUCUGUUUCUGUUUCUGAAACCCUGUGAACUAGAUUAACGUUGAAGUGAAAGAGAACAGUGUUUGCCCUUGAAUCUGUACAUAAGAACAAGACAGAUUCCCAAAGACAGUUAAUUAUAUACACUCCAAACCUAUUUUUACACAAUAAGUGGAGAGGCUGAGUCAUCUUGCUGUUGGCUACCUACAAGGCUCUUUCUGUGAGGUUGGAGCCAACCGUAAAUAGGCCUGUUAGGCCUUCUCAACUACUUUGAGCACAGACCUGCCUUUCUCUUCCCUGAAGGCAGUUUCUUAGUAUUCAUGAGUUUGGAAAACUCCCUACUUUCAGAGUGUCAUAGUCUGACCUAGAAAUGACCUGUGCAUUCCCCACCCCUACCCCUAGACAGACAAACAGUUGCACUUAAUUCUAUGGAAAGUUCUAUUUUCAGCUGUGGGGCAGUAAUGGGGAGACUGGUUCUGAGAAAAGACUGAGGAAGAUGUGGCCUUGAGUAACAGUUGCUACUCAUUUAUUGAGUGCUCGGAAGAUCUGAUGUUUGAGGAUCUGCUUCUGUCCUCAUAUAUCUCUGUGGUGGCUGUAACAGAGUGCAGAGUUAAACUUGCAUAUAACUUUUGUUUCUUCCUCCUCCCCACAUCCCCUCAGCUUUGGAGAAACCUGCUUCAAAUGAACUUGUUGCAUCUAGUUAGUGGGGUUAUGAUAUCAAAUCUGUGUUUCAUAAUGAACUUAACCUUUUCUCUCAUCUCAUGGUUGAUGAAUGGGUCAACACCUGUUUGGGCAAUGGGUCAGCUUUGUGUUUAGGGAUCUGAACUUUUGCCUUGUGUUGCCGAACAGUCUGAAGACAGAUAUUGAUUGAGUCUGGGAGGAGUGUAAGUGUGGAGGAGGAGGAGGAGGAGGAAGGCAAAAGUGAACUAUUUAGUACAGGUGUGGGAAACCUUUGGUCCUCUAGAUGUUGCCGAAUGACAACUCUUAUAAUCCCUGGCCAUUGGCCAUGCUUGCCAGCGCUGAUGGCAGUUGUAGUUUAGAAACAUCUGGAGAGCCAAAUGUUCCCCACUCUUGAAUUAGUACCAUGGCUCCAACUGAUCUAGAUUAAUCCCUGGAUUUCUCAGUGGCAACCUCAAAAAGAGGACUGUUGUACUUGUUUGCAGUCUGCAUGCAACUGCUGAGACUUGAAGGGAAAGGCUGUGUGUUAAGAGUACAAGGCCUGUUAUCCUAUGUCUGUGCCCUUAAUCCUCUCAAACACAGUAAAUAAAGCACAAGACACUUUCUUCUUUACAAAAAUAUCAGUAAUCUGGUUCCUUUUCUAUAGGAACACUUACAUGGGGCCAGGGUUCAGGAAUACAAUUUAAAAAAGUAUAGAUACCACAACAUACUGCUCCACAACUUACAAGAUGGAGAUGCUAUUAUGGCUCUGAAUUUAGAGAUGAGCUAGGAGCCGGUGUGAAGUGACAUAUGUUGGUGUGGUUGGACUAGAAGAUUGGCAAUGCUAGACUUCCAGUGUUAUUGGGCAUUGUUAAGAACAUUUUUCUCUUCCACAGCUGACAAAGGGUUACAUCUUUUUGUAGCUGUUAACAGUUUUUCUUCUAAUAAUGCUAGCAAGUAGAUGAAUGCAUUGGAAAUAAGCUCUUGAUGGAUGUCUUAGUAAUGGAGUUUGCUAGUGAUGCCAGACCAGUAAUGAAUGAUGGAUGAGAAAAGUAAGUGAUUGAAAUCUUUAUUUUUAAAAUAUGAGGACAGAUAAAGCGCUCCUUUUGUAAGAUUAUGCAUGCGCUGCUCCAAGCUGCAGCUUUUUAGUUGGGGGCAGUGACUGGUCUAGCACAACAUUGCUGAUUCUAUUACAUUGAAAUACAUUGGUAUUUCCUGCAACGUACAACCAAACCACUGCACUAUAUGAAUUACAAGUGGCUGGACUUCUGUGUUAGCACUCAUCUGAAGGCAUAUUGGCUCAUGAACUGGUGCAUUUGCAGAAAUUGCUGAUAUGAUAUCCUCUUUUGUUUAGGUCGAUGACUGUAAGGUGAGUUGAAGAUACCCCCCCAAUAGGUGCUUUGUAAUGUCGACUUUGGGUGAUUUAGGCAGUUGUUCAGUGCUGAGCUGUGCCAGGCAUCGGAUUAUCAUUUGGUAGUAUAGGAAGGUAUGAGAUGUGGCCUGGUGCCUUAUCUAACAGUACUGGCAUUGUGUAAACUUACAUCUGGUCCUGAAACAUGCCACAAAGCUGCUACCAUGAAAAUUCUGAAAUGUGAGUACAGAUGGAGCAUUACUCUUCUGGCUUCCCUAUCUCUAAAUAGGCAGAAAAUGUGGAGGGGUUGUCUUCCAAAUGAAACAUGGGAUCCCUGAUCCACUAUUUCCAUGGCUUGCCCUGCAUUUAUCCCCAAGUCACUGAUAAAGUCAAAUUUUAUUUUCUAAACCCACUUGUGCACACUUAAAAUGUACUUGUUUUGCAGGAUGUGGUUGCCAAUAAACUGAAAGUAUUUGAAGAAGAAAACAAUACCCCCUCAAUGUAAACUUUGGUUAGACUCUAGUCCUGUUGGACUCCUGUGGUGUGUCUUCCUCUUACCGCCUGGUUUGUCUCAAGACCACCGGCUCUGUUCUUGCUAAAAGGUUCUGGCACUUGGUUCCCCUGUUGAUAAUGCUAAGUGAUGCCACAUCUGAUGAACUUGGUAAAUUCCCCCUGACUUCUGGUGUAAGUUCAUAUUGAAAGAAUCAUGUGGCUUCAAGAGUGGAGAUGGGGGUUGUGACUCGCUGGGUUUUAUUUCUCCCUAUUCAGUUGCUUUGAGGGUUUUUUCCCCCUCUCUCUGACAGCUCUGUUACAGUUGGACAGAUACCAUUUGCAUUUCUCUAGCAGCUUGUCACUCUUGGCAGUUUUCCUUUUGGCUAUUUUUUUCCAGUCCCGUUUCCUUCAAUAUGUGGUUGCUACAGCUAGUGAAGGGACAUGGAAGAUUGGGAGGGAAUUGUAUUAUAUAGAUGAGAUCAUACAAGGAGGUAUCUGUGAGGAACAAUAUUCUUUUGAGCCAGGACAUCACCCAGAAAGAUAUUUUCCUUCUCCAUAUACAGCAAGGUUUUAAUUAGUCAGGGGUUAAGCUUGACGAUACAAAGACUUCUUAAAACCCAACUUGGUUAAAUGCCCAUCAUGUUUUAAAUGUUUGUAAUAUAACACACAGGCAUAUUUUAUAUAUAAAACCACAAAUUAAACACAUAAUUAGCAAGAGACGGCACCUCCUAUCUAUGUUGGAGAUCAAUCCUAGUAGUAUUUUAUGUUGUUGAAAGUGAUUCUCCCCCCCCCCCCCUUGAAAAUACAUGGAGAACGUACCACAUUUUAAUUUUCAUAUUAUUCACAUAAGGCACCAGUGUAAGAGCAGGGCCUCCAGGUGCCAGGCAGAUUCUCAUGGGAGCAGUUUCUGAGGUAAUGUGGUCCCAAGCCAUUUAGGGCACAGGUGGGUAGAGUUCAGAUUGGUAGGAUCUACUUUGCUUUUUACUAGGUUCAAGAGAUAAAGAAUGAUGAGCCCAGGACUUUCUUUUGAAGACUAGAACUUCCACGCACAAAAUCCAGCCCUGCUUAUUUCCUCCCCAAUUUUUUCAGCGACAUAAUUGGUGGUGGUGGUGGUAAAUUAUUUUGUUCUUAGCAUUGGUCAACAUUUGGGAGUCAGAAACAUUUGUCCAUAGUGUAUGAAAUAAAUUAUUAUUAAUUUCCAAUUCUUACUGAUAAGCAAGCCCUACAAAUUAGCCAGUUGAUUUUUCCUUCUACCUAGAAGUCAUAGCUGGUAUGGUGAUCUGAAGUUAGGACAUUGGGUUUUCAACAGGGGAGCCUUCCUUUAGAUGUAAGAAGAGCCCGGCUGGAUCAGACAAAGGCCUGUCUAGUUCAGCCUUCUAUUUACACAGUAACCAAUAAAAUGCUCAUGGGAAGCCCAUAAGCAAGACAUGAGUAUGGUGAAAUUUGUGGUGUGCAGUAUAUGUGUUCUUGUCAUGCAUUGGAUGCUGCUUUGAGCAGGUUGCUAGUUACCUCAUUCAGCUCCAGUGUCCCACUAUGCAUAUGAAAUUAUCAAAAUGGUGAGUGUGUGGGCCAAUCCACGAUUUCAGUGUGCAUGAGUCAUACUGAUCACGGAAUGAUUAGUUAAAAGGUUGCUGGGAAAGUUCCCCUUCUUUCUUAAUGUCUUCCUGGGAUGUGCAAAUCAGACACACAGUCCCCUUCUGCAGUAUGAUCAAGCAUGCAGAGGCUAUCUCUGGCUAAUAAAGUGUUCCAUUUCCUCUAGAGGACUCCCAAGAUGCACUUGGUUCACCAAAAGGGCUUGCCGCAAAGCAGCCAGCAUGACAUCAUUUAGGUCUUUGGCCCCCAGAAGUUCUGGCUCGCUAAGCAUUCUAUAGCAUUUCAGUAAUGGAUCACUUUUGGCAGCCUGCCUAGAGAGAGAGAGAGAGAGGGAGAGAGCCUUCUACUGAGGCUGGAAAAGCCUGUAUAUCUUUGUUGCUUUCCCUUCUUUAUGCUGCCUGUAUUUCAAGCCUAUUCUCAUGAGACUUUAAUCAGAUUUGUGGAAACUACUUACAGGGGACUGAUUUUAUUUAAAGCUCAGAGUAGUUAAACAAAACCUGGGAAAGUAAGAGAUUGCAAUACAAUACUGGAGGGUGGGGGAAAGAAAAGUGUGUGUGUGAGAGAGAAAUCCACAUCCAUCUUGCAAAAGCGAUAAUUUUGACUUCCUACUUGGGGUUUUCGAAAUGGUAUCUUUGCUAGGAUUGUAAAGGACUGGGGUGAAGCUGGACCAGAUCUUCAGGGGUGCUCUUUUCCUUCAAAUGGGAAUUGAUGCAUCCCUAGUCUCGUGUGUGUGUGUGUGUGUGUGUGUGUGUGUGUGUGUGUGUGUGGUGCACACUCAGACAUGAAAUUCAGCAAUAUACAGCAUGGAGCAUCUGGUACCUGUUGCUAAGGGGUGCUUUGUAUGUGAUUCUGGCCACUGAAGGCAAAGAAUGGAGAGCAGGAGAAGAAAAAGUUAUAGAGAGGGACUUGACUGCAACAUGACAAACGUUAAAUGUGUAGGUGCAACAGAGAAAGGAGUGGAGGAGAUGGGGGUAGCCUAGGAAAUAGAAUGGAUGCUCUCCAGAAACAGAAGGUUGUGUGUACAUUGGGGGGGGGGGGGAGAUGUUUCAGGGAUUUGUGGGCAAGGUAGCAAAAGUGGUUGAGCUGUUAUUGUAACUGAACUGGAAUACCAGCCAUAGAGAAGUAUGUAACCAAGUGCAGUUUAUAGGUCCCACUUCCAAGCAGAUGGUGGUCCUUCUGCACAUGGGAGUCACACCAGAAUUGUUAUUGCAGCUUCAGGGGGAGGAGAGCAAAAGGAAAGAAUGAAAUAAGCUGCAGGCUCCCAGUAGAGGUUCCAUUUCUGUGACCUUGUCUGUGGUGGGAGUGACCUGCAUAGGUAAGCUCAACCAGUAACAAAAGCUUUGAGAUGGAAUAAAGUUAACAUUUAAUAUGUAUUUUCACAAAAUAUACAGAGAAGCUUUAUCAGAGAGAAACAUGUUGGUAUAUGCUUCUGUUGGUCAGAAUGCUGGUUAAUAGUCCAGGAAGAACUGUUGAUGUUUCUUUGUUGCCAUGGAGGCUAAUAAUUAGGAGAUGGCUUCCUGAUCAUCAGGAACUUCCUUGCGACCAUCAGGGCUUGGAGAGGGUGAUUUCUUGUUAACUGAAGGGAGUGGAUGACAGCUGUGUGUGUUUGGAGAGGAGGAGAAGCUGCUGUUUUUGGUUUGGAAGAGGUGGAGAGAGGAAAGUUUCUGGCAAGAGCUAGCAGAAAGUGGGGAUAGCCUUGAGGAUGGGCUGUCCAUGUUUCUCUUUAGACCAGGGCUGGGGAACCUGUGGCCCUAAAGAUUAGACUACAGUUCAAAUCAGUCCUAGCCAACAUGGCCAAUGAUUAGGGCUUAUGGGAGUUUUAGUGCAACAGCAUCUGGAGGGUUUGAGGCUGCCCAUUACUGUCUUAUGAAUCUGUAUUGCUGAGGCCCUUGCUUACUCUCAACUUAUAUUCUGCUUCUCUAUAUAAAAUAAGGUGCCUUUUAUAGUGUUUGUUUUAAGGUGCUCUCAUGCCUGGGAAACCAAGCCUUGUGGCACUGGAACUUUUUAUUUCUCAGGGAUGUGAAUUCAUGGUACUGUGGGGAAAACUUUGUUGCCCCAGGUCAGUCCACCCCUAAAUAGCUAGCAAGGCUGGGUAAAGUGGUUUCAGAUUCUUAGACACAACAAAUAUUGGAUGCAACAUGCUCUUUUUCCCAAGAGGUGAGCAAACAGAGGAAAGCAGUGACAGCAGCAGAACCCCAGGAGGAGAUAUGGCUGUUGUUUGGCAUGGCCAACAGCCAAGACUAACAGCCUGCGAUCUCUAAAUAUUUACCAGUUUUCCCAGGGCAGUAAAUUUUGCAAGUGGGUGGGAAAUUAGCUAACUCUGAAGAACAUUCACAGGGAGCAUAUUCCUGAUGCUUUUAAUCCCUGUCCGCUCUGUGCCACCAUUGCACUCCGGCCUUUGGGAUUGUAGUGUUGGUGAUAAAUUUACUUAAGUCUGUGUGCAGGGACUGGAAGCCAAAUUUAGAUGAUAAUGAAGCGAGGCUUGCUCUUGUCCCUUUCCAAGACUCGAAUUUGUGGCUACAGACAAUGUGUAUGAAGGAUAUCAAACUGCUAGUCAUAGAUAUUGAUGAAAGCAGCUACUUAGAAAUGGGAAUGAUUAAGCGGUAUAGAAAUGUGUUAAACAGGCAAACAAACAGUUGUGAAACAACGUCAGAUACAUUAAUUUUGCCCGCGUGAGGGUUCUUCAUUGUGGGGCUUCAUUUAUCUUGAGCAUCCAUUAGGAAGAUCAAGCCAAGAUGUUUCCCAGCAGCACAACCCUGAAGGUUCCAGGGCAGCGUGGAUGAAGCCUAUAGCAGUGAUUGUACAGUACUCCCUGCAGUUGCUGUUGAGCACCAAUUUUUUAAAAACUCAGUCCACGGUGAAGCCAGGAAGUGUUCCCCUAGCUGUUACAGAUGUUAUCACAUAGCUGGCUCUUAUUUGUUCUAUUGCAUCAUCAUACAGCCAAACUGGAAGCCCUGUUCACACAAUUGUGCACCAACUGUGCUUUGACUGUAAAGUGGGGCUGUGCCUUUUAGCUCUGUCCCUGGGAGCACAUCUGUUUUCCUGGAACAAAAUUGCAUUGUGUGCGGUUGCCUGGAAAGAAACAAGAAACCUGCAAGGUUCUGCUUGCUUUUAGAGGGGCUCCAUGCAGCUGGCACACCUGCACAGCUGGGUGGCCUGAUUGUGCAGAGCAGCUUCAUGUGUGGAGCAGCUCAUGCAUUGAGUUUUCACUUACAGACUAUUGUAGACAAUGCACGGUUGUUUUAGGUAGCAGGGUUAAAAGUGUGGUCCUGGUCCUCAGUUAAAACACAGCAGCUCUACAUGUGAGGAAUGUGUGAAUGACAGUUAAUGCUUUCUGACCUCACUUGGGCUUCUCGUGGGUCAAUUUUGAAAAUCAAAGCUAUGGGGAUUACAGAUAAAUCUUUAAAAAGGGCAAGAAAGGUGAGUAAAAAGGACUUUCAUUAAAGCGGCCCCUUUCAAUACAAAAAAGGUUUGCAUAUAAAUGAUGCAAAGAAACCACCCCCAGCUACUGCCCUUUCUGAAUAGCUGCCCAGACAAUGAUCAUCUUCUAAGGAUUAAUUAAAGUAUCUCUUUAAUGGACUAUGGAAGCAUCUUAACAGCGUUUUGAUGUGAUCCAAGUUCCCUAAAGUGUCUUUCUUCUUCCCCACAGGUAUACAUUAUUAAAGUCACCUGGUCCAAUGGCGCCACUGAAGCAAUUUACCGACGGUACAGCAAGUUCUUUGACCUGCAGGUAAGAUUAUUGCUGUGUUUUUGCCAUAUUCUGGGGUUCCUGUUCUGGAGGGCUAUAACCUAUUAUCUGACCUACGUUUGGGAUGGCGCAGAGUAUUUUGGUCAGGUGAAAGUUUUACACUUUUACAUGACAGCUGCCCUGAAUGGAUUAUGAAGUCCUGUGGCUGGUUCGUCUCCUAUGGUUUUGCAUGCUUAUUGGAAGUGCCAGCAUUAAUGUUGAUCCAUGUCGCACCUUUCCUUCUUUCUGAGAACCACCCUCUUGGUUCCAGACAUGCUGGGGCAGGAUAGUAUCAUAGAAUUGUAGAGUUGUAGGAGACCCCAGGGGUCAUCAAGUCCAACCCCCUGCAAUUCAGGAAUCUCAGUUAAAGCAUCCAUGAUGGCUAUCCAACCUCUGCUGAAGAACCUCCAAGGAAGGAGAGUCUACAACCUCCCGAGUACAGAAGAGGGUGAGCUUUGGGGGUUUGGGGGCGUGUUCCCAAAUGCAAGGAGGCUGCCAGAUAACUAAAGUUAAGAUCUUCCUCUUCAAAAAUGCUUUUUAAAGACAUGUUUUGAUGUUUACUGCAGAUAUUGGACUUCAAAGUUUUACUGGAACCGGGUUAUGUUUUAUUGCUCCUGUUUCCUUUUUGUGUGUUUGAGUUUUAUUUUUGACUGCUGCCUUCAUUGGAGGUUUUACUUGGUAUUAUGGAUUGAUUUUAAUGUUGCCAGCUGCUUUGAAAGUCAGUUUGGCCAAAAAGGAGAUUAGACGUGUAGGAAAUAAAUGAGAGAAGCAGCAGCAAAGAAGCUACUUCACAACUUUGCCAGAGUUGCUUUGGGUCUUCCAUGCUCAGCAUGUGAAUGUGGCCUUUAAAACUGCAACUGCUUUGUUGUGGAGGAGAACUUGCUUUCUCUGAAGCUUCAUAUAAACCCUAAGUUAAGCCCAAGUGCUUCUCGACUUGAGUUACAUGGGUUGGGCAUAAGAUUCACGUGCAAGGUCACAACUGAUGCAUUUUGGCCUGCUCUUAAGGAAGCCUGGAUGUAGUCUGGAUUCCCUCAGUCUUUCCUUCAUGCAUUCCAUGGGCCUUCUGUGUCCAGUGGAGUCACUUGUGUCUAACAGUUAAGACAGGGAUGGAGCUGUGUUUGAUAAACAAGGAAGGUGGCUAGUAGACUUUGCCCCACUUGCCAUGCAAGUAACACAAACCAUUUGCUGUGAAGGUGUGGUGGAUCUGUACAGUUGGGCAAAGGCUCACUUGUUUAUUUUAUCAGGAUUUAUCUUAUUUUAAUCCCUUGCCUGUUAGAUUUUGACCUGAAAAUUUGCCCCAUUUGUCUUCAAGCUCCGGUUUAAAUCUCAUUUCUAAAAGUUGCAAGAUGUCCAUGUCUUCAUAAUGUAUAUGUGAAUUUUGCACAUUUGUCUUUUUCCUACAUGUCUUAAAGUAGCUUUCAGUAAAAAGGGGGGGGGGGGGGAGCCAGUUGUUUGGAAAGUGUUAGUUUUCAUACCCACUACUGCUUCAGAUGUUGCUUUGCUUCCUUGAAUGGUUGUAGAAUGAGGAAUUAAUUUUUUCCAAAAUUGUGUUGAAUUGGUGAUGCUUUAUUUCUGGUGCUUCAGAGUUUGGAUAUUAGCUUAAUAGUGUCUAAAUGUCUAGCAUGCUGAAUUAGGGUGUUUGUUGCUACCAAAUGUUUCAGGCCAUAGUCUGAUGUGGUUACUUGGAACAUGCAGAGUGCGUGUUUGGGGCCAUCUUUUUAAGUGACAUUUCAUUUAGCUCCUGCUCAUUGUGAAUGGAAUCCGUUUCUGGUAAACUGGUGGUCACAAAGUUUUUGUGAGUCUGGUGGGUUUAGUAUCCAGGGGUUAGGAUUCCUAUUUUGAUACAAGCCCCUUCAUUCAGCUCCUUUCUCCAGUUUCUCCGUGAACAAUGACCCUAAUGAAUUAUUUUGCCAGUAAUGCACACCAUGGAAUGUAGAAAGAGAAUUAAUUCAUUGCACAGCAUUGUUGGCAGCAUAAUGCAUUGCAGGUUUCUGGAAAGAGAAUACAUUAUAUUACAGAGUUUUCUUGUUUUUCUGCAGCACAAAUGUGAUACCCAGUUCCAAUUUUAAUGCAUAACUUUCUCUCUCUCUCCUACUUUUGCCCACUGGUUCUGUUAUUAUCAUAUGUAGUAAGUUAAUUUUCGAGGAGGGUGGUUCGGGUGCUGCUAAAGGUAGACAAAACCACAAUGGAGGGUAGGGCUGGCCGAUAUCAUCAUUGCGGUAUAUCACCAGCAAAACAUCGCGGUCUGGCGAUAUACCACAAUGUUGAAAAACCAAGCUGCAUUGGCCUCAGCCUGCGAGGCACCAGGUGAAAUUGCCGCAGGUCUCACUGCGGGAGCUGAGGCGGUUUCACCCCAGUGCCUAGCAGGCUGGGACAACACAGCUUGUUUGUACGGCUCAGCUGGGGCAUGGGAGGGCUCCUGAGCCUUAGGUGAGCCAUUCCUGGUGUUUCCCCCUGCUUGCGUGGGAGCCAGUGCCAGGCUGGAGGAUCCUUUAACUGCUCAGCUGAGGGGAAUGGCAACUGCACAUUCCUCAGCUGAGCAGUUUAAAGAUGCAGAGGGAGAAACAAGCUGUAUUGGCGCCUCGCCGAUGCAGCUUUUUUGUCUCUCUGCGCAGUAUGAGGGCAGAGUGGGAUGGCAGCUUCACUUAGCGAUAGAUAUAUCACUGGUGAAACCGCCACCGCUCCUGAGUCGCUCUGCUAGUAACGCUUGCUGGGGGAAGUCACUAGCAGAGGGACUCAGGAGCUGUGGUGGUUUCAUCAGUGAUAUACCUCUGAGUGAAGCCAACAUCGCGGUCUGCUCCUCAUACUUGUCCUGGGCGAUCUAUUGAUAAAUCGCCUAGGCCUCAUGGAAGGUCUGAUUUGAUCUGAAAGUUGGUGGCAAAAGCCAUACAGAAUAUUCCUAUCUAGUUCUGGACAUAAGAUGAAGAGUGUAUUUUCCAAAGGGAGAUGAGCCAAGGGCACUAGCUGUGCUUUAUGAGCCAGAACACAAACUCUGCUGCAUAGACAAGAGGAAAAUCCCAAGUGAGCACCUGUUAAAAUUGCUUCCAUAGCCUCAUGAUCUGAAUCUGGGCAUUAUAGCAAGUCGCAAACCUAAGGACUAGUUUAUUGAUCAAGUGCCUUGCAACACCUUUUUUUUUCACCUGGAGUCUGCAAAGGUAGUUCACAAAAUUGAUGAAAUACAACUGUUCAGAGGGUAAAAAUCUAUUGGAUGACUCAAGAUCCUUUGAGACUGGGUGGAGGAGAGAAGGUGUACUUGCGAGAUCUCAGCUUGGGAAGGUUCUUCAUCAGCCAUUUAUUUUUGUUUACCUAUAUAAUAGAACAGAUAAGUGCUGCAAUUGUUAUCUGUGGUUUCUUCAUUAUGUUUGCUGUACUGUAAUAUGAAUGGACCACCAGCAAUUACAUCACAGAGAGCACUUUCAGAUCACUUAAACACAAUUAAGUUUCGAAGGACUUGACUCAUAGGCAUUAGAGAGGCUAGUGUGUUAGACUAGGCGUCAGGAGACCAUGUUCAAAUCCUCAAUUAUCAUAUUACAGGUAGGUAGCUAUGUUGGUCUGCCGUAGUCGAAACAAAAUAAAAAAAAUUCUUCCAGUAGCGCCUUAGAGACUAACUUUGUUAUUGGUGUGAGCUUUCGUGUAUAUGCACACUUCUUCAGAUACACUGAAACAGAAGUCACCAGACCCUUAUAUAUAUUGAGAGGGUGGGGAGGGGUAUUACUUAGAAGGGUGGUGGGAAUGGGUGAUUGGCUGAUAAGGUGUGGUAAACCUGUUGAUGACUGUUAACGACUGCAAUUGGUCUUACAGGAAAAAGCAAGGGGUGAGAUGGCUAAAAAUAGCUUUAUCAUGUAUAAUGAGAUAAGAAUCCAAUGACCAGGUCUUUCCAUGGUUUUAAGGUUGGUAAUAAGUUGCAAUUCAGCAACUUCCCUUUCCAGUCUAUUUCUGAAAUUCUUUUGUAAAAAGACAGCUACUUUGAGAUCUUGUAUAGAAUGUCCUGGGAGAGUGAAGUGUGGUGUAGUGGUUAAGAGCGGUAGACUCGUAAUCUGGUGAACCGGGUUCGCGUCUCCGCUCCUCCACAUGCAGCUGCUGGGUGACCUUGGGCCAGUCACACUUCUCUGAAGUCUCUCAGCCCCACUCACCUCACAGAGUGUAUGUUGUGGGGGAGGAAGGGAAAGGAGAAUGUUAGCCGCUUUGAGACUCCUUCGGGUAGUGAUAAAGCGGGAUAUCAAAUCCAAACUCCUCCUUCUCCUCCUCUUCUUCUUCUUCUGGUUUCUCUGUCUUGUGAUUCCUGAUGUCAGUUACCAUGCUGACUGAGUGACUUUGAUCUAGUCACUAUCUCUCAGCCUAACUUACCUCACAUGGUUGUUCUUGUUGAAACAAAAUGGGGUGGGGCAGUGAAUGCUGCUUUGCAGUCACUGAAGACUUGAUAAGUAGCUGAGAUUGUAAUCAGUGGCCUGAAUGGAACAAACUUGCUGAAUUGUACUCCAAUUCCAAUGGAAAUCAAAAUCAUUUUUUUAUGAUACUUGUACUUUCAUGAAUCCUGUUUGCUCUGUAUUUGCUCUUUUGGUUUCUGGCCUCUUUCUCCUUUUCAUACCCCCCCCCCCCCAAUUUCAUACUGCCUUAUACUAGUGAGCCAUAAUUUCUUGUUUUAGAAAAAAACAUCUGGAUCAACGUGUUGUAAAUCCUGGACUUGCUAUUCUCUCCUAGGUUGCUUCAGAUGGAGGAAUGGUUCUCAUAGAACAGACCUUUUUCCUAUUAGCUCAUGUUGUGCUGUGCCAGGCGAUACGAUGUACGUGUCACCACCCUGGAAGCAAAGUGCUUUUGCCAUCAAAAUGGGGUUGGGCAUUCAGUGUGCCAAAGUUAUUUUGGCCACUGAUCCAUUUGGCAGAUAUGGUGGAAACUUUAUACAUGGCAUGAGAAUAAAUUGUAAUGUGCACCAAGAGGCUGCCUCCCAUUAUGCUGCAGGUUUCCUUUGGUCAUUCACUGCUUUGUUGUGAGUGGGGUUUUUAUUUUAAUUUUUUUGAAAAAGGAAAACCGUCAUGGAUGUAGGUCUAGAGUAUAAAAUUUAAUUUAAUUCCAUCUUCUUCACCUGCUACUAAAAAUUGGUUAGAGAGCUCAGUUGCCCCCCAUUUAGAGCUGCCAGCUGUACGUCCUGUCUACCAUAACUGCUGCUAAAUUUGGGAGUGCAGGUGGGGAACAUUGAUCUGAUUCAUAGUGGCUUUUCUUUUCCUUACUUGUAUGAAUUAGGGUGGUAGGAUUGUUUCGUACUCUUACCUCCUUGUCCACACCUUGAGUUACAUCCUGACAAGUAAUCCAUAUUUCAUGUGAGACUGUAUAGACAUGCCCUAACAGCUUAAUGUUACCGUAUUUUUUGCUCUAUAAGACUCACUUUUUCCCUCCUAAAAAGUAAGGGGGAAAGUGUGUGCGUCUUAUGGAGCGAAUGCAGGCUGCGCAGCUAUCCCAGAAGCCAGAACAGCAGGAGGGAUUGCUGCUUUCACUGCACAGCGAUCCCUCUUGCUGUUCUGGCUUCUGAGAUUCAGAAUAUUUUUUUUCUUGUUUUCCUCCUCCAAAAACUAGGUGCGUCUUGUGGUCCGGUGCGUCUUAUAGAGCGAAAAAUACGGUACUUGUAUAAUAUUCACUACAGCCAUUGCUGUUGGUAUACCACCUGAAAUAACUAGAGGAAGGCCCCAUAAUUGAUCCUUCUCUCUUUGACUGUAGGCGUGCGUCCCUUCCAGUGACCAUAGUAUUGACACUGGGGUGGGAUGCAGUGAGAUGUCUCUCCCUAUCCUUAUCUCUCUUACUUCCCACUGCACUAUUCGGUAUAAACUCCCAUUUGACUCUGGUUGGGAGAUGCUCUCAAGUCUGCCUUCACCUUUUGGGAAGGUUUAUGAGCACAACUCACCUUUUUCUCAUCUGUUUAUACUGCCCCUCAGUUUAAAUGCCAGGGAUGAUUUCCAGCAGUGUUAGCCUGCUUGUGGAAUAGAUUUACCCCACAUUGCCCCCUUUUUAUCCUCCCACCUGCCCCCACAGUGCCCUCACAUACCAAAAACCUGCUCUGGAGAGUUGGGUGAACCCUCCAGAGCAGAUGUGGGGGUCAAAACACUAAGCUUACCUCCCAACACAGCAGCAGUGGGACUAGGGGAGCAGUAAAACAGCCACGAAUGUCUUUCUGGGAACCAGCAUUCUUGCUUGUUUAUGGUAACCAUAGUUUGGCUAUGAGGCCCCUGUGACCUCAUUGUUUUCAGCAUAUAAACAAAAUAAUAUAGCACACACACACCCCAUGACAAAACAAUAAAAAACCUUUCACACUGGAUCUCUUGUAGACUUGACACUUGCUAUUCUAGCCUAAGAGUUUACUGUCAUCAUUUUGAUACAGUAGCUCAAAUGCUUGAUAGUCUGCAAUACUAAUUAUUUAAGUCAUUACAAAAAAAUCCCUUUGCAGCAGGGAUACUAUCUUGUGGUACUGGUAGCGGUACCUGUGCCUCAUUUAUAAAUGCUGUUUUGUUACUUAUUUAUUCAGAUUUUAAGAGGAUGCAUAAGGCUUAAAGGCAGUAGUGAAGUAGAUGAACCCCAAUAUUAGUAAUUUACUUCCCAGUAUGGUAGCAGUGCAAGUUCUAUAAAGCAAGUAAUCUUCUAAAUAAGAAAUCUUAAAGGGGCAGGGGGUAUAGUCAUAAAUAUGCUUAUUCCAGUCACUUUGGAGCUGCAGUAUCUUAGAAAUCUUUCCCCUGAAUUCUCCCGAAUACAUAAUAAUGAUGUAUUACACUCUAGUUGAAAGCUGGCUCCUUGGUCUUGAUCCAUUAAUAGCUUUCCUGCAUUGGCAGCUAGCAGAGAGCUCAUUCUACCAAAUGCUCUGGUGCCAAAGUAGCCCAGCCAGGUUUGGAAUUGGCUUAAACAGACAGACACACUAACUAUCUGCUGCUUGUAUAUACUGCUGUGAAUGGUAUCCCAUCUGAUUCUUACUAUUGGAAAUUUACUUGAGAAAUACCUCCAUAAAAAAACUGUGCCAGGCUUGCUAAAGCAGCACUAAGCAAUUUGCACAUAAGAGAAACACAUCAAAAGUACAUAGCUUUGGGGAACUUCUUUUUAAAUCCAAGAUCAUAACAGCUCAAUUACUACUACUCAAUUUACUACUACCUAAACUGAAGAUUUAAAAGAAGCAGAGAUCCAGCUUUCAACACAUUACUGGGCAUGGAUUGUCUGUGUUUGCGUAAAAUGUGUGGUGGGCAGUGCUUUUUCCCCACACAGUACUGGCACCUCUUUGUUGUUGUUGUUAAAGUAAAUGCCACACAUCUGUAACAAUUUCAUGGUGAGCACCGGCAACUAUUUUCCCAGAAAAAAAGCACUGGUGGUGGACAUGAUGGUAUGUGCGGGGGGAGGGGGAUAUAGAGUUAUCGCCAACCAAGUCUUAUUCAGAGUAGGCCCACUGAAUGUCUACAACCCAUAGCCUUAGUCACUGGUACCCUUUUUGCAUUCAUAACAACAUAAGCUUCAAAACCUUUUACAUGUGAAAGCAGGUUCCUGUUCAGAAAACGGGAACACGUUGUUGUAUAAUUGCACCAGCAUUUGUAGGGCAAGCUUUUGGAAGAGGGAGAGCAGUUCAGUGGGCAUGGGUGUGUAUUAUUUGUGCAAAAGACAGCUGAACCCUAGGGGUGCCCAAACCAUUUGGAGAGGUAGGCUCAAAAUGAACAUGUUUAUUGCCUUGGUUGGAGAUAAAUCAGCAGCAAAACACUUAGCAUGCAGGCAGGACUCCAGAGCCCUAACAUCUGCAGCAGCAUCUUCCAAAUGCUUGUGUGGACUGCCUGUUUGGACAAACCCACACAAAAACAAGUCUCUGCAUCUUUUUAAUGCUAACAUGUCAGGGAGAAGUCUAGGUUAGGAGGUUCCUCGUUCCUUGUUUUUGUAUGUAGAUUUUUUUUAUUUUAUUUUUAUGUGGACAGAAGUCAAAAAGUGCAAUUUCCAAGUGCCAGGAAGCCCGUAUUCGUGAAAAUUCUGAAUAUGUAGUUUUGGUUCCCAAUUGUCCUUUAAAAGAAGAUGCACCAUAAUGUCUCUCUCUGUGUGUGACUUCCUUGACGAAGUAGUCUUUUGUGUACAUAUCCAAGAGAAGGCGGUGUCUGUCUGUUUGUUUGUUUCCCAAUUCUGAGAGUGAUGCGGUGGAAGCUCACCAUCACCUAAGGUGGGUGUGCACUGGAAAAAAUACUUAUUUUGAAACAUGUGCUGUGAACCUGAAGAUAGGGCAACUUUUUUAAAAAUAGGCUUUUGGCUUUCAAGAGUGAGAUAGUAUUUCCUUUCCUCCUUCACUCUCUGUGGGUGUGAUGUAUGAUAUAUUUGCAUAUAGAAGCCCUUCAGAUCUACACUGCUACAGUAAAAUUUAAUUGUCCCUCCCUGGUUCUAAGUUGAAGAAGCCUGAAGUGUGAGCUAACGUUCUAAAACCCCACAGCCACUUAAUUAAAAGCUACAGCAAAGAAGUCCAGCUAGUCUACUGCUAGUGGAGUCUGGCAGCAAAAACCUGUCUCAUGUUCUAUAGUUGCUGUGUCAGACCAUGGUAAGAGACACCAAUAUCACAUCAUCCCUUACCUACUAGAGGUCCAUUAACCAUGGGCAGGGAUUGGCUGGGUCUGGAGGUGUAGCUUGGUUUAUUUGACUUAAUUUCCAAAGAGUCUGUCUCUCUUCUCACCACAGUCUGGUUCAAAAACUGUGGCUGAACCAUAUGCUGUUAUGCUACAAUUUGUGCUUGAGGGCGGCUACCUGGUUGUAUUCUAAAUGCCACUUGCAAAAGGGACUAUGGUUUUAAAAAUAAAUCUGAGAUUCUUUGCUGACUUUAUUGACUAAUCAGAUCAAUUAUCCUUCUCAAAAACUAAGCAGAGUAAACAAAACAGGCUAGAGGUACUGAAACAAAAACAAAAUGCAAGGAAGAGAAACUACUUAUCAAACAUAACAGAGCACAUAAACAAAACAGUAUACACAACCGAAACUACUUUUUGUUAUAUGUAACUUUGCAUUCUUAAGCAAAUAUUUUCAUAAUAAUGUGUCAAAGAAGAAAAUGGUCAAUAACCUUAAACACAAAUUACAGAAAUAGCAAUGGCAAGCUAAAAAGUUUUGCUUACGUUUUUAAAAGGUGCCACGUUAUGCACACCCUUUUUCAAAAUGUAGCACCAGCCAUGUUUAUUGUUUUGUUUGAUAUAAUGGUCUUUUAUAUUUGUCAAUUUUGUUCAGUUCCAAAACACAGUGAGUUACAUUAAACAUUAACAUUACUGGGAAUUACGGUAGUUUCUUCUUCUUUUCAUGCCUUAUCUUUAUCAGCUGUCAAAUGAAAAGUUUGAUUUGGUUUUGGCCCUGUGCACAUGUGUGAAUUGUGACCUGUUGAAACAAGUUCUAUUCUACAGCACCUAUUUUAGUAGCAAGCUCAAUUCUUUUGUGUGCACAGGGAUGGAAGGACAAUAGAAGUAGCUGCUGCAUUUCAUUUUCUUAGCUCACCUGUUCUGUGAGAGUAAAUAGCACAGAGAUACUUAUUACAGUUGUUUCAAGGGAAUAAUAAUAAUAAUAAUAAUAAUUUAUUAUUUGUACCCCGCCCAUCUGGCUGGGUUUCCCCAGCCACUUUGGGCGGCUUCCACAAAGACCAAAAAUAAACUAAGAUCUCACAUUAAAAACUUCCCCGAACAGGGCUGCCUUCAGAUGUCUUCUGAAUGUCAGGUAGUUGUUUAUCUCUUUGACAUCUGAUGGGAGGGCGUUCCACAGGGCAGGCGCCACUACCGAGAAGGGCCUCUGCCUGGUUCCCUGUAGCUUUGCUUCUCGCAAUGAGGGAGCUGCUAGAAGGCCCUCGGUGCUGGACCUCAGCGUCCGGGCAGAACAAUGGGGGUAGAGACGCUCCUUCAGGUAUACUGGGCCAAGGCCGUUUAGGGCUUUAAAGGUCAACACCAACACUUUGAAUUGUGCUUGGAAACGUACUGGGAGCCAAUGUAGGUCUUUCAAGACCGGUGUUAUGUGGUCUCGGCAGCUGCCCCCAGUCACCAGUCUAGCUGCCGCAUUCUGGAUUAGUUGUAGUUUCUGGGUCACCUUCAAAGGUAGCAAUAAAAAACUUUUUUAAUGAUCUCAGUGGGUAUAUUAAGCAUGGGAACCUUGGAAGGAAGUGAUCAUGUCCUCCUUGGUUUAAUGAUUCAGAGGCAAGGGAAAUCUGAGUGUAGUUGGACAUGUACUCUGGACUUUAAGAAGGCUGAUUUCAAAAAGCUUACGGAGGUGCUGGGUGAGAUCACAUGGUCAGAAAUAUUCAAAGAGAAGGGAAUUCAAGGUAGAUGGGAGUUUUUUUAAGGUGACAUAUUGAAGGCAAAAUGCAGACUAUUCCAACAAGAAAGAAUAUGGGAGGACUCUAAAGAAUCAGUGUGGCUUCAUAAAAAAAACCCUCUCUUUUUUGGAGGUUUUUAAGCAGAGGUUGGAUGGCCAUUUGUCAUGUACGAUCUAGUUGAGAUUACUACAUUGCAGGGUGUUGGACUAGAUGACCCUCAGUGUCCCUUCCAACUCUACAAUUCUAUGAUUCAGUCUAAAUAAAAGGAGUAUAAAUAUCUCUCUUUAGCUUCCAUGAUAUGUCUGAUGACUGGAUCUAUAUGGAGUGAAAAAUGUGAAGCUUUCAGGGAAAUUAUUAAUUGCCUCAUGCACUCUGCAUUGCUCAUUUUUUGCUGAUCCUAGCAACCCAUUUAUUCUGUGCACUGAUGCCAGAAUUGAAGUUUUGUGUGGUGUGUCAUGUGGGUACAGCGCUGUGCCAAGAACUUGAAAGAAGGAAAAAGACACACAGCUUUUGUUAGCCAAGGACUUACUGUUAGUGAAAUCCGUUCUACCAUACCCAAACGGGAAUCUUUAACCAAUUAAUGGGCCUUUUUUUGUAAAAGUUUAAAGUUGUCUGUUUGGUGCACCUAAGGGAAUUACUCUGAAUGCGUGAAGAUCACUAGAAAUGUGUGACCUGUGCACAGUGGAAGAUAAUACUAUUAUAUUUACACAAAUAUUACAAAAUAUUUGAGAUGAGCAAUAUUCUCCCUGUAUUUUUUCUUAGCAUGGCGGACCAUUGGAGGUGUAAAAUCAAACUAAGGCUUCCCUGUGAAGGGGUGUGUUUGUGCACAUGCAUGCAUGUGUACACUCUGAUGUUUGCACGUGAAAAGAACCUGUGGCUGACUGAAUGCUAGGGCAACAAAACAAAGCUCCUGUCUUUUCUCUGUGAAGUGUGAGUAGCUACUAUGGCCUGAGAGCCAGGGGAUGUUGUGAGACCUUACACAGAAAGGUGGUUUUGUUCUGAAUACAGUUCUUUUACAAAGUGGAUAAUCUAAAAGAAAUAGACUGUAACAGAGAUUACCUUUUGCUAACAAGCUCCUAUAAUGUUGUAGAUUGAUCUCCACUAAGCUCAUGAAGGGGAUGCAGAGGGGAAACCUCUCUCUCUCUCUCUCUCUCUCUCACACACACACACACACACACACACACACACACACACACACACUCACUCUCUCUGUGUCCUGUGGCAGAACAGAAAACCUGAAAUUGUACUUCAAGUUUGAUGUGAUGAACAAACAAACAAACACACACACAUGCAAAAUCUACCACACUAAUGAUAACUUAUGUUGGAAAUGUAAAGAGAAAGAAGGCACUUUUUUUCAUAUGUGGUAGACGUGUCCCAAGGUUGAAGACUUCUGGGAAAAGAUUUAUAAUGAAUUAAGAAAAAUGUUGAAAAAUGCAUUUAUUAAUAAACCAGAAGCCUUUCUACUUGGAAUAACAGGACCAAAAUUGCUCAAGAAGGAUGUUAGACUGUUUUUGUAUGCCACUACAGCAGCAAGACUUUUAUUAGCCAAAAAAUGGAAAUUGCAAGAAAUACUGACAAUAGAAGAACGGCAGAUGAAGAUGAUGGACUUUUCGGAGCUGGCUGACCUGACUGGAAGAAUUCGCGACCAGAAAGAGGAGGAAACACAAGAAGACUGGAAGAAAUUUAAAAAAUAUUUAGUGAGAUACUGUAAUAUAAGAUAAUUAGGAAAUCCCUAGAUGUAACAGAUUAGCCUAAUCUCUGACAAUUGGCAUUGCUAGCCGGGGAGGAUGGGAGUUGGAAGUCAAACAUCUGAAGACCAGAGGUCCUCCAUCCCUGCUGUAAUUGAGCCUCUAAGAAUCAGUGUAAUAAUUAGAAAAUGAGGAAGGAAUGGUAAUUUGACAGAGGUGGGGUGGUGAGACAAUAAAAAAUUGGUUCACUCGUGCAUGUUUUAUCACUUUGAGGACUGCAAUGAGAACUUUGCUCAUUCACGGACACAUCACAGAUCAAAUACCACAGUAGUCACACAGUGUUUUAUAUUGCGGUCUGUUUACAAAUUCAGCUGUGAGUCAUAUGUUAUUGAACAAUCACAUACUAACAUGCACGUGUGAAACGGCCCCCCCAAAAUUUAUUGGCAGGAACUAGUGUUGAGGAAUAAACUUCCAGGAUAAAAGCAGUCUAUAUGCCUAAGAAGUUGACUAGUUCUGGAAAUCUCAUUUGUUUGGGUUCUGCUCAACUGAACAGGGACACAGUUGAAGAAGUGCAGAAUUUUCUAGUUUAGGUAUUUGUGACUAUAGGGCUCAGCCUUGUGAGAAAAGGUUCAUUGAUUAUAGUAGGAUUGUGGAAAGGAAGCAUGUGAGACUGGAAGACUAUUUAUCUUCUUUGUUUCAUUGUCAUUCUGUCACAAAAUUUUUCUUCCAGAGAGAGUAAUUUACCCAUGGUAGUCUGCUGUGAUUAAUUAUGCAGGGCAUAUUGAUUAUUUUUCCUGUGUAUGAUGUUUUAAAUGCCUGGUAACUGCCCCGUUUUGUGUUUGCAUUUGUUACCCAUUCUGUAGACUUCAACUCACAUGCUCAUUUGCAGCUGGAAGGUGUUCCAGACACUGCAUGUUGAUUAGAAGAGCUUUACUUUUUGCAGGUAUAGAAGGGGACAUGUUGUACACAGCUGAAAUCAGAUCUCUGUAUCAGGGGUCGGCAACCUAAGGCCCAUGGGCCACAAGCGGCUCACGGGGGUCGUUUAACCGGCCCACGAGCCACCCUGGAACCAAGCCGCUCACUCGGCAAGUCCCCGCGCACUGCACUAAACCGGCACAGCAUGGCGCGGGGACUCACUUCCACGGCGCCGGAAAUCGCAUCUGUGCAGACGCUGGAAAUCGUGUCUGCGCAAAUGUAGAAAUCGUGGGCGCACGGGCUCCGGCCCACGGAGGGAUCUCUGCUGGAGUGAAGCAGCCCAGGCGAGGUAAACCUUGCCAACCCCUGCUCUAUAUCCAGAGCCAGUGUGGUGUAGUGGUUAAGAGCGGUAGAUUUGUAAUCUGGUGAACCGGGUUCGCAUCUCCGCUCCUCCACAUGCAGCUGCUGGGUGAGCUUGGGCUAGUCACACUUCUCUGAAGUCUCUCAGCCCCACUCACCUCACAGAGUGUUUGUUGUGGGGGAGGAAGGGAAAGGAAAAUGUUAGCCGCUUUGAGACUCCUUUGGGUAGUGAUAAAGCGGGAUAUCAAAUCCAAACUCCUUCUUCUUCUUCUUCUUCUUCUUCUUCUUCUUCUUCUUCUUCUUCUUCUUCUUAGCAGUGACCUGUCCUCGUGGAUCUUGUUUGUCCACUAGUCCUCACACUUGUUUUAAUUGAAAUUCAUGUUUCUUUCUGGAGAAAAAAUUGUAACAACUUGAGAUACUGGGACAAAGCAACAAACAUAUAUUUACAUACACAUUCCUUUUGGUUUAACAUGUUGUUUUAAGGGCUUUCCAUGUUCACUCAGGUGGUCUGUGGCACGUCUGUAAAAAUAGGAUCCACCUUGGGUCUGCUUUCAUGUCCUAUUUGUGGGCUUUCCAGAGGCAUCUGGCUGGUCACUGCUGGGCUUUGACCUGAUCCAGCAAGGCUCUUCUUACCUUGCUGGUCACUUCCAUGAUCGCUGCACCCGCAUAGGAAUUGUUCUAACCAUGUUAGAUAGCUUGACAAGAAGGAACUGCACAGAAGCGUUUUCUGGCGGUUUUAGCUGCUUUUCAUGAGCCUGCUCUUAGAGUUGGAUAACAUGAGUGAGUUAUGAACUGCAACAGGUAGAAUAGGAUGUGAGUACCAAGGGUUAUAAUUGGAGGUACAUGCCUUUUUAUUUCAUUUGCUUGGACCCUAACACAGUCCAUGUGCUCUCUCCCUGGGUUCAGGUGCUUUUUUUGUUCAGGAAGUAGAGUACUAUAUUGGGGUGGGUACCAAUUAGAAACAAGUAGCGUGUUAUUUUGUGUUUUCAGAUAUAAUUAUUACUUACGUUAAAUUGGUCCCCAGCUGUGUCUCUUAUUGUCCAGCUACAGGGAAAGGCAAAGCUCAUUAUCAGCUAUGUAAUGUUUGCCUAAAAGGUAUGGGAGCUUUCAUUUUGUUAUAAAGAAUGGUUAUUGCCAUUUUUUUGUUGGCCCAUCCAUGUUUUGAGUUGCAAAAAAAUGGCUGCAAUGAUUCUUUGUGUGCAUCUGGCAGUUUGGGUCCCCACUGAGAAAUAACAUGAGGUAUUCCUGCCUUCUUACAAGACUUCAGUCUGCUAAUAAUGGCAUCCUGGCUCAGUUGAACUGUUCCUAAUAUCCUUUUGUGGCAAGUCUGGGAUACUUCUGGCAAUUGCCGUCUGUACAAUGCUGUUCUUUUAUCUCUGGCUUUUAUAUACUGUACUGGUGUAUAGUUGAAGGAGUCAGACAUUUUUGAUGAUUCUGCUAAAGAAAUUGUCUUUAAAAAAACCAUGUCUGUCUCCUCUCCAGUUCCAUAAAACAGAAGCUAACUGCAUGUCUGCUCUUGGCUAUAAAGAAAAAAGUCUCAAUUUGCUGAGGGGGAUGGUGAGAGAGGCAUGUCUAACUUUUUUCCUGUUUCAGCUUUAGCCUUUCAGGUAUGAAGCUAGUACUUAACAGGGCUACAGAAUUUCCUCUUGCUGUUUACAUCUCAGUUGAUGUGACAAAGCCACUCAUUUAAAAAUUGAUAAAAUUUAAAUUAUACUUAUAAGCCAACGUUUGCUAUUGUUGAUAAAUAAAUGACAAUUAAUAUUCUAAAACUUCUAAAAGUUUUAGUAACUUUUUCCUUUUAUGUUACAGAUUUGUACACCACUUAAUUGUAAUUCUAAGUGGUGAAAACUAUAUACAGGGGGCUGUGACCAAUGAAGUCACUGCAUUAGCACAAGGAAUUCCAUCAGCUCAAUGGGACUUCCUCUUCUUAUGACCCCCCCAUCUAAUAUGGAGGGUUGGGGAGCCCCCAGAAUAAAUUUGGGACGGUGCAGGGAGAAGAUGCCCCAUUGUACAGGCAGGAGUCCUUGCACUAGCAAGACAACUUAAUUGGAUACAAUCCUAUAUUCUAGAAAUUAUUUACUAUACAUUAUGUCUGAAAAAUACAGGGGUCAGCAAACUUUUUUGGCAGGGGGCCAGUCCACUGUCCCUCCGACCUUGUGGGGGGCCGGAUUAUGUUUUGCCCCACAAUUAACCCAGAGAUGCAUUUUAAAUAAAAGCAUGCAUUCUACUCAUGUAAAAACACCAGGCAGGCCCCACAAAUAACCCAGAAAUGCAUUUUAAAUAAAAGGACACAUUCUACUCAGGUAAAAACACGCUGAUUCCUGGACCAUAUGCGGGCCGGAUUGAGAAGGCGAUUGGGCCGGAUCCAGCCCCUGGGCUUUAGUUUGCCUACCCUUGGUUUAUAAUCUGUCUGCCCAACUGAACUCUGGGGGACUUACUUGUAGGUAGAUGUUUGUAGGAUUACAUCCUGAAUCUUCUCUUUCCUCUUUUCCCCAGUUAGCUUAACUGGGGAGUUUAUUUUACUAAUGUAGUAUAAAAAAACUGCUUAAACCCCCAAGGCAGCUUCAUUAAUAGUCAUGAAUUCUCUUCAUGGUAGGGGUAGGAGUAGGUGAGACGCGUUAACAGUCUACUCUCCACCCCCCUGAAAACAAGCCCUUUCUUUAUUCUUUUUGCACGUUCAUAGUUGGCAAAGGGAACAGCUUCCUACUCAUCCCACCACCCUUUUUCUUUAAACCAGCAAGGCUUCCCAAGCCAGUGACUUAAGCAUUCCUGGGAGUAGUGCCUGUGGUCUACUUUAUGCAGUCCCCCUCCUGACAUUCUCAUUCUCAGCCCAGGUAACAAAGGCAGGGAAUAGUAAGAGCCAGGGGAGAGAGGGGUCCAUAGCAGUCUGCAGAAGGAUCAUAAGCCCAUUCAGAGCACAAAGCAACUAUAAACUGGGUUUCAAAUGAAUUCCCAAGAACCUGUUAGAAUAGUAAAGAUGACAGAAAGCGGAACUGUUUUUCUCAGCACACUAGAGGUUUCAUUCAUUAGGAUGAAACUCUCUUCCAGCUUAUUUUCUUCCAUUUCUGUUAGAACUUUGUAGCAUGGGUUUACAGUAUAAAUUUUAUAUACAUAUACUUUCAAACUAGUUUCCUGAGACGGCUAGAGACUGCAAUGGUGGCUGCUCCUUCACUGUGCCACCAGACAGGCUUCAUUGUCUUUGCAUGGUUUCAACUAGUAGCAUGGUUGGGGAACUUGCAGAAAACCAGACUUGCCUUUUGUUCCGAUUCAGUGCUAAAGAGCGGAUUUUUGCAGGGAAAGUGCCAGGGCAGAAAGAAAGUAAGUAAGAAAAAGUGCUUGGACACUGUGCUUUAAAGCACAGACCUGUGCCUAAAAAGCUCAGGGCAAAGUUGUAGAUGAGCUCCAACUUCUUGCUGUUGGUGAAUCCAUGGCAGGCAUGACAAGGGGAGCAACAGCAAGCAGUGCCAAAAGACGAAAGGCCUUUUUUGAGCAGGAGAGUGCUGAAGAGGAGACAUUGCAAGGCCGUUUGCUUUCUGCACUUUGGAAUAGGCAGCCUCACCCGAGCCGUACCACAUCUCCUCAUCCACCCCCACUGUGGACUGUAACAGCUUCAGGCUGAUUUACUUCUCUUUUCAUUAGAUUUAAUUGGGUGGGUGUCAGAGCUGAGGUCAGUGCAGUAUAGUAGUUGAAGUUGGCUUUAAUGUGUUGCCAGUGCAUUUCUGGGGGCAGCCUUUAUGCUAUUUGUUUUUUGCUGUUUCCAGCUGCAGUCUUUGUACAUUUUUCUUAUGCUUAAGCUAGUUAGAACAGUUUAUAGCUAUAUGUAUAAGGUUUCCAGUGACUUCAUAGGAAAUUCCUUACAGUGUUCAUGCUGUUGCCAUCCUGUAUAGCUUCUAUUUUUGACUUGCUUUACCUACUGUUCAUCGAUGUAUGAGAUGCUCCGUGUUCUCCUAUAGGCUCCUACCACUAUAGUCAUUAACAGUGCAAUCCUAUGCAUAUUUACUUAAAUGUAAGUCCUACUGGUUAAGUAGUGCUUACUCCCAGGUAAGUACAUAGGGUUUUCAAUUGCCUUUUAGGUGGCGGAAGCAGUUAGCCAUAUCCUUGUGCAUGGCUUUAACAAUCCUUUUUAUGUGUAUUGUUUAUGUAUAAAAAUGAACCUGGGGAGAAAAAAACCUACAUUUUAUUUGAACUAGUGAAUUGAUUUUCUAUUCUUUGAGACUCCAGCUAGCAUUUGAUUUCUGGUUCUGUUUUUGUUUUUUUAAUGACUCCCCCCCCCCCCCCGAAGCAGUUUUGGAAAAUUCUGAGUACUUUUUGCUACAGUGAAUGAAUAAAUGAAUGAAUGUAUAUAGACAAAUACAUAGAAUAUAACAGACGUGUAAUUUCAAAAACAUGGAGCAUGUAGUUGGUUGGAAAAUUGUCCGUCCAGUGUAUUCUUAUGCAUUUCCUCUAUGUUGCAUUUUAGAUCUACAAAGGCUUUCCUAUAUUGUCGUACCUUGAAAGUCAAACAGAAUCUGUUCUGGAAGUCCAUUCUACUUCCAAAGCAUUCAACUUUCAAAGUGCGGCUUCUGAUUGGCUGCAGGAAGCUCCUGCAGCCAAUCAGAAGCCACGGAAGCCCCGUCGGACAUUCGGCUUCCAAAAGAACAUUCGAAAACUGGAACACUCAUUUCCCUUUUGCCUUUCCCUUUUGUAUACUGUGAAAAGUAGUGAAAGUAGUAGCCUAGUGAAAGAACUGUUGGGGACAACACUUGCCUCCAGAAAUAAAUUGGACUUUUGCAAAAGGAAAGUGAUGAGGCAGUGCACAGAACAGUGUGGGCUAGCAGUUGCUUGAUUCAAUGUCAAAUAACCUUCCUGCAAGCAAAUAGGAAUAAAAGUUCAAUAAACAGGUUUGCAUGUGACCAGCAUCUAUAAAGCAGGAACAGGGAACACUUUGCCCUGCAGCUGAUGUUGAUCUCUAACUCCUAUCAUUCCUUCUUUGAGGGAUCUAAGCAACAAAUUUUGGAAAAGGUUGAAGAGAACCUGCUUGCAUCCCACACUCAUACUUAACACCACAUUUCCGCUUUCUUAUUCUCUGAAAGGUAUAGAUUGUUGUACAAAGGGUUUCCUGUCAUUUUACUGCUACUUACAAAGCCUGACCACACACCCUUUCAAAUGGUGUUCACUCUGAUUUAUGACUCUGGCACAUUCCCUGUUGCGUUAUGACCAGUGGGUGGGACUUCCUUUUAUCUUUGAACUUGGUUCCACAGUUGCACUUGGUCUGCUGAAGGAACAACUGUAAAUUUCUAAAGCUGUAUAAUGCUGGCUCUAAGCUUUCUUUGUCCUAAAGUUUUGAUAGAAGAGGAACAUUGAAAAUAGGUUUUCAUAAAAUUCAGUCUCAUCCCAGCACACCCUUCCUCAGUGCUUAUCGCAACUUGUUGCUAACUGACACCUGAAGCCCUAGUUUUAAAACUAUUUCUUCAAUUUCCUACGUCCACACAUGCUCUCAGUGCUCAAACUCAGGCAAAUUUUGCCAUGUUGAAUGCACAAUCAGGGAGCAAAGUGUUGCAAAACCUUGGGAGUGGUCGUUGCCAACUAAAGAGUUGCCACUUUGAUAGCAAGUACAUCACCUUACACCUUAUGGUAUCAUCAUAACAAGCUUGUGGGCUUUUAUUUAGUGAAUAAUUGUGCAUUAAGUAAUCCAAGGACAUAAGAAUAACCGGCAGAGGACUUUAAAAGGUCCCUGACCAACCCCCACCCUGCUAUUUGAAGAAUGAGUGAGCAAGUGAGUAAAUCAGACAGACCACAUGGAGUCAACUCUGCCUGCGUCCCGGCAGUGGGCUGCCACAUCACACAGGACCGGGUAGGUGGGUGGGGGUGGGGAGAGCAGCAUUCUUCCCAUUCAGCAGUUUAAAACAUAAGCUUGUGGCUGAAGAAAAGCUAAUAAUCCACUCCAAGCAAAACAGUAUCUCAGCUGUCUAUAGCCGCCACAGGUGUUUUGUGUUAUAAAGGAACAAGGCUGGAUGUCUGGAGGUUUCCAGGCUUUUGGUCACAGAUUGUUUGGUUGUCCUUGAUGACACAGCCUUGCAGCUCUGAAACUGGAAUGGAGGAUUUGAAAUUAUGUUAAGGGAAAAGAAACAACUAAAUGAACGGCUGGCAAGAGCGGAUUUUGCUUUUCCCUUGGUUACUAGGUCAGAUGUUAGUAGACUAGAAAUUGGAAAACGCCUCUUGAGUCAAAAUUAUUUCUUAGCUUCUUGUGGAAAUGUAGGGACAUUUUGUUUUGCUGCAAAGGGAUUGAAAUGUUCUCCAGUUUUUAAGAUCCCUGAUCUUAUUCUUCAGCAUAUAUGAACCUGGGUUGUCUUAUCACUAUGUUUUUAUGCCUGUUGCUUGUUGUUAACGGUUACCUGUUUCAUGUGAUGGACAUGUGGUCAUGGUCUACAUAGGCAAAGAGUCAGUGCAACCCAUCACCAAGUAUGAGAUUGUUUCUGCAUUGGAAUUCCUGAGUGCUGAUGAAUCAAAAUGGCCAAAGUCCAUUCCUCAGCCUGUUCCCUUGUAAGGACCAAAUGCAGCUGCCAGGACCACCAAUUUAGAAAGCCAGCUCCAUGCUGCUACAUGUUGAUGGUCUGUCAUUCACAGCAGCCAAUGUCUGUUAUCCGUCUUCUGUUGCAAGGAACACAGUUCAGAAAGAAGGAAAAUUGUCAUAUAUGGUGAAAAGCUUGGUGGUGGUGAUGUAAUCAUGAACUUCCCGUCCCAAAAUCAUUGUCGCCCCUUCAGUUCAAGAGAUAUGUUAAUGUCUCUCCUUUCUGCCCUACGCAAAGGAUCAGUGUGGUGAUGAGUGAUAGUUCAUCACUUACCCAGUGUCUGCUGUAAAUGUUAACGGCCUUCCCAUACAGGAAGUGUGUUAGUCAUUUACAUCCUUUCUCCAUAAAAUGGCCCAGCACAAUUUUAAUGUGAGCAGAUGAUAAUGUUGCAUAAUCCUUUAAUUCUACAGCAAAAUUGAGCAACAGGGGCUUGCUACAAGCACCAAAACCCGUGCAGUAACUACAGCUAGCAGGGAGAGUAUAUUGUCUUUAGAAAAUGGCAUGUUUAAUGUUUAGGUGGUGGCUUAUUUAAUCAGAAAAGCAAGCAAACAAAUACUUUGCAUGUCUGUUUCAAAUAUAUUCCUGUGGAGAAUGCACUUGAGCCCUUCCACUUUUGUUAUGCUAUCUGUGUCUUUGUUUGGAGCCCUGCGGUGUCUUCUACAUAAAACUGAAUGUCUCAUUCAGCAUUUCAUGCAUGCUGUUUUGCAGUGCUUCAGAAUAAUCCAGGCAUGGCCAGUGUAACCUGUUGGAUGCAUCAGUUUACAUGGCACGUUGCACUGCCAUCUUGAGGGCAGGAGGAAAAGCAUACUAAAAAUAAGUAUGGAUUCUGUUUUUUUGGACAUUUGCCCUCAAGAUGGCAGCUGUAAUUUAAGGCUAUGAGAUGCUGGCUUAUUCCCUGCAUGUUCCUUCUGAAGCACCAGAUGGGCUUUACACUUUGCUGCUGCCCCUGGAUCACGGAGGACGAAUGAGUGAGAGAAUCUGGCUCAUUUUCUGAGAUGCUGUUGGACAGCUGGCUUUUGACUAGUAAAGGUAAACCCCUGACCAUUAGGUCCAGUUGCAGACGACUCUGGGGUUGCGGCACUCAUCUCGCUCUAUAGGCCGAGGGAGCCAGCGUUUGUCCACAGACAGCUUCUGGGUCAUGUGGCCAGCAUGACAAAGCUGCUUCUAGCGAACCAGAGCAGCGCACGGAAACGCCGUUUACCUUCCCUCCGGAGUGGUACCUAUUUAUCUACUUGCACUUGAUGUGCUUUCGAACUGCUAGGUGGGCAGGAGCUGGGACCGAACAACGGGAGCUCACCCCGGCACAGGGAACCGCUGACCUUCUGAUCGGCAAGCACUAGGCUUUUGACUAGCAUGGUAGUUUAAAACAGGGAAAGCUUCUCCCUCUGCUGGAAACCCAACUUCAGUCUUCUUGAUUCAUCCCGAGGCAACUUUAAUGAGAACGGGGCUGAAGGGGCAGAGGCAGAAGGAGCUGACCUGCCUGGGUUGUUUACCAAGUGUAAAAAGUUGGAAAAGAGGGUUUCUUUGUUUAGGAAGGGGAAGCAGAGGAAUACUGGAUGUAGGAAUGACUUUAAGGGGAAUUGAUUUGGUGGAAUUUGCUUUUAGUAAAGUGUGCAUACUGUUGUAACAGUGAAUGGGAGGGUCAGCAAAUAUUUAGAGUUGGGGUUCAUAUCCUUUCUCUGCUCUGUAUUAAUUGUACCCAUUGACAUUGCUUGUCUCCAUUCUGUUUGCAUCUCCAUUUCAUGCUUUCCAAUUGUUACACAUUUUUGUCUGGUUUGUUUUGAUCUGUGUUGGCCUGAUACCAUUGCCAAAAGGUAUCAAUUGUAGAAUUGUUGAAUGUGUUUACACCUUAGAUGAAGAUGUGGGUUUUUUGUUGUUGUUUUUUUGCAAGUAGGGGCUCUUCUCCCUGAUCUGGCAAGGGUGGACUUGUGGCACUGCCACUUUCUGAUGACAGCAGUUCCUUCAGUGUCCAGCCAGUGAUUCAUAUUUUAUCAUUGACAGAGGCAAGCAUCUGUUAAGUCACCAGUCUGGGUGAUUUCCAGGAAGGGAAUGAUAUUAAUGAGGUAAUCACUGCUUGCUUCAGUGUACUGUGGAUGAAAGAAAGCUACAGUUCUGCAAUGAAUUAAAGUUUUUGGAUUAACCAGUUGAAGGAUUUGUUUACCGCCCCAGCACUGGAGGAACGAAAGGAACUUGACCAGAUUUGUAUGAUAGUCCCAAACAACUUGAGCAAUGGCUCUUGUGCAAGGAUAGUAAAAAUGGUGCCUCCCCCCCAAGAUAUUGCUGGGCCACAACUGGAACAUCUCUGACCAUUGCCCAUAGUGGCUGGGACUGAUGGCCAUUGGAAUCCAGCUUCUUAGCUACCUGUGUGUUUUUUUAUCAUUUUAUUAUAAAUAUCAAUACAUUACAAAACAAUAUAUACUUAAUAUUACAUUACAUAUAUUACAUACAAAACAUACCUGUGUUCUACUGUUCACCAUAUUUUUGACGCACAUAUGUGAAUAUGCAUUGUAGACGAAGUGGUGCUAUGCUGAAAAUUGCAGGGACUUAAAGAACAAUGAUGAUGCACUUCUUGUGGACUCCCUGCCCUGGGAAAUUGACCUAGUAUCUUCCCUAAUGAGCUCUAGAAAGCAAGUAGUGAUCGUUGUUUCAUUGAUUUGGCUGAAAUUGGAAACUUUCUUAAUUUGAGGUGUGUCGCCCCCCCCAAUUCUUGCCUUUCAUGUGAUGCAUCAUGAUUUUAUUGAAGUUCUGUUGUCUGGAGGGCAGGGUCUGAGAUGUGAGGAGUCUUGCCUUGGUCAGAGUUCUUUGGAUGUGUCUGGCUGUCCCUCAAAGGUUCAAAGUGAACUCCUGACAAGCCGUAUUCUUAUUACGGUUGUUUAGUGUUCUGCUUCUACUCCUCUCAGAACAUGGUGUAUUGACUGUACUACAAGUUUGCUUGAUGAUUCACUGUGGUGCCAUCUCAUAACAGUUUGGAAAUAAACUUGCUUAAUAAUUGAAUCAGAUCACCAGUCCAUCUAGCUAAGUGUUGUCCACUGACACAGACGCUCCAGCAUUUCUGCCUCUCCCAGUCCUGCUAUGCAGAAAUACUGGGGGACUGAGCCUGGGACCUUUUGCACACAGAACAUGCGCUUUGCCAUUGAGCCAUGCCCACCCCCACCCCACCCUCAUGUUGAAAACUCCUGGGAUGUAUAACUCCUCUGAAAAGUUUUGAAGGAUUUGAUUCUAUUGACAUGAGCAUCAGAAGGUGCAGAUAAGAAUCUUGCAAAUUUGAAUUCAUCGUUGUGUGAGAUCAGGGGUUGAGAAUUUUUGCAUGGUCUUGGUGGCCAGCCAGAAAUGUGUUGUCUCCAGGACAUUCCCUCAACACAGUGGGUGGGGUCUCAAACCUUGUGUCAUACCCAUUAAACACUUGCCUCUUGAAGUCAAGAGACAAGCUGAAGCAUUGCUGAAACAGUCAGUAGUAGAGGCAUGCCCACCUUGCUGUGUCUCUGCCCCCUCUUGAGCAACCUGAACCCCACAGCUGCCACCUAGCAGGCAUGACAAAUAGUUAUCUGCCUUCUUUCUUCACCUUGGAGCUGCAGAAGACAGGUGAAAGUUUGUUUUGAUGCUCUUCUGGCACCCACCAAGUGCAGAGCUUAAACAAAUAACAGGCGUCUGGUCAUCUUUAAAGCAGAGGUAGGAGAACUAUCCCCCCCACUCUCUAGUGUUACUGUGAUGAGGAAGCCUUGGGCUAGUCUUACUCUCUAGAGGCCAGCUAACUAGUCAUUAUGGCUACUCAAGGGAGCAUGUUUGUUGAACCCUUUGUGAAAGAAAAGUAACCCACAUUACCAACAUCAUGGGGGAGCUUGUUAUCAACUCCAAAACUUUUCCAAAACAGCAACAUUAUUCUGCACUCUUGUGGAAUCUCCUCCCUCCCCAAUCUCAUGCUUGGCUUUCUUCUUUGGCUGUCAUUGUCAAAUAAUGAUAGUUAAUGUUAAAUUAUAUUGCUUGUACUUUCCCUCAUUUCUCUCUCUCACUCUCUCUCUCUUUUAAAAAAAUGUGGGAUUUUAUUUUAUUUUAUUGCAUUUGUUAGGUGUUCCUUUUGCUGUUCUUUUAAUUUUCUCUCUCCCCCUUUUUUUAAAGAUGCAAAUGUUGGACAAAUUCCCAAUGGAAGGAGGACAGAAGGACCCUAAGCAAAGAAUCAUACCCUUUCUGCCAGGUUUGUAAGGUGAACAAUACAGAUCUAUCCAUUGGGAUGUUGCCUCUUCUUUGCUGCCCCUUCUCCCCUUUGUAUAACAGGACACCUCAAGACACUAACAAUAUACUUCAAACAUAAACUUAUGUGUUCAGUACCCACAGUUGUUCAGGGAAGUUUAUAAUGGUUGGUGUUUUAUUGUGUUUUUAAUAUUUUGUUGGAAGCUGCCCAGAGUGGCUGGGGCAAUCCACUCAGAUGGGUGGAUGAGAUUGAUGAUGAUCAUUAUCACCACCAUAAUCAUCUUAAAGGAAUAGUGGCACACAUGUGGGCUUUUCUUUAAUACCUUGUUCUACUGCUUUUUGGAAUCUGAACACUACUGUGGUCUCUGAAAAUGCCUGGAGAAGUACGGAGGGGAGCCCUAGAGCCGACAUGCCAAAUGCUAUAGCCAAUUGCUGGCAAAGGAACUGAAGAUAUGUUAGAGUAGCUGAUUGCUGCAGUUUUAAAAUCUCCCGAGGUGUUUACUGUUGGGAGGAUAGCCUUUCCUUUUGGACCUCUCCUGCAAUUUAUUUGUUUCAUUUUGUGUGUAGGUUAUACGCAGUGGUUUUUGUAUCAUUAGGACUUUUUGCUGAGGAUUCAGAUAUUUUAUCAAUAUGUCACUUCUCUUGUGGAUCUGUUUCUUUCCCCUCAAUCCAAAUUGCAGUUUGCUGUUGCUUACCCCUCCUGCCCCUGCCAAUUUAGCCAACUGUUCUAAGUUCAGCCUGGAAUGUAAUUGUGAGUGUGUGAAGGACAUAUUUGCCUAGUGCCUGCUACUGGCUCAACUUUUGAGAGAUACACACUCCUCACGUCCAUACCAUUUUUAUUUUUAAAAACAGCAAUAGCUCCUCCUUGCUACUCCUUUAGCUAAAGGCUUCCCACUGUAUUUCAUUCAGUGGAAUCACUUUGACUAGCUUUUUAAAAUAUGUAUGCUGUGGGGGGGGGGGGGAGAAGUUCUGGCUUUUUCCCUUUGGAGAUUAACAGCUCUUUUAAAGAUCUGUAAGGCACAAGUGCUGCCCUGGAAAAGUCUUGUGUGAUACUGAUCAUUUGCAUCUUCUUCAGUCUUGUCUCUGGUGUGAUCUUGGGAUGAAACAACUUUGGUCAUACUGGUGGGUGACUUGAAUCAGGGAAUGGUAGAUGGGGAGAUAACCCUUGUUGGUUUUCCUGGAGUUUUCAGCAACUUUCAUUACCAUUAUAUCAUUUUGGUCCAUCUCUCUCGCUUGAGACUUGGAGACUCAGUGUUAUGGUGGCUUUGAUUCUUUCUUGAGGGACAAGUUCAGAAGGUGGUGUUGUGGGAUUUCCAUCUCAUGGCCUUUAGGAUGCUGCAGAGGUACCAUCUUAUCCCCCAUAUGCUUUUAACAUCUGUGUGUAACCACUAGAGUGUCACUCAAGGCUUGUACAUGGAUAGCAGGAGCAUAAAUCUGAAGCAGCUAGCACAUGAAUCACACAGCCAUGUGAUUUUAUCACACAGGAUAAAAAGUAAUCCCAAAGCCAGGCAUGGCUGCACCCAGUAGCAAAGCUGCCUCCUCAUUUUUUCCACUCUUGAAACAUGCAGAAGAAUAACACACUUUUUUUUUAACCCAGAAAAAGUGUACAUUUUAACAGGUUGGUGGAUGCUGUUCUGCAUCUGUCAUGCAAAAUGGAGCCUUCCCGUUAAUUCACAGAGGGAGUUGUGUGUGUCUUUAAGUGACUGCUGAUAAGCUCAGCGAAGGGAGGCUGUUUUGGUGUAAACCCCUCUUUGCUUCACAGCCUUUUUUCUGAUGCACAUCUUAAACCUAGUUCUCACGGAUAGUAAAAUAUUUUAAAUGUUGCAUGUUUCAUUGCUUUAAAUGUUGCACUGCUGAAAUUGUGAAGUUGCCUUGAAAUUAUGUAUUGGGAGCAUUAUAUAAAAAUAAAAUAAGCCUAUGGCUGGGCUGUACAACUUGAGACUACUACACCGAGGGGCUGAAAGGAUUCAUCCUAUAUAUGAAGCAAAUCUCUCUGUGCAUCAGAUGUUGGGAGAUGAUGGUUUUGGUCUGUGAAUCGCCCUGAGAGCUCCAGGUAUAGGGUGGUAUAUUAAUAAUAAUAAUAUUAAUAAUCCAGGCAGUCGGGCUGCAAUGCUGUUGGUUUGCAAAUGGCAUGCUAUUCUUUCCACCUGCUCAUCCCAAAGGAAGCUGUGGAAAUCCUGAACAGAUAUGUGUCUGAAGGCAGAAGCUAAAUUUGGGAGAAGUUCUGUGGGUUAGGAAGCAUGCUGUUCUGGAUGGAGGUAUGCAAUAAUUUAGACAGGGCUUCACACUCUUCAAAGUUAUUGACCCAGACCAUAUAUGAUAGUACAGGUGCUACUGGUGGCUAGCCUUUUGCUAGCAGGAGUUUUGCAUCUGGCCAACUAGAUCUUGGAAAAAGCAGAUCUUGCCUGAGUUGCACAGGCUUCAGUUAGCCAUACUAGACUGCUUCACACAGGGCUGUCUUCAAAGAUUAUUCAACAAAUUCAACUGAUGCAAUAUUAGUAACAAUAGUGGCCUGUUCAUUUCUGGACUUGGCUUAAAGCACUGACCUUUUGAAAUCCUAAAUGUUUGGCACAUUAAAUCAGUGCCAGAGGACUUGCUCUCAGGUUCAUUGUCAUGGUGAGGGUCUUCUGAGUAGUGACCCCACAUAUUUGGAGCUUUCCCCUGGAAAUGGUAUGCAUAGCUCCGGUUUUUUAAAUGGAUGUUUUAGUUCACAUGUUACUGAGAUGUUGCAUGCUGUGCUUUUAAAAUUGCUGUUCUGAGUUUGGCAUUGGAGUAUUCUUACUUAUGCGUUUAAAUUUCAUUAUGCUUACAGUCACUUUUGUAAGUUGCCUUUGGAAGACUCUGAAAAGCAGUGUAAAAAAUUCCUUAAAUACAUACAAAAGUUAGUUUUCUUCAUUCCCGGUUGUAGUUUCCUAACUCCUUUCUCACAAUUCCCAUAUCCUCCGAUUCCCCUUACCUGUCCUCUUCCUUGCUGAUACUGGAGAUGAUUUAGCAGAAGGUCAGCAAGGGAAAUUUUGCUACAUCUGGUGCUGAAAACACAGAAGCUUUUAAAGAUAUGGUCAGUGAGGGGUUUAGGUUUAGGAGAGAGCAAGUAAAUGGGAACCCCUAAAAUUGCUACUUCAUGAUUUCAUUAUAGCACCACAAAUUUCAACCAUUUUCCUGCUGCUUAAGGUGGAGGGAGUCAUUUAGGCUCGUAUGUCUGGUAAAGCCCUUUAAAAGAUUCGAUUUUGCACCUGAGUGCCUUUUGUAUACGUGGGUGUAAUUGCAAUUUAGCAACCACCAUGGCUACUUCCGGGAGGUGCAUUCUGGUUCCAGCUGUUCCAUAAAUUGUGGUAUCAGCAAAACAAGCCUAACUCUGGCUUGGAUGCAAAGAAAAAAAGUUUGCUGUGCAAUUUUUCAUUCCAGCAGAGUGGGAUUGGGGGUGGGGUGGGGGGCAGGGAGCAUAGUACCAGGCCCAACUGACAGCAUCCAAGACUUGGAAAACCAGGAAUUACAUUUCGGCUUCAUUCUGUUUCUGAAGCAUUGCAACCUAUUUUUGGAAAGCAGAGGAAGGCUCACUUCCAGAAAGGUUGCCCUGACUGGUGUGUUUUGCCUGCUAAAUGCCUUCCCGUGUCUUUCUUUUUAUGAAAUAUUUUUACACUGGAAAGCAGGGAUGAUGGCAAAGUUAUCUGAAGCUGAACUCAGAGGAGCUUUUAAAAGUCUGUUCCAAAGGGAAUGGAAGCUGUACAAGACCCUGAAUCAUUCUCUAGCUUGGAUUUUAAUCCCAGCUGGAUAAGUUUUACCAGCUUCCCAGGCUCACAAAUGCUUUGGGCCACCGGGAUGGAGAUCUUUCCUGGCUAAGCACAGCCUUUGUCAGCCAGGGGCCAGGGGACCUUUGGCAUGGGAAGAUCAAGCACCCCGAUCUGCGCCUACCAAAUCAGCAAGCCCAACUCAGGCUUGCAGACUCUGCGCAGCUCUCCGAGUUCAUCCUGGCUCCUCUGGCAGGAGCAAACCCUGAGGUGGAGCAAAAUCCUGGCCACUGUCAAUGGCCAUGUCCCUGCAGCAUUCUAAAUCUCUCCUUAUGCAAGCCAUUGGAGCAACCCUCCUGUGUUUCCAAGACCAAAUGGAUUGGAAAUUCAAGAGAGGAGGGAGAAACAGAAUAGCUUAUGUACAGCAGAAAUGUUUAUGUUGGAUGCCCUUCCAACUCUCCCCCGAGAAGAAGCUUGGGAACGGGGUGGGAGACAUCUGGCCCAGAGGAGUAGCAUAUUAAGCAUGUAGCCCAAUGGUUAAUAUUAUGGAGAAAUUAGUCCUAUCUGUGUUCCGCCUUUUUUAAAAUGGUCACACACACACACACGCCCACACCCUUAUAAUUUGCUUUUUCUGCAUCCCACUCACAAUAGCAUACUAGCGCUUGAAUUUCAUUACCAGUGUGGGUAUUUGGCUCCUGCUUUCUGUUUCAAAUAUGCUGCUUUCUGGGAAGCCCUGAUUGGUAACAUUAUACAUUGUGGUUUCUGUCGCCUGAAAAAAAAAAUGUUUCCAGUGAUCCUCCCCAUCCAGCUGCCUCUAGCAUUCUUCACAAAACUAUAACACAUUCAGACUUGAGGCCUUUGAUAGGAACCAAGGAAGCAUUUUUGAUUCAGCACGCAAAAUAUUUUUCUGUGGGGAAUAAAUGCCAUUGGUUCUAGUUUUGUUUCUUAUAGCAACACCCAAUCAGUUCUUUCCCUCUUUUUUUUUUUUUAGUGAAGAUUUAGUUUUUAGUGUGGGAUUACCUCUGAAAUCAUUAGGAAAGACUUUGGUAUUCAGAUUUGAAAAAGUUCUCUAAAUGCUACCAUAAAACUGUUUCUGUAAUGGAAAUCAUUCCCUGUUCCUUUCCUCACUGCUCAUGUUAUAGAUGUGCAUUUUUAAAAAGACUGAGCAACCAUUAUGAGAACGAGGACACUACUAUUAUUUAGGCAGCAACACAUAGCAGAGGUCUGUGCCUUAAACAUUGAUAUAAACAGGGGUUUCUCUUGUGUGCUGUUUCACCAUUUCUAUAAGAAUGAAGUUUAUCAGAGAGUGGGUUUGACCUUGUUCAGAUGUGCAUUACAAAAUCUUCUUGAAGUUGCAAGAGUUCAGUGGUACCUCAGUUUAAGAACAGUCCUGUUUACAAACGAUUUGGUUUAUGAACUCCGCAAAACCGAAAGUAGUGUCCCGGUUUGUAAACUUUACCUUGGUGUAAGAACCGAAUCCAAACGGUGGAAGGCCACUGGCGGCAGGAGACCUCAUUAGGGAAAGCGCGCCUCAGUUUAAGAAUGGUUUCGGUUUGAGAAUGGAGUUCUGGAACGGAUUAAGUCUGUAAACCAAGGUACCACUAUAUAGAGUUUUUCUCUAGCUACUUCCGGAGGUGGCUUUGUAGUCUGUAGAUCCAAGGCAGCCUCUUUUGAUUAGAGGAAAGUUGGAAAUACUUGGUAUGAAAUAUUGUAUCUUGCGCAGUUGGCAUUCAACAAUAUUUAGUUCUUUAGGAAUAUUAGAAAAUUCUCUCUACGAAUCAUGAAAACUGUUCAUGUGCAUAACAGCUCAGACCAGCAGAGUCCUGAUGUGUUGGUUUUAGUUGAGGGUUAUGUUUUCUAAUGCCACAGGUGUUUGUUUGUUUAUUUGUUUGCUUUUAAUACCCAGAUGGCUCUGGCAUUGUUUGGAAAUGCAGAAGGUAGUAUUUCAAGCCUUUGACCAAUCUAAUGCCAUUUCUUGCUCGGAGCUCUUAGAUGCACAGAAUAAAAAACUGCAAACUACUUGAAAAAUCCAUGGAAACAUGAAUCAAGGUAAAAUACCCUGAAGUUUUUGCAUCAUUAUUCUCACUCCAUUUACACACUGCUUUAGGGCUAAGCAAAGUUCAAAUAAAUAGUAGACAAGCCUUUUGAAAUGAUGGUGAAAUGAUUUAGUAUCAUUUGACAUUUCCAGCAGACCUGGAGGUCACACAAUAAGCUAACAUCCAUCCUAACAGUACCAGGAAACUUCACAGACCAAUAAAUUAUUAUGAUGUGAUAGGAUAUUGAUCAUGUAAGGCAGGGGUGGGAACCUUUAUCAGGUUUGACCUCAUCAGUCUCAUGAUACUUUCAUGACAUCACAUGAUUGACAGGUAGGUUGUCUCACGCAUUUGUCACCUUAUGUGGUGUUCUGCAAAGGUCCAUUCAGGGGUUUGAAAAAGGCUUAUUUCUCCUCUCGCCCUGGAAGGCACAUGCAACCAAAGUGAGCAGACUUUCUAAGGUGCCCUGAUUUCAGAGGUUUAAAGGAGCAGUGUGAAGUAGCUCCUAAAGGGCUUUGUAAGGUACCCACACAGGAAGGACAAAUUAUAUCAAACUGUAGAUUUAUUUAUUUUUAAUAGCCUCUGUCCUGAUUCAGAUGCUCAGUUUCUGGCUUUCUGAACCUUAGUUCAGUAGCUGGAGAUGAGUGAUGAGACCAUGUACUCCCUCCUUGCCUCUCCCUGUGAUUCUUCCCAUUCUUGGUACUUACAUCCUGGUUUAAUUAAACAACUGUUGUAGUUUAACAUCUGUUUCCUAACCAGGACCUCAAACCUACUUCAGCCUAAAAUGGUCGUAGGUAUGUAUAGUUUAUUUUUACGUCAUGAACUUGCAAAAUACAUAACUCUGCUCACAAGCUGUGGUAGAAUAAGAGGCUAUGCCCUCUUCUGAAUGUCCAAGCAACUGUGCAGAAUGCUCUGCAGAUGAAAGGUGGGUUGGCAGGGAAAUUGAAAGAGGGAGACCCCAAGAAAGAAAGAGAGCUGAAACAACAAAUGAGCUCCUCUAGAUUAGCUAUGUGUAGUGUCUGCCAAAUCUUUCAGGAAGCAGCUUUUAUAAGCAGAACUAAGUUUUCCAAACUCCCUAUAUCCAUGGUGAUCUAGAGGCUGUUCCCACCAGUGUUUCCUUGAAGGGGCUGGAUAGAACUGUAUGGAAACAAAACUUUGCCCAAAGCCAAAGUUUUUAACUUUGGCUGUGAAAUUGCUUUUGUGGAAGCUUAAGCUGAAGACCAUGGCGGACUUCCAAAGGAGAAGAUUUAACAGGAUAAAAAUGUUGAAGUUAGAUUGUUAUCUGCUUUCUGCCUCCCUCCCAUGCUGCGCUGCUUGAGAUCCUGUUAGCCUUUUUUCAUCAGAUUUCUUGAACACUCCCUGUAGAAUCAUGGCAACCUGGGGGGGGGAGGCAUGUACUUGUGUUCUUAUUUUGCUCAGGCAAAGCUUCAAGUAGAGUUCAGAUACACCCCCCCUCCCCAAGACCAGUGAAAAGUUGAAUCUGAACCAUUACUGUCAGAGUGAGGCACUUAACCCUCAUGUGCAUGACGUGGUAAGUUUCAGUCUUUGGACUUCUUGGUUCAUAGUGCUGUCUCUUAGCCACUGCAGUACAUCACCUCAGCAUAAUAGAAUAGUGAGUAGAAUUAUUAGUACAGCCUUUCGUUUGCUGCCUGGACUGUCUGGAUCCAAUUAACUUUGAUUUUGUUUGCCAUUCCACCUUAUGCUGUGUCACAACCAUGCAGCCCCUGGCAUACAUUUAAAAUUGUAUUGCAUUCUCUCGGAAGGAUGUGUCCCUGUAACCAGCACUCACAAGGCCAUUUAAUUUGAUGUUGACAGUAGGCCGCUGUGCCACUCUUGUGGUAAGCACUCUUUGAAGCUGUAGCCGCAUUGCAUAUCUGCCUAUUCCAGGCAACUAAUUUUUCCUCCUGGAAAGAGAUGAUGUCCAUAUGUUUAAAAGUGAACUGGAGGCCAAGCCAGGCAGGGUGUAAUUUGAGAGGUGAUGAAAAGUGUAUUUCUUUCAAAAGUGUAAAAGUGGGAUGGGAAGAGAAUGGUGAGGAAAUACAGUCACAGUACGUAAUUACAUUCAAAGGUAUGGCGGGUGCACUUUCUGCAUAGAAUGCAGCUUCUGCCAAAAGAUAACCUUGCUUCCUACAAAAAGGUGUAGCUAACUGAAUCACUGCCCACCCUGAGUACAAAGUACAGGUACAAAGAGGGAUGGGACCCACCAUCCAACAUCUGACAGAAACCCCAGUGAUGUGGGGUGGAAAGUUUUCCCUUUAUCCUUAAAAAAUGAGUUGUUUAAUAAAAUUGCUUGAUAACCUAAUAAUACAGCAAAAUAAAAUUUUCAGGCCGCCUAGUAUGACUUAGUACAAUGCUUGGUAAAUAUGAAAUCAGAGUUGCAGUUAAACUUUUUCAGGCAACUAUCUCUAAGGAGAAUAUAUAUUUAUGCACAUAGCUCUUCAUGUAUGUUAGUAUGUUAGCAGCCUUCACUCCUUUGUGAUGGGACAAGAACUGAUUUAGUUUUAGUUUGAAAACAGCUCGAUAAUUACCUAGCAGAAAGUCUGUCUUGACUCUUUUCAGCUGAACUUCUUUCUCUGCUUCUAGAGUUUAGUCUUAUAUUGUUGCCAUGUAGGAUUUUCCCUAAUACGCUCAGAUGUUGAAAAAGCAAUAACCAAAUGAAUUGAUGUAAGCAAGGAGAUUGAGGAAGUUAAUGUAAUUGGAUAUUCCUGUGCAGAUUUUUCUGGUGUCUUUGACAUUCCCUGCUUGGGAUGUGAAGCCUUACCUCUUCACUGGGGAUUGUACCCAUACAUAGCUUUGCUGGUUUCCUUUAUGUAGCAUGCAACCUAUUUAUCUGAUGUCUAAAAUGACCCCAGAUAUUUUUGUUAUAAUUGCUGGAAAUAGUUUUGCAUUCCAACCCAUGUAUACUUUGAGCUUUAAAUAUUAAAAAAAUGUGAGUGGUGGUACUUUGGCUACCCUUUAAAUCACGGUACUGAUGGGGGACCUUCCAGAUAUUGUUUGAUUCUAUCUCCCAUUAGUCCCAUUAGCCAACAUGAGCAGUGAUUAGGGAUGAUGGAAGCUGUAUUCCAGUGACAUGGAGGGCCACAGGUUCAACAAUAUUUGGUGCUUGCCAUAUUGGCUACCGAAACAACUUAGCUAAUUGAAAUUAUUGCCUUUUGGGAAACGGCUAACUUGCAGUUUCUUAAAGUGACAAACUUGAAAUCUUUUAAUAGUUGACUUUGUAAGGAGCGGGCUUUUAAAACAGCUAUACAUUAUUUUGUGAUUGAGAGAGAGGUUUUAAAAAGCAAAUAAACAGACCUUUUCUAUCCCUGCCCUUUGAAUGCUCAGAUAAGAAGCCUCUUGAGCAGGCAUUUUGGUACAUGGAACUGUCCAAGGAAGGGAAUAUAAAUGGCUAAAUGAUUAAAGGAUUUGCGAUUGCAAUCUGCCUUGUCUGUCUCUAGAAACUGAAGUUGUUUGUUCUAAUGUAGAAGUUCUUCACAUAUGGCAUAUGAUGCAAUUUGUGGUAGAUUUACAAACCUCACCAUUGCUGUGCUCUCCAUCACUCCUAUUUCAAAGCUUGGAUGCUUAGUCCAGCUCUUUUCAACUGACCAGGAUUGCUGCCUUGGAAAUCCUCUGUUGUGGGAACUCAAGUGCUUAUAAUCCAUUUUCAGAACAGCACAAACCUAAAUAGCAACAUUUCCACACAUUGGCAUUGCCCGCUUUAGAAAUAAAGACAACAUUUUAUACCUGAAGCUAUUAUACUUGCAGAUGCCGAAUGUAAAAUUGAGAACAAAUCAAAUCUCAUUAGGAAUAAGGAAGCAUAUUUGUAUGAGUAUCUUUUAAAGGACUUGGCUUUGAACUCUUUCCUAAACACAGUGCUGAUGUUUCUGUUUCAUGGUUUUCUUUCUUGCAGAGUUGUGCUGAAAGUAAAUGGCUAAAUUGUGCAGAAAUACAUUCUUUUUUUUUAAAAAAAAGUAUGGGGUCAGUUCAUGUCAUAAAAAUGUGGCCUGAAUAAUUGGAGGGUGCCUGCCUCUUUCAAGAUUGCUUCUUUAAUAUUUAUGUCUCUUGGAAGGUUUUGUGUGUGGGACAUUAAUGGUUGCCUUUGCAAAGGAAACCGCUGCAAAGGGGAGAAGGCUACUGUGGUGAUUUUUUUAAAGUGUAACUGCCCUGAGACUUCAGAAUAGGGCAGGGCAUUGUAUAUAAAUAAAAUGCCUGCUCCUUGGAGUGGAGGGAGAAGGAGCCAGUAGCAUUUCUACAUCUUAAGAUGCUGGCAGAGUUCCUGUAUCUGUCACUUCCCCUAGCAGUCAAGGAGAGGAGAAAUUUUGUGUAUAUUUAUGACUAGCUGGCUUCUUAGAAACUCUGCUAUAUACCUUUAUUUAAUUUAUCAGGUUAAAACACGCAACUGCUCUCUAUAUACAUAAAUUGAUUAGAAUGUUUUUAAAUAUUUCUAGGAAAUUUGUAAUGUUCAUAUUUGCAAGGCUAUAUUAAAGGCUUGCUUGUAACUAAACUAUAAACAAAUCUUGACGUUACUGGAAAUCCCUUGUUUGUUUGACUUGUAUGCUACUUAAUACAACAAAAUCUCUAAACUGUUUGCAUAAAGUAUGGUAUCACGAGCAAUAAAUAAAUAAAUACAUAAUAUCAAAAUGCAUUAGUAACCCAGUAAAAUAUUUUGUGAAAAAUUACUACAGAAAUGUUCCAGCCGUGUGAUCAGAAAAUAGAGACACAGAAAGGCUGAAGAAAUGAGCAUGUUUUUCGUAGGCAUUUAAAGCCAGCACAGUGGAAGCUUCCCAAAUAGUGUUCUAGACUCUGAAAGAACCUGCUUUUGUUCUAUCACAUUAUGACACACUAUAAUGGUCUGGCCAUCAGAGCCUUCUCUAAAGGGUGUACAGUUUGUCUGGGUCUGUACAAGGGAAGGUGGUCCUAAAUUGUUUUGGCUUUAAAAGUCAGUAACAAAGAAUGCUCCAACUACCGCACAAUUGCACUCAUUUCACACGCUAGCAAGGUUAUGCUUAAAAUUCUACAAGGCAGGCUUAAGCAAUAUGUGGACCGAGAACUCCCAGAAGUGCAAGCUGGAUUUAGAAGAGGCAGAGGAACCAGAGACCAAAUUGCAAACAUGCGCUGGAUUAUGGAGAAAGCUAGAGAGUUCCAGAAAGACAUCUACUUCUGCUUCAUUGACUAUGCAAAAGCCUUUGACUGUGUCGACCACAGCAAACUAUGGCAAGUUCUUAAAGAAAUGGGAGUGCCUGAUCACCUCAACUGUCUCCUGAGAAAUCUCUAUGUGGGACAAGAAGCUACAGUUAGAACUGGAUAUGGAACAACUGAUUGGCUCAAAAUUGGGAAAGGAGUACGGCAAGGCUGUAUAUUGUCUCCCUGCUUAUUUAACUUAUAUGCAGAAUUCAUCAUGCGAAAGGCUGGGCUGGAUGAAUCCCAAGCCGGAAUUAAGAUCGCCGGAAGAAAUAUCAACAACCUCAGAUAUGCAGAUGACACAACCUUGAUGGCAGAAAGUGAGGAGGAAUUAAAGAACCUUUUAAUGAGGGUGAAAGAGGAGAGCGCAAAAUUUGGUCUGAAGCUCAACAUCAAAAAGACGAAGAUCAUGGCCACUGGUUCCAUCACCUCCCGGCAAAUAGAAGGGGAAGAAAUGGAGGCAGUGAGAGAUUUUACUUUCUUGGGCUCCAUGAUCACUGCAGAUGGUGACAGCAGCCACAAAAUUAAAAGACGCCUGCUCCUUGGGAGAAAGGCGAUGGCAAACCUAGACAGCAUCUUAAAAAGUAGAGACAUCACCUUAUCAACAAAGGUCCGUAUAGUUAAAGCCAUGGUUUUCCCAGUAGUGAUGUGUGGAAGUGAAAGCUGGACCAUAAAGGAGGCUGAUCGCCGAAGAAUUGAUGCUUUUGAAUUAUGGUGCUGGAGGAGACUCUUGAGAGUCCCAUGGACUGCAAGAAGAUCAAACCUAUCCAUUCUUAAGGAAAUCAGCCCUGAGUGCUCACUGGAAGGACAGAUCGUGAAGCUGGGGCUCCAAUACUUUGGCCACCUCAUGAGAAGAGAAGACUCCCUGGAAAAGACCCUGAUGUUGGGAAAGAUUGAGGGCACAAGGAGAAGGGGACGGCAGAGGACGAGAUGGUUGGACAGUGUUCUCGAAGCUACAAACAUGAGUCUGACCAAACUGUGGGAGGCAGUGGAAGACAGGAGUGCCUGGCGUGCUCUGGUCCAUGGUGUCAUGAAGAGUCGGACACGACUAAAUGACUAAACAACAAAACCUUGAAAAUGACUAACGGGCAGCUGGUGCUUUUCUCUCUUUUUUAAUGCAAAUGACACAUGUGUACAGUAAGUUGCCUCACUCAGCACUCUAGUGCUGAAUUUUGCACGGGCUGCAACCUCUGGAGCAGGUGCAAGGAUUGUCCCACAUAUAAUGUAGUGCUGUAGCCUAAUUGCGAGGUUGCCAAUGUGUAGGCCACAAUAGACAAACUAUUCCUGUACAGCAGGGGUGCACAACCUGUGGCCCUCCAGAUGUUGUUGGACCACACCUCCCAUCAUCCCUGAUCACUGGCUAUGCUGCCUGGGGCUGAUGGAAGUUGUAGUCCAGAAACAUCGGGAGGGCUGCAGGUUGUGCACCUGGUACUAUACAGGAAAGGGAAUAUUUGUUGUGCCAGCUGAAGUUGGUAGUAGGCAUUAUGAGCCGCACAUAUCAUCACCUGGGCCUUUUAAUGGCUGAGAUGGUUCCAGGAGCACACCCAAAGUGCAUGCCUCUUUCUACAGAGAGAGUGGAACUCCAUCCAGAACAGAUAAAUAACCCAGGUCCUGUACCUGGGGACCACUCAACCACAAGAUCUUUGUCUUGUCAGGAUCCAUUCUCAUUAAUUAGCCCCACAUACAGUAAUAAAAAUGUGGCACUAAUGUUGUUUAAACUGUAUCAGACCAGAUUAAUUGGUACAGGAAGCAUAGCGGUGUGUCUUUCACCAGCUGAAAAUGUGAGAGCUGUGUUCUGCUUUCUGUGAGUCCUCAUAGAGCACUUGUGCUUUUCCUACUCUAUUGUCUGCUGCCUUAAAAAACCCCACAAAAGUUUAAAAGAAUGCAAUAUCUCUGGAUCAAAUAGAAAAGCCAUAAUGUUCAUGGAUGUGUUGAAGAAAUGAACAUGCAUUACUGUGAUUGCUUGUGCAAAUGGCUAGAGAGAUUAACUGGCCAUUUACUCUGAUUGCUUGCAUGUUUUAUGUGCACAUCAAUAAGAAAAUGUGAGUUAUAAAUUUUCUUUCAACUCUGGUGACUGAGUGAAUCUUGGAGAGACGCCAACCCAAUUGCUGUCUGAGUUCUAAAUAUAGAAAGAAGCACUGCUGACCCUAGUUACUGGAAUAUCCAGUUUCUACCAACUGGAAAAAUAUAAUGAAAAUUCCAUGAUGAUUUUAGUUGAUGUAGUGGCACAUUACAUUUUAUAAUUUGUGGCCACAGAGAAUUUGGACCAAAAUUCUUGUCAAUAAAACAAGGGCCCCAGCCCCAAGAUAAUGAAAUUUGUUCCAUUGUGGAUAUAAGAAAGGAGUCAGCAUCUUAAACUUUUCCAUGAAGGACUUCUUCACAAUCUUGACUUGCUGACAGAUUGAUUCAAAUUUCCAUGUUCCUUGCUUCAGAACUGCAGCUACGAUGGUGGGAAACUUCAUAUGGGCUGUUGAACUUGGAAGAAAAAGUUGUGAACGCCUUUUCUACUACAUCAUAUUUUUUGAAAAGUUACUCCUUUGCGGAACUCCUGUGCAGUUGUCAUUCAGGCUCUGUACACAGAUUCUUCCCUCCCUGGGGUGGUUCAAACAUUCAGGAGUCAUCAGAUCCAAUUGGGGUACAGUCCUGCAUGGUGCUAUGCAACUUCAGAAGGCAAACAGACGGUCAUUAAUUUGAAAACAAUUGACUAUCUUAAUUUCUUCUUUGAAUUUGCAAGACUAGCUCGUUGGGCAAAUAUAUUCUAGGCUAGCUGUCUGCCCCUCCACCUGUGAUAACUCUUACUAGUCAAGAGUUUGACAUAAACAUGUGCUCAAAUGGAUAAGGACAGAGUUAUUUCAGCCAGGGCUGGCUCAAGAUUCUUUGCUGCCUGAGGUGAAGGACAAUAUGGCACCCUUCCCCAAGGCACAUACAGAAGCCAGCUGGACUCGUGGAAUUCCAAUACUGAUGAAAGGACAGUUUCUUCUACUGCAGCUGAAGAUAGCAGGCUAGUGUAGCAGGCCACAUGACACUCCAAGCUCUGUCCUCCUGAGGCAACUGUCUCACUUAGGGCCAGACCUGUCUAUAGUAAGCAUCUUUGAAUGUUUCCGUUGGUCCUCUCUCUUGGAGUACAUACAGUGCAUGUGUACAUGAAAAGGAGUGUUGGCUUUCUUAGUUCAAUGCCACUCACACUGGAGGAACACCUCCCAUCUUACUUCCAUCUCAAAGUAUAUACAUUCUCACCUUACAAACAUGGCGGUUUUGAGGUCACCUAUCCAAAAAGGCAGAAAAGAAAAUGGAGCAAGCUUUUAUGGACUGGAAUCACCAUUGCCUUUUUGUUCCAGCAGGAACUUCCAGACAAAGCAGUUUUACUCGUUAUGAGGGACAGGUGCACUUGUUGCAGGGAGCAUCUUGGUAUAUCUGUGGCAAAAAGUGUAAAUCACUGAUACACAUAUUUACAAUCAAGGCUUCCACACAUAUCUACAGGGUUAUUUUAAGGAAUACAUAGCUGUGGUUUUCACCUUGGGUUUGCUGCAGGAAACUCCAGUAUAACUCUGGUGUACCUGCUGCAAACAGGUUUGCUCUGUAAUAUGAGUCAACAGAUUAGGCUUCCUUCCCUUCUCUCUCUUUUGUUUGUUUAUCUUGAUUGCUGCUAACUGCUGUUUUAUUUCUUAUUGGUUUUUUUAAAAAAAUUGCUAGUUUUUGAGCAACAUUAAUAGUAUUUUUUUUAAAAAGGUGUAGUUGAAAAGGUUUUUUUAAAUAAAUAAAAAUUUAUCGGUUUGCAUUUCUAUCCUGUCUGAUAAUGCACACACCCACCCUGUUCCACUAUCCUUAGUCAUAACUAAUUUCUGUUGAAAUCAACCGGGCAAUGUUCCAACAGGGAAGAAGCAUUCAACAAAUAACACUGUGAACUUGAAAAAAGAACUAAUUUAUAUUUUUAUAGUUUCCACAAUCCCUCAUGGAAUGAAUGGCCAGCAAUCUAAAAUCACAGCUAUGAAUGAAAUUAUUUUCAUGGGAUUAUGUUAAUGUGAUUUGCUUCUUCCAGUGUAACAUUUGCUGUGCCAUGUGUCUGAGUGCCCUUAUGGGAUAUGUCUGUGCUUGAGUCGCUGAAUAAAGAUAGCAAUCAAGGAGUUAUUUGAGAAGUGAGGUUCUAAUGAACCAGAGGAUUACCCAAGCAAGCAGUGACUUGCAUUGUUCUUGUCUCUCAUUCCGUAGGCAAGAUCCUCUUCCGCCGAAGCCACAUUCGUGAUGUUGCUAUCAAGCGUCUUAUACCCAUUGAUGAGUACUGCAAGGUGAGUGGUGUUUUCUUCCAAGUUUUGUGCUGAUUGUUGAGAUACAUUGUUUGCAGCUGGUUCCAGUACAGCAGCCUUCCCUGCUCUAGUAACCUCCAGGUGUUUUGGACUACAGUUCCCAUCAUACCCGUGGACAUGCUGGCUCGGGCUGUUGGGGUGCUGUAGUCCCAAACAUCUGGAGGGCACCAGGAUACACAGUAAGUUAUCUUUUCUGUUUUGUCUUAUUAUAUGCUACCAUAGCUUGUGUUAAUGCAUUUUCAGUUGAGUAAGAACUCAUCAACGAUGACCUUGAAUGCUUCUUACUCUGCAGACUUACCCACUGAGUAGUUUUGCUGACAUAAUGAAGCACUUUUGACAUUUACAAUGCACUACAUAAAUGGUUAAUAACAGUGCUUUUGUCUAGGAAAAGAAGGUGCUGGUACUCACCAUGCCCCCCUUUUUCUCUCCCUCACACUCUCUCCUGUCCCCCCUCAAUUAAUUGAAGCACCACUUUGUGACCCCCUCUCACUUCUUCAGUCUCUCCCCCCACCUUGCCCUGACUUCACAUCCACCCAGCCUUCCAGCGUACCAUUGAUUCCCAUCAGAAAAAAGCAGUGCUUACUAAGAUAAUUAAUAAAUGUUGCCAUUGUUUGUUAUUUGGAAAAAUUCCUUUUCAUGCCAAGUGACAGCUGCUCUCAUUGUUGCUUGAAGAUGAUGGCUUUGUUGGUAACCAGCCUCCCUCCCUCAGAUGAAAGCAACUGCCUUUAAUGGUUUCAAAGUGUGUUAGGUUAGUCUACUCCCCUUUUGAAAUAGCUUAGUUCAAAUGGAAUCUCACUUGAAUAUUAUUCAGACUGCCUCCUUCAGUCCCAUUAUACUAGUCCAGGGGUCAGCAAACUUUUUCAGCAGGGGGCCAGUCCACUGUCCCUCAGACCUUGUCGGGGGCCAGGCUGUAUUUUGAAAAGAAAAGAAAAAAGAACGAACAAACGAAUUCCUUCCUGUGCCCCAUAAAUAACCCAGAGAUGCAUUUUAAAGAAAAUGACACAUUCUACUCAGGUAAAAACACACUGAUUCCUGGACCGUCUGUGGGCCGGAUUUAGAAGGCAAUUAGGCCAAAUCCGACCCCCAGGCCUUAGUUUGCCUACCCGUGUACUAGUCAUUAGAACAGAGAUGCUUCUCAGUUUAGUAUGGAAGGAAAUAAGAAGCACCUAUGGAACGGGGGUGUACACAUGUGCAUGCUAGUGCAGGAACGCAUAUAAAUACUUUUAAUUAAAAACACAAAGAAAUGGCACAGUUCUGCAGGGAUGGAAUUGGUAGGACUUGCCAUGUAUAAAAAGCAAUUUGUUUUUUAUAUUAGGGGCUGAUGGGAUGGAGAAGUCAAAAGUCUGCAUUGGAUUCGGCAGAAUUGGAGUGGUGGUGUUGGUCAUAGGGAUGCUUAAGCCAGAAAAAAGCACAGUGUGCAUUGCCCCAUAUUUCUGGGGAAGAUACCCCAGUGGUUGUUCAAUUUAUGUGAUAUCACUAAUCAAAAUUAUAUUGCAACUGUUUCUUAUAUUGAAUUCUCUAGGUUUUUAACCUUUUGAAGUUAGAAAUGCAUUAAAUAAUUAGGAUAUCAUUAUCUUCCCUUUAUCUUUCCUACAAUCUGGGGAACUGUGUGUUUGUGUGUGUGUGUGUGUGUGUGUGUGUGUGCGCACGCUUGUUUUGUUUUGUUUUAUCAUAUAUGUGUGUUUUGUGUUGGGGUUACUCUUAUAAUCUGUAGUAAAAUAUGUGUGAAAUACAUGUAUGUGUAUAUACAGUUUUCAUUCAUUCAGCUUCUGAUAUGCUUGUUCCUAUUGUCACGGAAUAGGUUAAAAUAUGCCCAAAUAGGCACACCUGUGUACUCACACAUUUGCUUUUAAAGAGGAAGGAAGUCCAUAGGUGAUGAGGCAGCAGCUGGCUCCUGCAAAACAAUGCUAUUGAUGACAUUAAAUUUAAUAAAACCAUUUGACUUUCUAUCAUCUAUAAUGUUGUAGAUGUGAUCUAACCGCCUUAGUAUUUCCUUCUUUUAGUUAAUGAUAACCAGGUAACAAAGACUGCACUCUUGGCCUUCCAACAGCUGACACUUAACUCUGUAUUUGCUAACAGGGAAGGAUGGGUGUGGAGUAGGCUCACACAAGGAAGCCUGGCUUGCCAUGAUAUGGACACCACUCUAGCAGUUCAACUUAUCUGCUGCUGUUUUUCCAUGCUUUUCGCAAGGCAAACCACCACGGGGAGGAAAAUUGUAUUCCAACUGAGCACAGAUAAAUAAAUCACAGAGAUGACUGUGGUUUGUGGAUAUACAGCAAAUGCUGAGCGUUACAAGAAUUAAUUGCGACCACAUCCUUUUCAGAAGCUGCAUAAGCAACAAUCACUCCACUUCUCUUCUUUGCUUGCUUGGGAAAGGAGGGGAAAGCAUCAUUUCCCAGUACAAUCUUUCAGAAUCAUAGAAAUGUAGAGUUGCGCGGGACCCUGAGGGUCGUCUAGUCCAGCCCCUGCAGUGCAGGAAUCUCAGUUAGAUUAUACAUGACAGAUAGCCAUUCAACCUCUGCUUACAAACCUCCAAAGGAGAAGAGUUCAGCAGCUCUCUUGGGAGUCAGUUGAACAACUCUUAUUGGCAAAAAGUUAUUCCUGAUGUUUAGUUGGAAUCUCCUUUCUUGUAACUUGAAUCCAUUGGUUUGUGUCCUAGCCUCCGGAGCAGGAGAAAACAUGGGUUCAGGUGAUCAGGGCACUUGCUUUGGUUUUUUAAUACACACAAAAUCACUUUCAUACACACACACACACACACACAUAUAUAUAUAUGGGUGGGUGGUGGGUGGCACACACCUCUUACACAGGUCAGCUGUGACCAGGAGUUCUAUGGAAGUAUGUGUGAAUGGGCUGGUUGAGAAUGGCUUUCUUUCUCUCUCUCUCUCUCUCUCUCUAUCUCUAUCUCUAUCUCUAUCUCUAUCUCUAUCUCUAUCUCUAUCUCUCCCUCCCUCCCUCCCUCCCUCCCUCCUCCACCAGCUUGUAUGUUUGCAUGCUGGCUGCAGAAAAAGGGAAGCUCAUUCCUCAGUCCGUUUCCUGCUACACCAGCCUGUUUGAUAGAAAGCAAUUCCUACCUGUUAAGACACUAGUCCACUGCACUUCCAUGUUGGCUAUGAGGAGGAUUUCCCUCCUCUGUGGCCAGCUUGGAAACGCUGGCUGCUACAAUUAUUUAUGUAUCUGAAAUAUUUGUAGGCUACGUUUUAAGGUCAGCCCCCUCAAGAUGACUUCUAAAAUGUGGAUCCACAAUAUAUAAUGAGUACUAAAUUGAAAACCAUAAAACACACAAAAAUAACUUCACUAAACAAAGAGAACUAGCAGUAUCACUAACUGCAAACAACAUUUGUCCCAUUAAGAAUGAAAUCUGGUGAUUAAACUAAUGCAGCUGCAUGCAGUGGUACCUCAGGUUACAGACGCUUCAGGUUACAGACGCUGCUAACCCAGAAAUAGUACCUCGGGUUAAGAACUUUGCUUCAGUAUGAGAACAGAAAUCGUGCGGCAGCAGUGGGAGGCCCCAUUAGCUAAAAUGGUACCUCAGGAUAAGAACAGUUUCAGGUUAAGAACAGACCUCCAGAACGAAUUAAGUUCUUAACCCGGGGUACCACUGUAUUGUUUAACAGUUUUUGUUGGUGGGAUUUUGUUGCUAUUGUUGUUGUUAUUUUGUAUCUUCAUUUUUAGAUCUUAUUAUUAUUCAUGAUUUAUGUGGCAAUUGUUCAGUUUGGUUGUGUUUUGUAAACCUUUUAAUAUUGCAAGCUGCUUGGAGCAUGGUUUUAACUACAGUAUAGCGGCAUACAGAUAAAAUGUUGGUGAUAUACACCAUCCAAUAAAAUCCUUAAAAAGGCAAGUGUGGGGCAGGAAGACCAGUAAAAGACUCUCUUCCAGUUGGGCCACAGGAUCAUAGUCCAGGACUCUGCUGAGGUAAUUACCUCAUAAGGAACAAAAUGUUUGGCUAUCUUACCACACACAUCACAAAAGUCGUGGCAUUUCCCAAACCAUCAAUCUUCUGAGCAGGUGCUGAGGAAUUUAGGGAGCAGCAGCCUAACUCCCACAUCAGUGACAUGAAUGUCUACUGUCUUAUCUGUUCAUUGUACAAAAUUCAUGCCUUGGAAGGCUUUCGUCAAACUUAGUAGAGGAAUACAUAUGUAUCCCAACGCCUGUCUGUUCUUCAUCUUUCCCAGCAUUGUAUGCCCCUUCCUUUACUUUGCCAGAUAUUGUAUGAUCUCAUAGGAGAAAAGGAAAUAGACACCAUAAUAGCCCUGCCUAUAUUUGUCAGCUCCAUAACCAAGGGGUUCUGAUCCAUGCUAACCUUUUGGUUAAAGCUAACAAAAAAGUACAAAUAGUCAUAGUAGCUAUGAUAUGAACGCAAACUGUGCAUUACAUUCUGCAGUGAACAGAAGCUACUACAAACUGACAUAAUAAACCGCUAUAAUACUGAUCACAUUAGGUACUGUGGUUUUGGAGUUCUGCCCAAACAAUAAAUUAUGGAUAUUUUUACAAACUGGCCCCAGUUUCAUCAGUAUUUCUUACAUGGUAAAUGUUGAAGCUCAAGGAGGGGUGCAUACAACUCCCAAAAGGCCACAGCAGUUUUAGAUAUGUCACGACUUUGGGAAGAUGUUUAAUUAGCUUGCUCCUUAUGAGGUAACCAUCUUGGCUUGGACUCUUGCUCUAUAACUUUGCAAAGCAAGAAGAGAGCAGCCAUUUCAUAUUUCCCAAAGUUUUACAUGACCUGAACCCCUCCUUACAUGAGGAGUUGUUGAUAAAUUUGGGAGAGCAGGUAUUUCUUGAGAUCAAAGAACUGAUUUCAGAGUUUUAAAAUCACAAGUAUUUGUGUAGCCUGGUGAAGAGUAAGCAAAAGGUUUUAUUCUAAAUUAUCUUACUCACUGCUUCACAUCACAUUUAUUGAUAAGAGAGGCAGGUUGGAUUUGUAAAAAGUAAUUUUAACAAUGGUUUGCAGCGUGGUUAUGUAAGCAUGUUAGAUGUGAAACACUUUAAAUGUGAAUAUCAGGCGAGUCUCUGACUCCUCCCUUGAGCCGUUAAGAGGAAGUGAAUACAGUAUUAUGUGAAUGAAAAUACUGUGCAGCCCAAAUGAUCACAAUAUAAAAAGUAGUUGCUGUUUGUCAGGAUUCUUACGAACCCUUGGUACUUAGUAGGUCACUUUUUCUUGGGCAGCAUAGAUUGAGGAAUGAGAGAUGAAGUAUUGAGGAGGAUAGUAUAUCAAGGCACAAAAAAUGGAUCAGAUUGUUGAUAGACCACCAGACAUGGGAAUAAUUUGUGUCAAAGCAGAAAUAACAACUUGUGGUGAAUAAUAAGCAGAGGAUCAUUUGGUUACCUGCUGUUGAUGAAGAAUGGUGAAAUGCUGAGGAACUUCAUUUUGACAAAAAUAAAAAUAAAUCAGAGAUCAUGUUGUCUAUAGUAAAACCUUCAGUUCUCUAAUUUCAGUCUGCAAACUCUUAGGUUGAAUACUUAAACAUUUUGCAGAUCUUGCUCUGCAUCAUUUCCCUGAUUUAUCCAACACCUGUAGACAGAAGGGGAAAGUAAGUGUUCUGGGCUUUGGUCCAAAAGAAAUACUGAUAUUCCAAGUACUGUCCCCUCAAGUUCCUGCAGAGACAAUUAAGUUAUUGCCUGUUAGCUGAAAUCUCACCUCCAGAAUCAGUUAGGCUGCAGGAGCCUUUUCUGAGUGUAGGUGGAAAUACAAGGUGCAUAUAAGUAACAACGGCUUUCCAAAUUGUGUCUUAUGCCACACAAAAAUUGGGAAAGGUUUUUCUGAGUAUGAAGCCCCUCUUCUGUUAUGGAAGCAAUAUGCUGUCCUGAGUAGUAAAUAAACAGGGCCACUUCUGCUGUGACUUGCAUGUGUCUCUAAAAAGAAUCAUAUUCUCAUAGCGUGUUUUAUUAAAGCUACUCCCCCUACCUAUAUUUUCAAAAUUUGGCUUAGGAAAAAGAAUUGUUGAAAGUGACCAUAUAAACCCUGGAACUAUGCUGCUAACAUCCAGUUUUGAAAACCAGACCUACUUUUUGGAAGGUGGGGAAAUGGCAGAGAGUGAGAGGCUAAUGUCAUUUAACAGGAUUGACAUGCUGUUUAUGGAAGUUCUGAAGAGGUCCGGAUUUCAGUUGGAUGUGACAGAGGCUGGGUGGUGGACCCUUGGGAUAUUUAGGAACAUUAAGAUGACACACUAGCUUCCAUCCAAAGCAUUGGAAUUAAUUUUGAGGCACUGAUAUGCUGUUUGAUGUUUUGUUUGUUUGUUUGAGAGAUGCUCUGUAAACGGUCCUCUGAUUUUUAGCAAGCAGUUAAUGGCAUUGCUGACAAUAUAAACCAGCCUUCUGCAACCUGUAGCCCUCCAGAAAUGGUGGGUCCCCCAACUCCUAUCACUCCCAACCAGCAUGGCUAGUGGUCAAGGAGGAUGGAGCUUGCAGUCCAACAGCAUCUGGAGGGCACCAGAUGUGGGAAGGCUGAUAGAAACUGAUCAGUUGCUGUAGCACGGAAACCAACAUUAUGGGCCACUCAAGGUCUCUUCAUGCCAUCAGAUGCCAAGUGAUAGGUGGUGGUGUUUAAGGUAGGGUAAACAACAGUGUGAUCAGUUCCCCAUCUAACUGGUUGGCUUUGCACUCGAGAACAGUGGGAUGGUAGAAAGGCCACAAUCUCCAAACAGUGUUAACAUAAAUUAAGCAGCUUAGUUCAGGAAUUGACUGAGCUCUGGAUCAAACUCAGAAAGUUCUAUCUCGCCUCUGCUGGGGGGUUAGGUGGGCCAUCCUCAGCCCCUGCCCCUCAUCUCAGAAACAGGGACACAACACAAGAAUCCCGUAAAGCGGAUCAGCAAGGAUGGCUACAAGAUCGUGGUUUCAAAAUGCUUUAAACAUUCUUAAGCCCCGUACAACUGCUGAGUAUCAGUUGCGGUAUUAAAAAGCAUGCAAUCUCUAAAUAAUUUUUCAUAGUUCAGGAUGGGAAAUAUUAGAGUUAUGCCAGUUCUCCUUCAUCCCAUCACAAAAAUAUCCAGCAGUGGUUCAUAAAACUUACAUCACAAGGCUCUUCACAGUAUGUGCAAUAGUAAUUGUAAUCACAAAGAACUUUACUUGGAAAAUGCAGUAUCUCCAUAUAAAUAGAAGUGCGGGCUCUAAGCAAUGCAUGAGAAAUUAAUGUAGAUUUAUUGUGCUAAAAAACAUUAUGCAUAAAAUCCAGUGCUUUAGUUGCAAAAAGUGCUAGGACACUGCUGCUGGCUUUUCUUUUUUUACAUCUGUCGAAUGGCUCUAAGCAGGGAUUGUAGUGAUUUACUUAUUUAAUAAUAAUAAUAAAAUCAGAAUCUGUACUUGGAAAUUAAAGUUCCAGGAAAACUUUUGCAAUGGAGGAUCACAGUGGAUAGAGAAUGUGCCUGGAUUUUCUAGCUGGGCUAGGCACAAAUUGUCUCAUGUUCACACACUUAACAAUUGGCAAAACAGCUCUUCAUUUUCCAAAUGUGUGUCUUGUUUUGUUUUUCAGGCUCUGAUUCAGCUGCCACCAUAUAUCUCUCAGUGCGAUGAAGUUCUUCAGUUCUUUGAGACAAGACCAGAAGACUUAAAUCCCCCCAAAGAGUAAGUUUGUUAUAAGUAGCUUACACAGCUGCAUUUCAGAAAUGUUGAGAGAGAGAGAGAGAGAGACAUAUGUAGCCAAUGAACAACCCUGUUUCUUAAAAAAAGACAGCAGCAUUUGUGUUUCAUAUUUUCCAGAGUACAGAAACCUCACACAUCAGGUAUGCGGUCACAUAACAUCAGUGAACAUAUAGUACAGAUAUCAGAUUUUAAAAAAACACUAUUAAAGAAUGAAUGAAGCAGCUCAAAAGAUAAGUUAAUAAUGGAAAAAAAUGGGAAAGCUAGAAGGUCAAAGAAACAUGCAGCCUAUGUUGCAUACUGAGUUGGAAGGUGCAAGGGACCUUGAGGAUCAUCUAGUCCAGCCUCUGCAAUACAGGAUUAUUCAGCUGUUCCAUAUGGGUAUCAAACUUGCAACCUAGGCAUUAUAAGCAUCCAACUCUAACCAAGUGAGCUAUCCAGUGUUUAAGUUACCAAAUUCAGGGGUGGGGAACCUACAACAUGUGAGCCCAGACUUGCCAGGACUCCCCAUUUGGCCUUCCAGGCCGUUUCAGCCAAGCCAUGGAAACCUGAACUACACCUGACAUUAUAUAUGAUGUCAUGUAUAGGGCAGGUUAAGACCUGUCUGAGCUGAACAGGGGUUUAUUGGCACUGGCCAUCUGCCAAUCAGAGUCACUUGCAAAACUGUAUGUAAAACACUGUGCGUAAGGCUUUGCAAGACCCAAUGGUCAGCUGAUUGCCCAGUCCUGCUGAGCCCAUUGAGAAGUGAUCCACAAAAUCCAUGCAAGCAAAAAGUACCACCUGGCAUAAUGGUGAGAUCAGGUGAUUGACAUGUAGCUCCAGCCCCCUGUCAUACUUGGCCUGUGAGGGGUGGGGGAGGUAAAAAUCUGACCUGCUGGUGAGUUCUAGUUCCCCACCGCUGAUCAAAAUAAAGGCAGCUUCAUUAAAGAGAGAGUCACUGCCACUUUGAAAUCUGAUCUUUUAUAUCUGCGAGGUCAAUUUCUCCAAUACAUGGGGGAGGUGCACUCCCUUCAUUUACUUGCCCACAUUUUUAAAAUUGAACUUUUACUAUGAAAUAUAAAUACAAAAGCAUAAGAUGUGGUUAUGUGCAUACAACCAAUAUAUAUGGAUUGUAACUAUCGUGAUUAAAUACAAUUUAAAGCAUAGCUGGAACUUUUAAGAGCUUGCCUAGAAAUUUUCUAAGUGUAACUGGAAACUUUUGACACGUAAUAUGAUAGUGAAACUGCUAUGUGCUAGAAACCAAAUUCUGUUAUAACUAUUAACAAAGUUGUGUGAGCCAAGAUGCAUUCCUUCUAUAUUCCCCCGUACCAAAAUGCAUUUAAUUGAGUCCUGUACUACAGCCCAAUAAAGGGCAGACUCCCUUAUUCAGUAAGUGAUUAUCUUGCUGCCUGCCUUCCCUCACCGUAAUCAUAUGUGUCAGUUUCAUCAUCCUUAUUAUUUAUUAUUUAUGUAAAAUAUUUGUGAAUCACCUAUAAUCCUAGAUUCAACUGGUUUACAACAAAAUAAAAUACAGAAUAGAAUACAUCAUACAUGCUAGCCACUUGCCUAGAUAAUUUUAGCUGCGAAGAAUAAAGAAAACUGAUUUUUACAGGCAUACAAAGGAUUAUCCGCAUCUGUUCUGUUCAGUAUCACUGGCCUUUGAACUUUCAUAGUUGGAUAGUAAACAUCAUAGGAUAUAUCCAUCUGAGUCAUACUCAGAGUAGAGCCAUAUGGCUGAUGUGACUUAUUUCACCUGAUAGGACUUAAUUACACACAACCAUAUAACUUUACAGAAAUGCACAGUAAGCUGUCAGAGAUGCCUUUCUCCACCCAGAGCAAUGGAGGCUGCCUAACAGCCUGUAGUGGUUUUUUUAAAAUUUAGGAGCAACCCCAAGCAAAAUCUGUUUUCCUGUUGCCAGUUGCUUGAGCAAUUUAUUCUGACAAACAGUAACCACAUGUUUGUUUUCCACCCAAAACAAGGAACAUCAGCAAUCUCUCUCUUUUUCCCCUGCAUGACGCAACACGGUCUUGUGACUAUGAGCUGCUUGAGGCCAGAAGCUCUUUUGUUGAGGAUUCAGAGCAUAAGACACCAACCACUAUCUCAUUUCUGUCUUUGUAUGACACUAGAGCACUUAAUUGUGCAAAGAUAUAGAUUGUGCAAGUUGACAUGGAGAAAUGUGUAUUUCAGAGGAAUGAGAAGAGAGAGUUCUGUCAUUAUCUGUGUUAGAACAUGGAGUCUUUCAGCACCCAAGUUGGCCGCAAAGGGUUGUUCUCUUUCAAUACAGGCAGGCUUUAUGUUUCCAUUUGCCUUUGGGCGCAUAUUGUUAUUGCUUUUCCUCUUUGAUUUCUCUUGACGUCUUGGCUUGUCAUAGUUUCUUUUAUGACUGCCAGUUAGUUGAUUAGAUUGGUGCAAGGGCUUAGUACCCAUUAACUAAUAACAUGCUGUCAGCCUAUGUUUCCAUCCAUCCUGCAUUUAAGAUGUCUUUGCCCAUUAACCCUAUGUCCCUUUGCUAAUUCAUCAACUAAUGCAAUGAAAAACAUAAGUUGAAGACAGGCCUGCAUCAUGCAUAGCUUCUGCAUCAUUCUGGAAGUGGGUGUAUGCUGUGGGCUUUUGUUAAAACCUUUAUAGAACCUCAGUGCUCUAUACUGUAGACAGGAGGGGUUAGAUUUUGAAGAGGCAUUUGUUCAGAGCCUGCCCAGACUUCAUUUUUACUGCACAAACAAGACCAAGUCUCAAGUAUAUGCAGUCUUGCUCCUGACCAUGGAGUUUGUAUGUGCUAGAUUUCUCUCUACUGUAUGUGGAAUUUCUUUUAGAUCCCACAUGCAGAUAAAUACUUGCACUAGCCCAAGUUGUUCCUUCCUUUACAGUUUUCUGACAUCUGUCUACCUACUCAUAUUUGGGGACUGGCUCUUUGAACCUUCCUGCAUUAACCGUCUCUUUGAUUCCAUAUGACCUGCCUUACUAUAUGUUGUUUUAUUCAUUCCAUUGUAAUACUAACAAUAUGCAAAAAAUCUACAAGUCCAAUAUUCAGAGGUGCUGCUGCAACUCCGAAUGUCCUUGUGUGGGGGAAACCAAGACCACCUCUCCCUUCAACCCUCCAAGUAGUCCUCCUUAUUGAAGCACUUCAAAGCCCAUUCAAUGUCUCCUAUGUGGAAUUUCUUCUGAAAUUGACCAGGAAGCUGAACUACAAUGAAGUAGAAAUUGAAUAGUUCUUUUGCAAAAGUUGGGGGGGGGGCUUGUGGUGGUUUGAAUGAGUCGAUUUUUAAAAGAAAAUGUCCUUUUUGCUUAUUUGGGACAAAGGUGUUCUCCUUUAUAGAUGUAAUGGAAAAUGUUGCCUGAAUUACAAACUUAGGCACAAUUUUUUUUGGGGGGGAGAGGUAAUUGUACUUCCUUCUUUGUCUUCUUAUCCUCUUGCUGUAAUAAUAAUCUUAAAUUUAAGAUAAGCUAAUUGGUACUCACAGGAACCUCUUGUCACACAUUCACAGAUAAAUCUUUCAUACAUCUGAGCAGCUAGGAUGGAUAAAUAUAAUAAACAACAAUAUUUGUGUUCUUGUGCCUGAUAAUUACAUUAGAGUGAAGCUUAAUUUAUGCAUCCUUGUGUAGUGAUUCUCUGAAUGGAGUGAGCCCUUUGCUGUUUCCUUUGGCCUUUUGCUAGAAGGAUAAUAAGAAAGAGAGGACUUGCCGUUCUGAGUGGCUUAAUAGAUUCCUCUCGGCUGCCAGCAGCAAGCUGCUGUUGUGUCUCAAGGACGUCUCUGUUGUGUUUCAUGGCCCAGCUGGAAUAUUCGAUGGAUAUUUAUUAGCUACAAUUCAAAAUGUUAAUUAAUAAAAGUCCUUGACUCUCUCCUCUGGAGGGACUGGUAUGAACAGUUUUCCCAGUGCUGCACCACUUGAUAUGCUGCAAACCUACCAAUCACACGAUGAAACCCACAAUUAGGUGGAUUGUAGUGCUGCAUCUGGGGCUUGGUCGGAUGUCAUAACUCAUGGGCGAGAGAAAUACUUUCUUUGGGACCUUGAAUUGGAGCCAGGUCUUGCAGUAAAAGGAAGAUGCCUUAUCAUAAAGUAGCAAAUAUGCGGUGAGGUGAAGCACACAUUAUCAUGUUGAAAGCCAAAUAUAGCAAUCUUUCUGAUAAUGGUUUGUUCAUAUUAAAAACUCCUCCACCUAACAGAUUAUUCUUCCUGCUUCAUUUAUGCAUUCAGGAUUGUAGCCUGAUUUCAUUAAAGUUUCCAAUUACAUUAGUUCCAGAGGAUUACUUGUACAGGCUCAGUGUUCACAUAACACUAAGUCAAAACCAUUGCUUAGCAGGAAUGCACAUGUUCCUGAACAGAAGAUCACAGCUGGCCCUGCAGUUCUGCACUCUGUGUGCUGCUGCUGUCCUACUUGGAGCUAAACCAUGGUUUGUCUCCUCUAGACAAACCAUGGGCUGUAAAUCAAGAACAGACCUCUUCUCUCCAAGAACUUACAUGCUUGUGCAUUAGUGCCAAACCAUGGUUUGGCUUGGUAUAACCUGUGAACCAAUCAGAGACUUCUGUUCAAAAAAAGAAAAGUAAAAGAAGGCUCCAGUUAGUGCUUUAGGCAAACAUAUUUAUAGUUAUGUAAGCCUUUGUGGGCUGGAGCAAGGAUGGGGAACCCACGGGACUCCUGAUGACGAUGGACUCCAGCUCUCAUCACCCUUUGCCAUUAGCCAUGUUGGUUAGGACUGGUCUCAUCUAAUUGGGCCCAAGGUUGCAUGGACAAAGUGGGAAGGCAAGACUGGGCAUCUAGUAACAACUUUUGAAACUUACUGGUUUAGGAAAGCAGUAAGGCUGCUUGGAUGGAUCUGUGAAAGUCCCAGGACACGCAGGAACUGAAAUCCUCUUUGUAUUCUUUUCUUUUCUCAAGUUGAAAUAGGCUUCCCCCUUCCCCCACUAGUGGCAUAAAGGAGCGCAGCAGUGAAGCUGUGAAAGUCUGAUGUGUGCGACAAAAAAGCCAUUGCUGAGUCAAGGGAUUUAGCUGCUAACAGUCCUCAUGCUGAGAGCCUUGAGCUUUCCAUGCACAGACUCCUAAGUGGCUAUUAAGAACAAUCUGCUGUACUUUACCAGAGAGAAGCAACAGACAGGACAGAUUAGGCUCUUUGCUGGCUUCUUGUUCUUUCCAGUAACUUGUCUUGGAGACCUGUGUACAUCCUUGUCAUCUGUGUUCCAGUAAUGAGGGCAGAGCCAUUCCUCUUAAAAGGAACACUAUAAAUAUAAUACACUGUGAGUUACACCAUGGCAGGGAGAAGGAGAUGCGAGGUUUUUGUCUGCAGCUACAGAUCUGUGGUGGAAUGUGCUUGACAAACAUUUCUAGUGGCUUAUCUAAUUUUUGGUGCCUUAUCUAUAGAUCUGCAGGAUCACUGAAUAGGAGGCCUCUGGGGGUUGUGCAUAAAGCCUGCACUUUGAUUACACAGCAUCAGAGCCUUGCCUCUGGAAUGGAUGUUCAGAAUUUCAAACAUCCACAGAAUUUAAACUCAAAAGAUACAUAGUGAAUUAAUUUGUCUAGUCCCUUUGUUAAAGCUAUCCAAGCUGGUGGCCAUCACUAAGUCUUGCGGGAAGAACGAAUUCCAUAGUUAAGUCUGCACUGCGUGAAGAAGUGCCUUCUUUUGUAUGUCCUGAAUCUUCCAGCAUUCAGCUGCAUUGGAUGGCCUUGCAUUCUAAUAUUACGAAAGAGGGAGCAAAACUUCUCCCUAUCCGUUUUCUUCACACCAUACAUAGUUGUGUACACGUCUGUCAUGUUUCCUUUUACUCACCUUUUCUCUAAACUAAAAAGCCUCAAAUUCUACAGUCUUUCCACAUAGGGGAGUUGCUCCAUCUCCUUAAACGUUUUUGGUUGCCCUUUUCUCAACCUCUCCAGCUGUACAAUAUGCUUUUUGAUGGGAGGCGACCAGAACGGGACACAGUGUUCCAACAUGGAAUUCGCCUUUUUCACAGCUGCUUCACACUGUCAACAUCUUUCUUGAACUCUCUUCAAAGGAUUGAGUUAUUCUCCUUCAUACCUGACUUAAGCCUUAGCUUGUUCUUUAACCACCUUCCUUGACCUUAUCUUUAUUUAGUUUCUGCCCUAGAAAAGCUGGAUGUAGUAGUAGCCGCGCUUUGAUUAAGGUAGCAAUCUAAAACUCUCAGAUUCCUUUGGCUUAAUCCUUUGGGCUAUUGCUUGCAGGUCAGCAAUACAGUUUUAAAAUCCUCUUUCUACCAUCUUUCUUCAAGGCUGCAUCUGUGUGUAUGUUUGAACCACUCCAGGGUGGCUUUUGUGCUUGCCUUCCCUGAUUCUGUGGAACACCAAUGUUUACACCAUACACCAGUGCUUGUUUAUUUUUAUAAUUAUAAGACAUUUUGAGCCCUAGAUGGUGAAAAGUGGGACUAUAGAUUUUUAAAAUAAAUAAUAAACACACAAACACAUACACAGAGUCAGCUGACCUUAUUUGCCUGCUGAGCCAGGCUCAGUCCUUGUUGGUGGUGGCUGUUUUGCAGGGUCCCCCCUUCAGAUUUUUUGUAAGCUCCCUCCCUCCCUCCCCAAAGAAAAGUCUGCUGAGUCUAAUGCCUUCCUAUUGUGCACAAAUGGUGUCAUUUUGGCUAUAAAAAGAGCCACAUUUCAUAGAAUGAAUUUGCUAUUGUAUAGCAUACUUAGAGACAUAUAGCUAGGUGAAGGCUGAAACGGUAUUUGUAGUAACUGAUUGCUUCCUGCAGCACUGCCAGUAAAUCAAAGCGAGGGAGCCAGGAGGAAAGAUGGGUCAGAAAAAGAGUUCAGCUGAUGUGAUCUGUCUGGUCAAACUCCAUUUUUUGCAUCAGUUGCAAUUAACAGGAUUUUACUUAGGGUCAGUUUUAAAUGUGAUGGUGCUGAUGUGAAAGUUGCCAAAACUCAUUUUUCUCUCUACAGUGCUUUGUGUAACUGUAAAAGAUUAUGACCACACACUCACCUAUGUAUAUGCAGCCUCUCUUCAGGGCACCAUAGCUACCAUCUUGGCACAGGCUAAGAGACUUCUAAAUACUACUCCAGAAACGUGAAGCACUCAUUUUUAAGUGGCCUCUGUGUAAUCCCCAUCCGUCAAAUUUAAAUUGACCCUUCUAUGUGCUACAUUUGAAGCUGGUGAUGAGCAAUAUCAAAUACCUUCCGUCAUUUUGGAAGUGGUACAAUAUGGACUAUAAUUUAUAUUAUAUAUUAAAAAUUUAAGCCUAUUUUUCAGGCUGUAUAUAUUUUGCACAAACAUAACUUCAUGAGACAGAUUGUGCUAGAGAUUGUUUCUGAGUGCUCAGUUCAAUUGCAGAUGUUUUGUGUCCUGUUAUGGAAGACAUCAACUUUUUAUUGAGAAUUGUUCUCUAAACAUCCUAGGGUUUGUUCCUAGAAGCCCAAAGAUGGUACCAAGAUUUCUGUAUAGAGCAAGUGUUGAAAGUCUCCCAUUAGUAGUCAUUCUUGGCCAGAAAAAAUGAAGACUUGCCUUCUGUUUUGAGCAUUCACUUUGUUGAUCUUGUUUUUCUUAGAAUGAGAUGCAAAGACAAACACUGGUUUUGUUUCAAGAUUGUCCUCAUUUUUGGUAAUGACUGGGUUCUGUAAUUAUUUUAGGGCAGAUUGAUUAGUAUCCCCCUCCGCCCCUGGGAAAACAGACCUGUGAACUAAAACAUGUAACAUCCCCAUGUUCUUUCACUUGUUAGCCUUUCUAAGAGGUAUUUUUAUGGGCCAAUGCCACAUUGCUUUCUCCUGUUGCAGAGUGGGGUGAUUGGCAGAGGGGAGGAAGCUGCAGGUUGCUGCAAGCUUACUGCAGUUUCCUGUCUUGUCUUGAGUUACUGCUCUCAGAGGUGUAUCUGGUCAACCCGAGAAGGUCCUGGCAAGAAAAUAAAUGUGCAGCCUCCCUUCCCCCUCCUCAUCCAGACAGGAAGCAUAGCAGAAAAGGGAUGGGAAGUGAUGUGUUACACUUAAUACAUUUAGCAGACAAGAAUGAAAAGCAACCUUUUUCAAGGCACUGAAAUUGUAUGCUAGACAGGAAGAACUCAGUUGGGUCCCCAUUGGAAUCUCUGUCUCCCCUGGUGCCCAACAAGUAAAGAAAAUGCUUAAGGCUGAUACUGUCUUGAUUAUUAUUGCCCCUCUGCUGAUUGUCUGCUUCAUGAGAUUCUGAUGGGGUUUAGAUGUAAUGCCAAACUGAUUUGGUGUUAUGUGUACAAGCAAGCCUGAGCCUCUGACGUCUACACCCCGUACCACCCCCACACCUUUCUGGUUCUCAGCAAACAUACAUGGCCAGAUUCUGGCGAAAUGACAAACUGUGUAAACCUUAGUUUGCUCACAUGCCUAGGAACCAGGCUCAUGCCUGCUUGUGUAUGUAAUACUGUGGAUUCCAUAUGAUUGGCUAUUUAUCCUUUAGGCUUCUGCCUUUCCUAUCAUGUUUGCUGAUCAAGCUGUGGUUGACAUUAUUACAUCUUGUCUGAGCUGCUGUCUGUAUUGGAGAAUCCUCAGACCCAGGAAAUUUACUUGAAUCCAUAUGUUUUAUUGAGUUGCUCUUUGGCCCCUAUGUCUGGUUUCUAAGGCUAUGAGAGCGCCAGCUGUUUCUCGCCAGAGUCUGUUGCUGGCAUCCCUGGAAAGAGGAAUGCAGUCUGCAGCACAUCCUGUGAACGGUCACAGUUUUCAGUGCUCUUAACAUAAUUUUGCAUAAGAAAAAUGUUUUCUGUGAUUUGGUGCAGAUGCAUUGCCCAUGUUCAAAUUUAAUGCUAAACCUGGUUUAGCACUACACAAAUGUGAUUCCUGCAUUGCAUGUGGUUGGACUAGAUGAUGUGUUGGGUCCCUUCCACCUCUACAAUUCUAUGAGUCUAUGACAGGCACCCCCAACCUGCGGCCCUCCAGAUGUUUUGGCCUACAACUCCCAUGAUCCCUAGCUAACAGGAUCAGUGGUCAGGGAUGAUGGCCGAAGAUUGGGGGUGCCUAGUCUAUGAAAUGAGUCUAAUGAAAGGAAACUUUUCAUUAGACACAGUUCUGCUGAUACCAGGUAUAUAAUAAACCAUCUUACAUGGCUUGCUUUCAAGUGUUUUUUACCGGGAGGUAAAUCUCCCUAUAGUAACAAAAUAAAAGAUUGAUCUUAGUGCGCUACAUGUUCUUAGAGCUGUUUUUGUGGUCCCAAGAAUCUUGUAUGGGAAUUGCAACCACUACAUAGCAGCUUGUGUGAAAUAGCUGUCAUGGCUAGAAUGGCCACAUCAAUAUGAGGCCUCUCUAUCAAGUGAAUGCAGUUAGGCUUUUACUGAGAAGUUUAUGUUAAAAGGAGGGGAAAGCUUAGUUGACAGCUAUCAUUUUAGCUGGUGGUGUGAGUCUGCCUGCAAACCCUGCAUCAGGUCAGUGCUGCACAUUUGUCAAAUUAAAAGCACAUGUUGGCUGGGUGAAAGGCUGGUAUCUUUGUCACAGCUUUCAUUUCUUGGAACAAUGGGGUGAUUCAGGGACAGACACUGUAUUUGCAGGAACUGUUUUGAGGUUUCUAUUUACAAACAAGUGAUGUGUAUAUUUUAUGAAACAAUUUAUAAAAAAAUAGAUAAACCAUUAGCAGCAACUUGAAUGUGAAAUUUGUAUCAUAUAUAGUUAUUUUUGUUGAGAUGUGUAAACUGCUUAUAGAUUUCUCAAAAUAUAAAGUGGUAUAAAAGAAAAAUAAAUACAGUUGCAGAUUCUGGACCAAGAACUAGCCAAAGUUUGGACUCUUCUUCAUGCUAACAACUUAUGUACAGUCAUAUAGACCGGGCUUGUUACGUUGUCUUGUUAAUCAAGUUUGUUUUCUCUUUCUCAGGGAACCAAUUGGAAAGAAGAGAUCUGGUAAGGCAAUUACACUUGUUUUAUUCCCCUUCUUGAUCUUUUAUAAAGCUAAUGGAAUUGACCACAGCCAGUGACCAGUUGACAGCUGGACUGAACCACGUGCUUCCACAGGCCAUCUGUAUUAUACUACUUCUCUUUGAUGAGGUGGAAGAGAUUGGACGAAUUUGUCACAGAAGUGCUGUUUCUCUUUCACUUUUGUCCUUCUGUCAUCCUCUCUUUUGUUUCUACUUCUGUGAGGGUGAUCCCAUUACAGAUCUGGUCCAGGAAGCCAAAAAGGUUCCCCACCCUGUUCUACCCUGUAGCAGUGUAUGAGAGCAGAUUGGCACCGUAGCCCUCUGUUCUGUUUGUAGCUAGGAUUGCUGUUUAGCCAAAAUGUCAUUGUCCAUUUUUGAAGUUGGCUUUGGUCAAUGAAGGCAGGUUAAACAUGGCACUUGAAGUGUAGUGCACAUUAUAUGCUAAUAGCUGUCAGUAGGAGUGAUCAGUAGUCUUGUUUACUAACUUGGCAUUUGGAGCAGCUAUAUUCUGUGCUGCUGCAUCACUCCCACCUUUUUCCCCAGCACAGCUGAUUAUGACUCCUAUCUGUGCAUGUCUGCCAUCUUUCACUGCAACACCUAGUCUAGUUGCAGUUUACACUACAUUUAGUUUGCCUGUAUGCUGAAUGAUGGUUGAGGUAGGCAGUGAAUAAUAGGAGAGGCUGCAGAGUUUGCACAGUAGAAAUGAAAGAAAGGGAAAAAUAGUAACCUGUUUAGAAGCAAGAUGUGUGAAACGUGUUCUUAGAGGGCUCUUCCUUUGAGUUCAGAAAAUGCUUUGAGCCGAAACUUGGGCAUGCAUCGUUGUAAACAUCAGCAGGAGGCUUUGUUCUGAGCUGUUCUGUUUUCUUUUGUAUUCUUUAUUGCAUUUGUCAAAGAAGACCAAUUUCCUUUUCUGCUUGCUGUUUGGUGCCUGGAGCUGAUUGCGGAAAACAGAGGACCUCUAAGGGCAGUAUUCCCAAUAAUAAUCUACAAUGGAUUCAUCCUUCCGUUUUAGUCAAAGGAGCGUAACAAUCACAUACAUACCUGCUUGCCAGUAGCAGUUUGUGCUUGAACAUGCAAAUCCUUCUGCAUUGGCUCUGAAACUCAGUGCUAGCUGAUUGCACUCCCAAACACCAGCAAACGAGGAACCCCACCCUACAGGGCAACUAAGCACCUGCCUGCUUCUUUCAGCUUCCUUAGUGGAGUACUAUGUACUUCUGAAUUUUGCCAGCAUGAAAACACAAUGAACUUUAUAAUAAGUUUAUUUAUUCCCAGUGCAGAAAUACCGGUCAGCUUUGUUUCUGCAAACCUGAGUAAUUUAAUACCAUGGACCAUAUUCUAGUUUAUAAAUACACCCACACACAACAUUAAAGGAAGGUAGAGAUAUUGGAGCAGAUUCAGGUAGUCACAUGUCGCUCAAGAAGAUUGGGCACAUAUUUUGUGUCGCUGUGAUCUGCCAAAGGAUUACUUCUUGCUCAAGUUUGUUCUUGGUUUUUACUUCUGCAGACCUCAAGUUCUCCCCAGACUGCUGUGUGUGUGUCUGUUUCUGUGUCCGUGUCCGUGUCCGUGUCUGUGUCUGUAUCUGUAUCUGUGUGGUGCCUUUUGACCACAUGAAGAUCUGCACUUGCAGUAGGAGUUCAUUCGUAGUAUUAUGAUUAUCUUGCCUCAUCUUGAUGAAUGGAGACAACACAUGGUUGUUAAUCUUUCAUUACCUUUACAUCUGUGUAUUUAUAUUCUUUUUUGUGUCCUCAUUGCCUUUCUCCACCAUUUUGUUCCUCCAUCAGGACUUAUCCAGAGAACGGCUUCUUUCCUUCUGAGAGGUAGUAACAGCAGCUUGUUGCUUGGGCCUUGCUUUCACGUUUCCUCCCUGCUGGGCAACACGUGCUGUUCCUCUUGGGCAGUCUAGUCUCCUCUCUCUUGCCACUGCUUUGUCAGGUUGCUGCUUUCCGUUGGGUAGGGGAGUGCUGGGGUGGGUAGGGGAUGUUUAUUAAAAAAUCUCCAUUGAAUUGCACUGAGGAUAAGCAAAUGAAACCCAACUAGGAUGGUUUAUAGCCCGCUACAUGGCAACUCUACUGCUUUGCUGGUGGUGGUUUCAAGGUUUGGGUGAUAGAUGGGAAUAAAUUACACUGUGGCUUUAAUGGGAGAAAAAACUGGAGUUGUUGGGUGAUUGGGAGCAUUGCCACAUCUGACACAAAUGAACAGCUUUUGCACAUUUGCAUGUUCAUUUAAAUAUAUGCAAAUUGCCAUUGAUCAACAUUUAGAUGCAAAUACUGAUACUUAAAAGAUGUGUCAAUCCUACGCUUUGCCCUCUUUUUAAUGGAAUCUGGAAUCUUGCAAAAUUCUGUCUAGAUUUGCCGCUUUGAAGGGAAAGUUUAGGUGCUUAGUUGUGAAAGGUUGUGUUGGCAUCUGAAUUUUAAGUGACAAUUCCACACUCACCCAUCCAGCUCAUUGUGCAUAUAUACUUGUCCUUAAUUUAGCUAGUAUGCAUGUACUAGGGUGGCUAUUAAUUUAUUUUUAUUUUUUAAAGCUCUUUGUAAGUAAUUGGAAGGCUGCUUUUAAAAUCUUGUUCUGCUGGGUAAUUGUUCUUGGCAGCCCACUUGGCCUAAAUGGACAUGUCAGGUGAUUAUGUAUUGAUCAACAGGAGUUAAAGUACAUCUCCACAGUCUGACAAAGCUUAUCAAUAAAUGUGAGCUGCAGUGGAAGCCUCAUGGGAUUCUAUGAUCAUUCAUAACUUGUCUUGUUCUUUGGGUAUGAAAGGAUGUGUGAGUGUUUUUUUGGGGGGGGGAUCAAAGCCAGUUUCAGAAGUCAAAAGAGGGCAUAAAUUUUUGCCCAGCCUGCAGCUCGGCCUUCUGCAGAGCAUGAGAUCAAAUAACUGAGCAUAUUAAGGAAUCUUAAGUGACCUAUAACUUUGUUGUUGUCUUUGGAGUAGAUGAGAAAUUGGUCUGGAUCCAUGACUUAGCAGGCAAUCUUACAAACAAGGCUAAUGUGAGGAAGUUCAAAACCUAGAUUUGCAAUUUUAAGUAGAUCCAUUCUCUAGCUGUAAUCAUGCCUCAGUCAUGAGGCUCUUUCAGAGUGAAAUAUGUUGUAUGCAUGUCUCUUCUGGUGACAGGUCACCAAUUCACAGAUCCAUAUAGCAUUCUCAAGUCCAAUAUUUGUUCAUAGAAUCCAUUUGUUUCUUGGUCAUGUUGAAUCUACUUCACACAGGCAUGUUCAUUGCUUGGUAUCUAAUCCUUUGGUGAUUUCCAACCAUAAGUGUGAUCUGUCAUCACUGAAGUUGUUGGGUGAUAUGAAAGCCCCAUCUGUUGUGAAUUGUGAUCAAACGGCAAUCUGGCUCCUGUUACCUUCUCUCAGGAGGUUAAAAAAAGCAGUGCUACUUUUAAGAGCUCAUGUUAGUCCCAAAGAUGACCACUUUUCCUGUUAACGCAGCCUCACAGCUUAGUGGUUGAGAAUAAUUGUCCUGAGAGGGAAUCAGCUGAAAAUAAUCCUUACCUUUUCCGCUCAGUGCUGUUUACUGCAUUGUGUUGCUGUUUUAAUAGGUAGUUUGGAGGUGCCAGAGCUGCUUGUUGAAGCUGCAAAUAGCCCAAGAACACUAUGAGUAAUUAUAUAGGGGGGUUGGGGUCCGGAAAAGGGUUCCUUUCUCUUCAUCCUGUGGUUGUUUUCCUACUGUGGCCAAGUCACUCUGUUCUUGGGUCUAGUCAGAGUGGUAGUUGGCCUCAGACAGGAGAUGGGACCUACAGUCCUACAGCGCAGGCAUUAUUUUCUCAAAGUUAUAUUUGUUUCUUCCUGGCAACAUAUUCCAAUACACUUCUCUGUAUUGGGAGCUUUAAUUAGUAGUAAGUAGGGCUUUGCAUUGCUCACCUGGAAUGCUGAGGGAAGUUGGUUUGGAUCUAACAUAGUAGAAAAUGCCCUUUUAUUCCUUACAGUGGGCCUUCCUUUUAUUCCUUACAGUUGUUUUUUCAAGUCUCGUACAAAACUGACUUUCCUAGAAAUUGAAUUGUUUGGCAAGCUUAGAAUCCAAUAAACUAAAAGCAGCUACAACCUUGCCAAAGUCCUUUGAUCCUUUGGCUGUGCCACACGGUGCUGUUCUUUCUGCAAGGCUGCCAUGUCUUUCUCUGCUGCAGUUUUCAUUGUGGAGUUUCCCGUCUGUUUUCUCCAGUCAAACCAGUCCAUUUUGAUAAAACUAGCUUUGUUGCCCUCAUUUGAGUAUUGACUGUUUUCACUGCCCUCCAGGAUCCCUGUUGCUCAGUUUUCUUUAACCCUUGAAAUGGUUGAGGCCCCCUUUAGGUCAUUUCAGAAACUUCUGAGGGCUUUGGGCUCUCUGGCUAUUAUUACAUGAGAGUGCUUUGCUAUCUUCAGGAGCCCAGAGAACCAAGAAACAGUGUUCCAUGGGAAAGCUCUGCUUCAAUCAACAUGGGUUUUUAAAUACUCACCUCAAAUUUCCUCUGUGCUGAAGGUGCAAGUGGGAACUGAUUAUGGAAGUCUUGGCUUUCUAAAUGAUACCUUUUAAGUGUUGCCUUCAAAUCUUUAGAUAGUCUACAAGCCAAAGAAGUAUCAGGGUUCUGGGUCAUAAGUCCAGAGCUUGAUUGGGAUUUGCAUGCAGGUCUCUGAGUGAUUUACUGUAGAACUGCAAGGUUGCACACUCCCAGUUGCUUUACAGUAGCAACAACUGAGAAACUUUCACCUAGAUUAGGUUGCUUAAAAAGGGGGGGGGGGCAGGAAUGGAUUUUUGUGUGAAAGGACAUGUGAGCUUGGUUCUGGUACUGAUCACACCUUUCUUUUGCCUAAAGCAGUAAUGGCCAAAGUUGGCCCUCUAGCUGUUUUGGGACUACAAUUCCCACCAUCCCUGACCUGUUACCUAGGGAUGAUGGGAGCUGUAGUCCCAAAACAGCUGGAGGGCCAAGUUUGGCCAUCACUGGCCUAAAGUAUAGAGGGGGGAAGAAACUUUUGCAGCUCCCCUUUACCAGCAAAACAUUAUUUGUUAAGAGGUGGACAAGUUAUAUAGGAAAUGCACCCAAACUAUGAAAAGAGAUCAAAGGUUUAGAAGAAAAGGUGAUUUCUAACUCUCCCACCCUCAAGCACCAUCUAAUUAAAUGUUUCCCCCCUUUCCUUUGCUGUUAAGAUGGGGGGGGGGUGUCAAACUUAAAAAAGAAUGUCAGUGCAUGUAGGUUAACCAGAUAGUAAAUGUGGUGUAAAAUAGUGUGUGACCAGUUUACUUUGUGUCUUCUGAACAGAAAUAUUUCAUAGGUGAAAGGAAUGGUGCUGAAACAUGUUAAAAGCAAAAGUGACUUGUGGUCUUUGCAGCCAAGAAUAGCAUUGCCCCUGAGACUGCAGUCUUGGGUACUUUUAUGAGAGAGCAAGUCCCCUUGAGCUCAGUGGGAUAUACUUCUAAGGAAGCAUGCAUAAAAUUGGGCUGUUACUUAGAGUGUAUGGGAUUAAAGUUCUGCCUUGGUGCAUGUGACAUUGCACAGAAACAGAAGGGUUUGAUGGCCAUAAGAAAUGGUCCUCUAAGGGAGCAUGCUUUGUUGCACUUUUCUCUCUCUCUCUCUUUUUGCUCCCUCUUAACAUCCAGUUUCGGGUGCAUUUAUCUUUGUGAGUAAACACUGCUGCCCCUUAGUGGCUCUGAAUUUAUUUGUUUUAUUUUUAAGCAAACCACAGAUUUCUUAAAGAGUUUAUUUUCCCGUAGCUUCUUUCUUUGCAUGGAUAAGCUGAAAACAUUUUCUGGGCCUUACAGGUUUUCCUUUUUUCGUUUCUUUUCCUUUCCUUUAUCUCCUCUGCAUCUGCCCUACAAACAGCAGCCAGGAUGAUGAUCUGGGAUACAAAGGAAGAGCCAUGUGUUAAACUGCAAAGAGCAGCUGAAUUCUUGAGGUCUGUGGUCCUUGUAGCCCAAAACCACAUCCUCCGGAAGUACAAAUCUUGAGUUCUUGCUGGGCCAGAUGGAGUGACCACAGGAAAUGACUCCAGAUAGUCAUCUUUGGCAAAGAGCCAUGCAAUACCCUAAUGUAAGGGGAGGGUUACUCUCCCUUGCAAUUAAUGUAGAUUUCCCCACCACCAGCUGAAAUUAAGCUCUCUAGAUAGGCUAGCUGUGCUUAAUUGGAAAUAUCCUAAUUGCAACAUAGAUUUGAAAAAGGCUUUUGAAUUAACACCCUCCUUCUUAAACAUUUCAUCAUUUUUUAACAACCAAGUUAAGAGUGAGGUCUUGCAAGUUUAUUAGCGUAAUCAGAUUUUUGCCCCAACAACUGUAUACUGUAGCCUAAUCCUGCAAAGUUUUGAGUUAGUGGAAUUUUUGCCGAAGACUUUGCUCAGGACUCUGCUCUCAAAGUAAUUCUUCCUACAUCUUAUUUUGACUACAAUACCCAGUCACUUUCCUUGCAUGCCCUGAUGUGACUACACUGGCUACCAAGUAGUUUCCAAUUCAAAGUGCUGGGUUUGGUCUAUAAAGUAUAAAGUAUUGGUCUACAAAGUGGUCCUAUCGCAAGGACCACCUCUCCUCAUAUGAAUCAACAUGGGCAUCUGAUACCCAUCUCUAUGCUCUCCUCUGAGGACUCAGGGCGGCUCCCUGUUUAUGGAAUGCUUUCCCCAGAGGGCAAGCCUGGUGCCAUCACAUUUUAAGUUUAUUAGACAUUCAUAGGGUGGGUGGUGGUGGUAUCUUUGGUAAAGUAAUUGCUUCUAUAGCUCAGAGCAUGCAACAAUGGUAUCAAGUAAGUAUCAAGAAGGACCUAUCUGCACCAAUCUCAAUUGUCACCUGUUUCCAUCUCUCCAUCACCUAGCCUCCUAAAGCUCACAUUGGGCUCUUAAGAUGUUGCCAUGAUCACAAGAAAAGCACAUUAUAGUCUGUGGCACAUGUGGAGACCAAGUGUUUGUCUUGUUCCCUAUGACACAGGUGGAGAUUUGGCAUCUGCGGAUCCCAUGGUCCUGGAGCAGUAUGUGGUGGUGGCAGAUUACCAGAAGCAAGAAAGCUCUGAGAUUAGCUUGUGUGCUGGCCAAGUGGUGGACAUAAUUGAGAAGAACGAAUCUGGUAAGGAGAGCUCAGUGGAAGCUUUAAAUUAGAUACAUGCCUUGAGAUUUCAGUAAGGCUUUUGACAAAGCCCCCCUUUAUAUUAUUGCAGAGAAACUGGUGAAAUGUGUACUGGACAAGAUAAUUGUUAGGUGGAUUUGUUGCUGGUUCACUCACUCCUCGGGAGGUGGAGGACUCUCCUUCAUUGGGGGUUUUUAAGCAGAGGUUGGAUGGCCAUCUGUCAUGUAAAGCUAAAAAUGUAAACGACCCCUAGGCAGUUAAGUCCAGUCGAAUUCGACUAUGGGGUAUGGCACUCAUCUCCGUUUUUAGGCCGAGGGAGCCAGCAUUUGUCUACAGACAGCUUUCCGGGUCAUAUGGCCAGCAUGACUAAACCACUUCUGGCACAACAGGACACCGUGACGGAAGCCAGAGUGCAUGGAAACGCUGUUUACCUUCCCGCUGCAGUGGUACCUAUUUAUCUACUUGCACUGGUGUGCUUUCAAACUGCUAAGUUGGCAGAAGCUGGGACAGAGCAACGGGAGCUCACCCCGUCGUGCAUUUUUGAACUGCCGACCUUCCAAUCAGCAAGCCCAAGAGGCUCAGUGGUUUAGACCACAGCGCCACCCGCAUCCUUCCUUUUACCUUUACCCGUCAUAUACAAUCUAGCUGAGAUUCCUGCCUUGCAAGGGCUUGGACUAGAUGACCCUUGGGGUCCCAAAUCUACAGUUCUAUGAUUCUAUGAAUAGAGCUUGUAAACAGGAUCUCCUGUUCCUUGUAGGUUUCAAAUGAGAUCUGAAGCCCAGUGCCUGUUUUGUGGAGGUGGAUGGGACAUUUAAGCAGGCUGGCAUCUAUCUAUAUAGGAGGGUCAUACAAGUAUCAGUUUGUGAUGACUAACAUCUACAUGCAAUAAAUGCCAAAGUUUAAGGGCUUCUAUUGCAGCCUCUGAUACACAAAUCACUCAGCUGUAUGCUUUAGGUGUUAUUGUCCUUGGCAACAAGUUACACAGGCACAAAGCUCCCAUUUCAGAGUCACCAUAUUACAUUAAUAAAAGGACCAUGCCAUUCUUAGUUGCCAGUCCAGCUUUUUUGAUGGGAAAGUAAUGUGCUCACCUUCUUACAAUUAUCUUAGUUUAUUUAGUAACAUGACCCAUUGUAGAAGGAACUGCACUUAGAAUUAAAUUAAUCUCUUUCUUUCCCCACCCAAGGAAAUAAUAUAUACAAUACUUUUGCCUUCCUUAUUUAAGUAAAAUAAGAAGUCGCCUUGAAAAAUAGCUUUGGACUUGCAUUUUGACAACAGAGAAACUUCCACUACAGGAUUAUACUAGUAGGCGAUUUGUUUUUUCCCCCAGCACAAUGAAGCAAAUUACUUGCUGCUCAAUUUCUAUCCACCAGCCAUCCAUUGUGAAGCAGUGACACCAACGUUGUUGCUGUUUCAAAGCACACUGUGCUGAAUUUUUAUGGAUAAUUUUAAACUUCACAUUAUUCUCUUAUUGAAUAGCUUUCUAUAAAUUACCAUCUUGAUUUGCUUCGAUGUCAUAUAGAGGUCAAAUCAUUUCAUAGUUAUUCCCUGAAUACCUUGUGUUACCGUUCAGAAUAGUUUUUUUUAAUGAAUUCUGAAUUCACAUAAAAAGACAAGUGCACAAUAAAUUGAAUUACUGUAUUAAUUAAGCUGGGUUUAUUGUCCGAGCUCAACAACAUAAAGAGAAUGAUAAAGAAAUAAAAUUAUCUAUGUGUAAAAGUCAGCUCCCAACGUUCUGUCAUUCUCCCCAAACAUUGUGUUAUGCUUAGUGUGACUAAGAAAGUCUUAAGGCAGAGCUAUGCAAACACAGUCUUGCUUGUUUCUCUGCUGCUUCCAUUGGGUUCUGUGGAACAUUAUGGGCUGCCGUCUAGGACCUAGUUGAGAGGGUUGUUGACUGUUUUACACUCCAGAAUCAGCAGCAGGUUUAGCUGGUGUCUCUUCACCCCUGAAAACAAAUGGCUUCCAUUUUCAUAUGACAAAAACUACUACCUGAAGACAAUAUUGUGGAGGAGGCAAAAUAAUGCCAAUCUCCCCUGCUCCUGACAGGCUAAAGAAUAUCCCUUCUCCCCUUUCUGAAGGCUCUUCCAGUGCUGAUCUACUUUCUAGCAGGUGACAUAAAACUUUAUAAGCUUAUUGGAGACUUUCCAGAAGAACUGAGCUCUUUUUAUAUAGACCAAGUGAUUUAGCGUUUAAGGACAUCCUGACAAUUUGAUGUAACGUUUGCGAUUGGGAAGCAGUAUAGGGUAUAGCUAUGAUUAUGUCAAUGGCCUUUAAAAAUAUGUGAUCAUUUUAAUAAAAAAAUAUUCAAACACGUGUGACCUUCUAAAAAUUAAGUGUCUGUAGUGUGGGAGCAGCUGAGAUGUGAUAACUCUGAGAAUGUUUUCUCCCAUAGCCUAAAAUAAAAGACGAGCCAAUUCCUUGGAGGUUGGUUUUAUUUAUUUGUGGGUUAGAACAUGUAUUUUAGUGUAAACACAGAAUUCCAGGACCUUACAACAGAUGAAGUACAAUUUUAUCAAAACAUUUCCAAAAUAGUAACUUCUUUUUUUAAAAAAACCAUUGCUUCGUGAAAUAGAACGUUGACAGAAUAAAAAGAUAUUCAGUAACUGGUGUAAAGCCAUGUAGGAGGGAGACAAUUGCACUUCACAGUAUAAGGUAAUACAUUAUCUUGGUCCAGCCACUGAGAAGGUGUUCUCCUCUUGUCCCACCCAGCUGUUUCUCCACAGCUGGAAUGGAUGGAAUGGAUUCAGUUCCAAAGCGAGAACUUAAUGUGGCUUUUCAGCUAAUGCUAUUUUUCUUUCCCUUUAGGCUGGUGGUUUGUGAGCACAUCAGAUGAACAAGGAUGGGUCCCAGCUACAUGCUUAGAAGUUCAGGAUGGAGCCCAGGAUGAAUUUUCAAUGCAACCUGAAGAAGGUAAGAAAAUGGCUUGAGAGAAGCUCCCCAAUAAUUCCUGGGUUUAUUAUGUGAACUGCUCUAGUCCAGCUAAAUUUUUCAGGCUGUUGUCCAGGGAGCUAAAACUCCAGUUUGGUUUGCAUUUUAAAAAGUCCUAGUAUCUCUCAUCUUUAGCAAGCUCCCAUGAAGGCUGAACUGGAUAUCACUGACAGAGAAGGUGGUGCUAAUGAGCUUGCUUGAGCCUUUCCCAGCCUUCAGUAUCCAACUUUUCCUCCAUCUUUGAGCCACAAGCCACACCAGCCUUUGAUAUGAAGAGCACACAUUCUGAAUUAAGACCCCUAAAUGGGUGCUUUGUUGGGUAAUUUUUAAAAAAAAUGACAGCUGCUGUUACCCUAUUGUAUUGCACCUGAGUAAUAUUUGCUAUGGCUGUCCACACUGGAAAGUCCCAAGUGGUUUACAUGGACCCCACGGUGGUUUCUCUUCCCCUUACUGCUCAAGUUCACAUGCACUUCUUUUCAACAAUGCUGCAACAGCAGGUGCUCCUGUGACAUUUGCUAGGUCCUCCCCAUGGUGGCUUCUUGUGAUGGAAUGAGAAAUGCAGAGACAGACAUCAACAAAACGGGUCAAAAGUGUCCAAAGGGCACAACACUUUUUGAGGAACUUCUUGAGUUUGUUGUGAUUGCUUCGUUCCUUCCUUUUUUAGAAGGUGCAGAUACUCCUCAUUUUUAAUUUGACACCUUUGUUAAGCAAAGCAUCCAAGUCUUUCAUAUGUGCUGUGGAGGGAUCAAGGUGCAUUGUCUGGUUGUGGAAUUGUCUGCUCUAUUAAACAAGGCUGAUACUUCCAAGGAGUGAAGAGCUGCCUCCUUACACCCUGUUUUGUCCCUCUCCUGCUUCCCCAACAUGCUCCUCCCAGUCCCAUGGAGAUACUGGUCUCUUCCCAGGCACGUGGGCCGCCGUCGGACUCUUGGGGACUUGUACACCAGUGGAUGGGGUCAAGGUGGAUGCUGUGGAGAUUGCUUUUAUUGACCUCCAUUUGUGCUUUGGACAUUUGUCUACUUACCGUUUCUGCAUGUGCUGCCCAUUGUGGUGUUUGCAUGCGUUGUUGCAUGUAAUAUAUUACUUAUUCACUGGGAAUCCACCCUUUGUAUUUCCUUGUGUUCAUUGCUAGUCAUAUAUGUUAAACCCCCACCCACCCCUCUUUCUCCUGCUUCUGGUACUUACUGUGUCAAUGCCUCAUGAUUUAGGAGUUCUACUCUUCUGUGCCAGACUAGAGAGGAUGUUAAAUGCUCCUUUACAUUCAACUUGCAAGUGCUAAAAAAUGCAAAUUGCAUUGGGUGGGCUGAUAAUUACUGGGCUCACAGCCGGCAUGGUGAGAGAAUUUUUCUCUUUGUUUCCCCUGUUAUGGUCUUAAGGAAAAUCUCAGAAGCCAGUAUUUGUUCUCGGAGACAUUUUUCUCCCAAAGCAAAUACCACCUUUCAAAAGAGGAAUUUCCUCAAGACUGCAAGGAUAUGUGUGUGCAAAGUUUAAAUUCUCCCUCCAUAACUGCUGUGAGCCUAUAAAUUAUCACACACACACACACAUGUCCGGCUGAUGCAAUUAAUAAGCACACACUAGCGUGUUAAAUAUGAAGCUACAUUUAAUGUCUUGUCUGGUUGCCCUUAGUUGACUCAGAUAUUUCCUUCUUGCACUGUGUUUCUAGCUUAUCUUAAAUCUAGAAGGAAAACAAAGACUGGCACAGACCUGCUUGAUGUAAUCGACCACAUCUCAGAGUUUUCAUGCCUUGGCUGUGUUCCUUAUAAUUCCUGUUGCAUCCUGAUGCCAUGACAUCUGUUUGAUGCUCUGCUGAUGUGCUUCUGAUUUGUCAGGAAGUAAAGUGUGGAGCAUGUUGGUUGUGUGCUCAGGCACUUGAACACAUUUUAUGGCUAGACAUUUCAAGUGGACACAUACAUCCACUGAAGUACCUCAUUGUGAAGUUGGCACUUCAAGGUUAUGUUAGUCUAACCAAGUGCUUGUCCGCACUUUGCUUGUCCCAUCCCAGAAAGCAUGGGUCUGAGUGGUUUUCUGCUUGCCCCACCACUUCCCCGGGAAAACCUGUACUUUGCAACUGAAUCGGAGGAAACGUCAGUCCACGAAAAACCUGCUCCGAAUCAGCAGUAAAGAGCAGCUUUUCCUGGAGAAUGUGGCGACUCAAACUGAAGUGUGGAUGAGCUCAUAUACUGCAGUUCUGUAAGUGGAAAGGACUGUGCAUGUUGUUUCAGCUCUUCCUGCCAGAGAUAUCAUUAAACUAGCUGUGAAACUGAUUCCUGGCUCUGCACGAGGCAUUUCUAGAAAUGGGGACACAGUAUAGGCUGCAGAUGAGUAUUGAAUGCCAAUGGCAGUCUUGCUGAGGCAGACUAGCUGGCAUCACUUUGGCAGCUGUGCAUAGGGAAAGCAGGCCACAAAAGCAUCGUUUGUUAUUUGUCGGUGUUGCAGGUGGUGUGUGUGUGUUUGGAUUUCUUGCUUCUCUUUCUGUAGAGUUGCCGCGAUUAUAUUUUUAGUGAUACCGUGAUACCAGGUUAUUCUGCCUAGUCUUAGCUAGCUGUUACUUCCUUUUCCUCUGGAAUGUCGCUGGAAAUUGGUUAAAAGUCAUGGCCCUGGUGUUGGCAUAAUUCGCAUUCCCCUGUAACUUUACCAACAGUCUGUUAUUAGGGAGGAUGUAAGGCAAUGGCAGCUAACCUGUAGCCUUUCAGAUGUGCUUGGCCUCCCAACUCCUGUCAGGCUUAGCCAGCAUGUCCAAUGGUCAGGGAUUAUGAGAGUUGGUGCAGUCCGACAAUAUUUGGAAACUACUACCUUGGCUAUCUGUGAUGUAAGAGAUAGGGAAUGGUUGUCAUAGGGGCAGAGGUCAAGUAAGCACACUGUUUUUAUAAGAGAGCUCGACAGUGGCAUCAUGACCCCAGGUGAGGAGAAACAGAGGAAACGAAUGGGAUGCAAUCUUGGAACCAGUGGAGUUAUUGCAAGAGCUGUGAAAUAGCUGCUUAUUGGAGUGGUGUGGUUCCUUGAGUGCUAUAACAUGGGAGGAGCGUGGUCUCUUCAAUUGCGCAGGAGAAGCUAUCUGUGAGUCUCUGAUGUUACAGCGCUCAUGUGAGUGGAGCACUCAAAUGAACACUUGUGCACCCAGAUAAAGCUGCUGAAACAACAUCGGAACUGAUGCUUAAGGUGUUUGGUAUCGGACACUUAGGGCUAAUGGAAAAGCAGAUUCUUUUUAGAACAGGCCUGUGCAACACCCCACCCCGACAAGCCUGGCAUACACAGCCCACCUCAUUUCCACUGACCACCUAUUACAGCUGCCUGUCUUCAAUUGGAAAAACAGAGAGGUUGUCACGCACCAGGCAGGGGCUGAUAGGGUUCAUUAGACUUGCAGGAGGGUAUUACAAGUUAUGUGAGUAGAUUUUUGGAAGCUUGUGUCAGGUGGAUAAUCUCUCGACCCUGGUGUGUGAUGCACCCGAUUGCCAACCUUCCCAUGCCAUGUAAUCCAGUUCAGAGUGCAAGACUUAAAGUUUGAAGAGUUUUCAAAACAGGGACUUCUAACAAGCUUUGUUUUCUUCUCUUCUAUUUUGCUCCCAAUAGAGGAGAAGUAUAUGGUCAUUUACCCCUACACUGCUCGGGACCAAGAUGAAAUGAACCUGGACAAAGGGGCUGUUGUGGAGGUGAUCCAGAAAAACCUGGAAGGAUGGUGGAAGAUCAGGUACCUUUCAUUUGGGGUUAAUGAAGAAGAAUCAAUGGGAGGCAGGCAUGCCCGAAUAUAAGGGGCAAGCUACUUUUAUUUAUUUAUUACUGCAGUCUUGUGUACUAAAACCCAAUGAUGUUUAUCUCUGUCUCUUGCAAAGCACCCUUAGGAGAGGGUAGCUUCCAUCCAGGAAGGGACAGAAGGAAAGAUCAGGUUAAGACACACAAAGCUCCAGCAAUGACUGAUGUAGAGGAAUGCAUUUUGUGGCAUUCUGCUCUGUUUCUAGGAGUUAAAAAUUAGAUAACACAAGCUCUUUUUGGAAGAGGAGUGGACACACAGAGGCAAUACUUUAGGGUUGAAAGGAAUUGCUUUUUGCAUUAUGAACAGAUGCCCUGAAAAUCUCAUUGGCACAUUCUGGUAUAUAAGGUGGCCCUGCCAACACAUUUGUGGGUUUCGGAAACAUGUGAAGGAAACUAUCCAAAAGGUAACAAGGCAUGAUGUGCCACUGAAGCUACAUUUUCAUAUCACAAAAUGGUGGGUGCAAAGAGGUGGGUUCAUUGGCUAUUUUAAAAAAAAACCCUUUAAAGAUGCUGUAAUGCAUAGGGGGGAAAGGUACUCGAACAGUUGAGUUGGGGAAAGAGGUUGUAGAGAAUGCCCUGAACCAUGCUUCUUUAUUGGCUUAAACUGCAUGCUGCUGCAGUUGUCUUUGCAGGUAAGGGCACUUACUUCCUUUUAGUGGUAAAAUGUGUUUAUCACACAGUCUCUGCUUUAAACCAAACCAACACACACAGCACUGUCACAAUGACUGCAACUGAAAGUGCUGGAUGGUGCACAAGUUGGUUCAUUAGGUGCAAAAAAAUGUGCGUUAUUUUAGUACCUACUUUUUGUAAGAGACCCAUUUCUACACUUCUGACUCCCAACAUAAUGAAACUGCAGACUGAUGAGUGAAAUUCUCCAGCAUCCUUAAAUUAAGGGGGAAGGUCUCCCAUCGUUCUGUUCUUUUUGCCUGGUAUAUUUCUUGCUCCUAAAUCAAAGCAUCUCUCUCAAUUGUCCACUCUGUUUGCUGUUGAACAAGUCAACCAUCCACCAGAUUUUUGCAUCUGUGUUGCCUAAAGAGGCUGCUGUUUGGUUUUGGUUUUUCGUUAAUAGAAUUUUUUUCUGGCUAUAGAUUUUUGAAGUGUUUAGUACAGCUUUGUUCACCACUUGAGAAUCACCUGUAUCCGCCAGCCUUGUAACGGGACAGCUAAAAUAUGGUUCACAUUUGCAGUAGAAAAUGGUUGAAAAUGUAUGUGUUAAUCAGAUGGGGCAAAAAUACAACACUCUGUUUACAAGGCAACUACAGCCAUAUUGAUCAGGGCCAUAACAGAACGCAGGCAAACUAAGCACAAAAAAGAAUGCCUUGAUGACUAUGAUCUAACCCUUGGUUGGUCAGCUAAAGGUCUCUUCUGGCUACAUUAUAGUUGUAAGUCUUGACACUGGGCUGACACUGACAAAGUGUGUGCCGAGGUAAAGCAGAGAGCAGGCUUUGAUUUCCGUAACCUUCCAAUGAACCUGCAGCAUUGGCAACCACUACACCAGGAAAAAAGAAUGUGUGUUGACAUUUUAAACUGAGGAAAUUUGCUUCAAAGAAUCUCGAGUCUAUUAAAGGCGCAGCAGCUGGCGUCAUCUGAUCCUAGCAUCUUUGCCUCUGGCCACUAAGGUGGCAUUUUCCUGUGGCUGGCACCAGUCCCUCCUCUCUGGCAGAUGUCCUUGGUGGAUGUGGUUUCUGAGUCAUGGUAAAGGUUUAGGGCUAUUGUUUUGUUUUGGGUUUCUCUUCUUUUAAUGGUUUUGAUGUAAGAAAAGAAGACAAACGGCACACUGGAAAAGUGGUGACCUUUGUAUGAGAACUGGAAACACCAAGAGUUAGACUGCUUUGCAUGUGACAGAAAAGUAGAUGCACCUGUUAUUACCACAUGCCCCAGUGUUGUUUCCUGUUAUACCUUCUUCUUUUUUUUUACAUUAUGCCACAGAGAAAUGUAAUUGGCCAUAGAUCUCUAUGUAUAUGCAGUGUAUGCAUUAGGGAUGGGGGACUUCAGGUCCAGGGGCCAAAUGAGGCCUUCUAGGCCUGUCUGGCCCUCAGGGUUUUUCCAAGGUCACACAGCCAUCACCAGUCCUGAUUUGCACCCUCCUUGAGUGUUUUUUUGCCUGGCUAGAAUGUGCCUGGAUGGAGAGGGAUGUGUGAAUGUGUAAAAACUAAUGUGGUGUACAAACAGCAAAUUUCGCAUUUGCAGCUGUGACUGCUUUUGCCUGUGGUUUCCCAGAAGGGGGUGUAGGCUGAAAAAGUUCCACCCACCCCCGGGUGUCUACAUGGUGAGAGUACACAGUUUGCCUCUACACAAUAUAGCAGAGGUGGGGCAGUCUUUGGCCCCUCCAGAUGCUCUUAACAUCCAUCUCCCACCAGCCUCAUGGCCAGUGGUCAAGGAUUAUGGGAAUUGUAGGCUAGCAACAUCUGGAGGGCCACAGGUUCCCUCAUCCUUGCGUUUUGAGGGACACAGCAAUAUGUGAUGUGGCCCUUAGGCAGGCCCACUAGACUCUGUGACAUUUGUCAUGCUGCUUCAAAAUAAGCAGAAAGGAUUCUGGACUCAAUACAUUAGAGUAGUCCAGUGCAUUUCUAGAAGGCACGUAAUGCACAGGUAACAAAUGAUCAGAGGGUCUUCCUCUGUGCCCAUGAUGCACCCAUAAUGGGUUGGAGACUCCUGUGUUCCAGAUUAGUCUUGCUGUAUGCCAUAAUCCAUUCCACAUAUGGAGACUGGUUAUUACAGCACAGCAUACUGCCAGUAUAUAGCCUUUCCCCCCCAAUGAGGUACAGCCACCUUGGGCAUCUGUAUGAAAAGAUGGGAGAUAAAUCAGCUUAAUCAACAAUAAGCAAACAUUCAUAAAUGUGAAGGUAUGGGGUCUUGAAAGAUACUCAAGAGUGUAUCUCUCAGAUAACGGAAGAAUGAAAUGAGGGGCGGGGAGGAAUCUGUAUUGAUCAGUCUGAUUUCUCAGAAUGUUGAUUUAGAACCCUUUUUGUGCCUCUCGAGAACUGCUAUGAAUCAGGAUGGCUGUAGCCGUGAUAAGAACGAGACAGAAGUCUAAAUAAUUUGACUAUGCAUAUUGCUGCAGGUAUCAGGGUCAGGAGGGCUGGGCCCCAGCGUCAUACCUGAAAAAGGGGAGUGGUGACAUGCUUGCUCCAAAACUGGGAUCUGCCACUUCCACCCACUCCUAUGCACUAGACCUGGAUGGAAUCUCCCGGCAGCAGAACUCGGCGGGCCGAGACAAGGAUGGGCCGAACAACCAAAGAGAUGGAAGGUUUGAUGGUCGCCCAUUGCCAAAUGUGGACCUUAGGCGAAGUAAGUUGGGAAGAAUGAACAAAAGUUUUGGGUUCUUUGUAGGACAUGCUAGCCUGGUGUGGUGCAGGAAGGUCUUCAUGGCUCUUGAGUUUUGUAGCUUCUUGAGAAUUAUAAUUGGAAGAACUGGGGUUAUUUAGGUCAGUUCAGCAAAGCUGAUGGUAAAUUUUGGAACCCUUUCUAGUGUAUGUUUGUAUUGCAUUCUACUUCUGCUGCUACUCCAAUGAAGCAUAUCUCAAACUUGGUGGCAGUUGUUUGGACAUUAUGCAUCUAGGGGGGCAUGUUGUUCAGGAUUUUAGUGUAGGUUUGCGUGUGAAGAACCUACCCACCCCGUCUCUAUAAUAUAUGUACUCAGUCUCUCUUUCCCUCUUGCUGUUUUUUUCCUCAGACUGGACUGGUGGGGUCUUGUUAGUUCUUCUUAAAUAUCACUUUUUGAAACAUGUUUUGAUACCCUUCAGUCACAAUGAAAUAUUUUCUUGGCAGAGUCACCAAAGAUGAGACAGAGACCCCCUCCUCGUCGAGAUCUCACAAUAGUAAGUAUUGCCCCCAGUUGCUUUAAGCUGGGGAGUUCUGGUGCAUUAUUAAAUACAUAGAACAAAAAUAAGCUAGACCAGUGGUGGUAGAAAGGGACACAGCUUGUCUUGCCGCAUUUUGCAUUUUGGCAUAGAUUCCCAUGUGCAAACAUGUCCGUAUAUGUAACUUGCUUCUUAAUGAAUGGAUGAAUAUGGAAGUGAUAAAAUAAUGCUCUGGCAAGGAUCAGACCAUUGCCGCAAUAUAUAAAAAUUCAUUGCAUGAGAAGCUUCCCUAAUCUUCCUCCUUGUGAUCCACAUGUGCAGUGGUUCUACCUAAUAUAGCUGGUGCAGGAGUGAGGCUUAACCCCCCCCAUCUGCUUUCUUCUGUCAAGGGACUCUUGCCUUACGAAUGAGUAUAUACCAUUCUGUUUUGAAGUAGCUGCACAGGCCUCUUCUGUUGUGUUUAUGGCCAGCAGAUAGCUGCAGCUGCCCACAAAAUAUACUUCAGGUGUGGCAGUUUCCAUAGCACAGGUGCUCUGGAAAUAAGCCUACUUACCUACCAUAUAUGACAAUGUGCACUGCAUGUAUAUAGAGUAUAUAUUCUUAAGCUGUCGUGGGAGCAUGGACUAAGCUUUGCUUAUAAGCCUCAUGCAUGUGUUUCUCUAUGCAUACAACUUUCCCUCAAGUUCAGAGAUUGACCAAGGAAACGUUGCCUUCUCCAUGAGGCCCUGGAGCACACACAGCUGGCAGGUCAGCAGUUGAAAUAUGUCCUGUAUAGAUGUUCCUGAAAUAGAUUUUGUUUUUUAAAGCAAACUUGGCCCAUUUUCCAAGUCAUUCCUUUUAUAUCAUAGUAUUAGAAAGUGACUAUAUUCACUGAUAAAAGAGUCUACAGAGAGUUGAAAAUAAAACCCCACAGAGGGAACUCUUAGGGUAAGAAGAUCCCUUGGGGAAAAGUGAGGGGGUUUUGCUUCUUCAGCGACAAUUUUCCCAGGAGCAGCCAUUCAAAGCAGGGCUGAAGCUGGGAUUACUUCUCUGCAGACCUGAAUUUUAAUCUGAGCUGCCCAAGAAUCCAUGAGCUUCUAAGGCUCUCCUCCCCUUCUAGGCAAGGAGUAUGACGUCUGGAAGUUCAUUUCCAGGCCCAGACCUGCUAAACAUCUCCAGCAUCUUUAAUCCCGUGUGGCCUCUCUUGAAAGAUGAGCUUGUCAGCAGUAACUGUAAAAUCAGUGAAGCCACAUGAACCUGCCAGCCAAAUGCUACCUUCCUUGUGGGCUAUUUUGGAGGGCAGUAGGGUAUAUUGUCCCUUGUCAUCUUCGGACAGAAGUAGGCUGAUGUGUGUUGUUUCUGCAACAGCCCCGUGGCCUCAACCUGCCUAAGCCUCCUGUGCCCCCACAAGUGGAAGAGGAGUAUUACACUAUUGCUGACUUCCAGACUACUAUCCCAGACGGCAUCAGCUUCCAAGCAGGAAUGAAAGUAGAGGUGAGGCUGCAUCCACCCUGCUCUUCUCCAGGCCCUUUGGGGCUUUCCACGGGUCCGCAUGCUAAAUCCUUUGUGUUUGCAGUAGUUGUCUGAUACAAUUGAUUUAUGCUGAUGAUUGACAGGGAUGAGCAGUGCUUUUUUUCCUAAAAAAAAAUGUUUAGGAGUACUCUCAUUUUGACUCAAGAAAAUCACCAUUUUAUAGUUCAAAUCGGGGAAAAUAAAUACAGUAAAUGGACAAAGUACAAAGAUUCACAAAUUGUUUAGGGGUAUGCGUACUCCUGCAUCCACCCCCAGAAAAAAGCACUGGGGAUUAGGGUCAAAUUUCUGUCCUUCUAUCGGUGAGUAAGGAAGGAUAAUCCUCCCUGGUGUGCUGUGUUCUAGUCUGACUGGUAUGUUCGUAUUCCGUUUUAAAAGGUGUGUGGAACAGCUCACCUUUCCAUCCUCCCUCCACACAUGCACAGCAGCCCCUUUCACUGGGAGAAGGUAGAAGUAUAAAAAUGAGGUAUUCUCUGCUUCUCCGCCAUGAAUGGAAUGUGUGCUGAAACUGCAACCAUCUUUCAUCUUCUGGUAAUGCAGGCAGUGAUCUUCUCCAGCUGCCUGCUCACCCUGAACUUUCACAUUUUCCUUCAUCAGAUUUUUGCCUUAUCAGCUUAAAAUAUUUGCAUACUGCUUACUAUUUAUUCAUUUAUUGCACUUCUCUCCCACUUUUUAUUUCCCCAUCCCCAAUUAAAAUUACAUUUUAAAAAUAUUUUUAUUUAUUUUAUAUAUGCAACCACUAUAUUCAAGAAUCUUGAAGUGAUUCGCUCCAUAAAAACACACACGCAACUACACUACUACACUGUGUGUGUGUGUGUGUGUGUGUGUGUGUGUGUGUGUGCAUUUAGAAAUGGGGAUGUUAAUUAGCUGUAUCAGCCUUUAAAAAUUUGGAGUUUAGUAUCCUGCUGGUGGUACCUCAUCUAUGGCUCAUUGCUGACACCUAGUGGCCAAGUAGUUUUCUUGGCCAAUUGGAUUAUUGUGCUGUGAAAAGUGGCCUACUUUUGGUGCUCUGUAUACAUAUGCAUGUGUGGAUGCUCAGGUACAAGAGUGAUUCUCAUUUAAUAGUGCAAACUAGCUAGAAGUACAUGAUUAUAUUUUGUAUUGCACAAGGGCCUCAGCCAUUUCAUACAUUAUACUGAGACAAGCCCAGUUGUGUUACUGAGUGUUAACUCAACAAGGAGUUGCAGCCAUUCUAUGGCUCCUGUUGCAACAGAUGCAUGCAUGGCAUCCACAUAUUACAUUUCUAGGUGUGCACAAACACAAAAUUACUUGUACACCUACGAAAUGUCCUUUGUGAAAUGAUUCUCGCCUUCAGACAGUUAGAUAAAUUCAACAACAGAAGAUUCUGUUAAGCAGAGUGAAAGGCCAAGGUUAGGACAAUAUAAGAAGUUUAAAGAGCAAUAUAAGGAAGCUGCAGCUUUCUGCAGUUCCUUAUCUAUGAGAGGAAAUGCCAAAAGAUUCAAGGCUGAAAUGAGACUCCAUGGCAAUUUAAAAAGAUGGUUUUGAAAGUGGAAGCUCUUCCUUAAUCUCCACCACCACCUUUGCUCCUAGAAUUGGGAGGGAGGCAGAAAAGAAAUUGCUGGGGCAUAGCUUCAUCCUUGGGCUGGGGGUUAGACACCUCUGUUCUUAAGUAACCCCGUCAGCUUUGAUGUGAGCAGUUGAAGCAACUGGUGCGGCAAGAGAUCUAAGGCAUGGCGUUUCUCUUUCCUUCCGCAGGUCAUUGAGAAGAACCUGAGUGGUUGGUGGUACAUCCAGAUAGAGGAGAAGGAAGGCUGGGCACCAGCUACUUUCAUUGACAAGUACAAGAAAACUAGCAAUGCAUCUAGGCCUAACUUCUUGGCACCGCUGCCAAAUGAAAUGGCGCAGCUCCGGCUUGGUGACAGUGUGGCAGAGAGCAGCUCUAAUGGAGAAGCCUUUGGGCCGUCCAGGCCUCUGCCUGAAGCACCACCCAAUGACAUCGACAGUGCAGGGAAAUGGAAAGCGAAGGAGGUUUCCAAGGGUGCCCUGCCAGAGAGCAGCGAUGCAUCUCUCUCCGUGGGGUAUGAGGAGAUUUGUGAUCGGGACACCGAAGAGAAGCCGAGCCUCCCUCCGAGGAAGGAAUCCAUAAUUAAAUCCGAAGAGGAGUUGAUAGAAAGGCAGCGGUUGGAACAGAGGCCACCUCCAAAGCCUCCUGGCAUGAUUUUGCCUGCGAUUCCCCCCAAGCAGGCUGUUCCUCCGAGGGACAACAGGAAGCCAGAGCUCAAAACAGAGAAGGGGAAACUGUUCCAGCUGAAAAACGAAAUGGGGCUAGAGUGUGGGCACAAGGUGUCUCCCAAAGAGGUGAAGAAGCCAAACCUUCGGCCCACUGUUAAGCCUGCCAAGCCAAAAGUUGAGCCCCCGGAGGACAAGCCUGAGCUCGGGACCCCGAACCCUUUCCUGAAAUCAAAGCCUCAGGUCAGACCCAAGCCAGCAGCAGCCCCUAGGACAGAUCCCCCUCAGGGAGAUGACAAACUAGACAUUUGCAACCUGAGGAGCAAACUCAGGCCUGCCAAAGCGCAAGAGAAGCCUUCUGAUCAGGACCCCAUGGCUGGCGAGAGUGCCUUCAGUAACAACGCACUUCCUGUGGAAUCUUCCGUCCGGUCUCAGGAAAGGCCAGCUGUGGAGAUGAGGCCUCCAUCCAGACCAGACAGCCAAGUCUUCAAGGAGGCUGCUUCAUCCAAAGUUCCUUUUGGCUCCGCAAAGCUGAGUGAGGCCGAUUCCAAGGGUAGCUUUCCAGCUUCCAGGGAACCACCUCAGCGGCCCGUAGUGCCACCCAGGAGGCCGCCUCCUCCCAAGAAAGCCUCCACACCAUCGCCUGCAUCUUCGUUUGCCCCCUCUCCGGAAAAUAAAGCUCCACAGAGGGAAGUGCCUGAACUGAGAGCUGCCUCUGUCCCUGGCAGGCCGAUGCUGGUUCCACCAAAAGCCAAAGGUUUCCUGCCAGCUCCGUGCCAAGAUGAAGCCAAAGCGAAAAGCGGCCUAGGCCCAAAGGGAACCCCCAAGCCUGUGGAGAGGGAGAGAGGAUCCGUCCCCAUCACCAGUUCAGACGUCUCCAGAGAAGCCCUCUAUGUGGCUGUGGCAGAUUUUGAUGGCGAUGAAGAAACCAGCAGCUUUAAAGAAGGGACCUUGUUUGAAGUCCGAGAGAAGAACAGCAGCGGCUGGUGGUUCUGCAAGGUCCUUGCUGGAGCGCCAUGUUGGGAAGGCUGGAUUCCUUCCAAUUAUCUCAGAAAAAAGCCAUAAGCCCUUCCAUUUGUCUUCAGAUUAAGCAGCAGCUCAACAUUCCCCAUUUUAGUAUCAAAAUAUUUAAUUAGUUUAUUUAUAGUUUUUCAUAAGGCUGGCUCUAUUAUUAUUUUUUUAAGUAUCUGGGACACCAUACAUUCCAACUUGUGUCAUUUCCAAGAAAGAAUAGCAAGAGAAACAGGCCUUCCUAUUAGUGUAGUUUUGCUACUGUUGCUACUCUUGGCAGCUCAUUCCCUAAAUAAUUUUUAAGAGGUUAAUUCACAGAGACACACACAAUUGAUCCCUUCCCCAGCCUCCAUGUGGUUUAGGUCCACCUGCCCCUCACAGGGCUGGCUGAUAAAAAAAAGUGUUCUUUAAAAUUGUCUCUCAAGUUCUGGAACACACAGUAGCACACAAAAUGCCUGCACACACACACACACACACACACACACACACACACACACACGUUAGAAUGUAAAAACCUGCGAGAUGAUUUGUUUUCAGCUUGGUGAGGAAAUGGAAGUGAGUCCCACUAACCAAUGAAUGGAAAUGAGAAAUUGAAAAGCCACUGUUUGUGCUGAGUUCCCUUGUUAAAUACCAUGUGCCACAUUUUGCUGUUGUUCAGGUGCUAAUAGGCCUCUGAAUAAGUAAUUUGAUGUUCUAGGAUAUGCCUAGGUGGAAAGGCCCGUCCAAGUAGCUGCUAAGAGAUUCUUUCUAGCCUUGUAUAAGUAUCUUUUGCCCCAUAUUUGAGCAAUCCUUCUGCCACUGUAGGUCCCACAUUAAUGCCUCUUUUGAUGUCUGUUGUGCUGACCUCUUUGUAUAGGCUCCCCUCCCAGUAUUAUAGUCUCCUUUUAGUAAAUAAAGCAGAUAUUAUAUUAGGUUAUCUAUACUGUUCCGCUGUAAGGUUUCAAAUAACUCCCAAGACCUCCUGGCAGGAGGAUUGCUAGCAGAACAAAGUGCUGCCUCUUCAGGGACAGAUUGCACAGCUGCAUUCACGCCUGUACGCAAGUAGAUCUCUAGUGCUGUCCUAUCAUGAUUCCUCAGGUCUGGUAGAUGACAGCUGCCAGGAUGGUAGCCCUCCAGUGGGUGCUAAUAAUUUAUACUGCAAGGCUUCCCAACCUGGAAGUAGCAUCUAGAUUUCACAAGGGACGGAGGUUUUGCUGUACCUCUCCCCACUUUAUCUAUUCCUUACCCUUUUCAAAAAGCAUGUUUCUCACCCAUGUGUUGAAUUGUAGGGUGGAGAGGGGGAAAUGUGGAUGUUAUGCAGCGAGGCUAAAACAAUAGUUCUUGGAGCAAUGUGAACUGCUCUGACUGAGUGGGAAGGCAUGUGUCUGAUCCUGGCUUCUUUAACUAUGGACCAUUCCAGUUUUCUGUGAUGCCAUGGAAAUGGCUCUCAUGAGAGGAGGGCUGGGUUCAGAGCACAAUGUGCUUAAUACGACAUAUGUAUAUUUUGGAGCAGUGGCCAUGAGGCAUCAGAGAAAGAAAUAUCAAAUGCGCGUUUAGAAAUAUAUAUGUCUUCCCAUACUUUGCCCCCCUUUCAUUUAAUACAUGUGUAUGUGUAUUCAUCUCCAGGGUGUGAAAAAGCCAGAUGAGCAAUGCCUCCUGCUCUCAAUCUUAGAUGUUUUCAAACUUACCAUUGCUGCAAUGGAUCAGUGGUUUUAUUUUCAGAAAUAUAAACCUGGAUAGAUUCACUGCUGAUCUAACAGUAAAAAAAGAAAUCAUGUUUGCAUUGACCAAGAGAGGAUCAAUGAUUUCCCAUGUGUGUGUUAUUGGUUUGAGUCUGCCUAGUUUGGUCUCCCAUGGGCUGAACUCCACUUACCUGCUUUAAUCAGGUAGUAUGCAGAUUUAACUUAAGCCAACCUUCCCCAAUCUAGUGCCUUCCAGAUGUUGAACCACAACCCCCAUCAUAUGAGCCCCAGCCAGUAGGGCUAAUAGUUAGGGGUGGUGAGAACAUGCAACUCGACACCUGGAGGGUACUAGUUCGAGGAAGGCUGGCUUAAGUUAAAUCUGCAUACUGUCAUAAAUCUUCCUAUAUAAUGGGUAUUUUUUAAAAAUGGAGGAUUUAGGAGUCCAUCUCCUAACUUUGCUUUCUGAAAAUCAGCACUUGAAGUUCACUUCAUGUCAUUUUCCCUAAAGACAUGUUGCUUUGGUCCCAGUUUAGAUACAGGUACUGUCCUUUUAGUGCUGUAGUGUUUCUUUUGUCCAUCCCUUAGAUCAGCGGUAGCCAACAUGGUACCCUAAAUGAUGUUGGGCUACAACUCCCAUCACCAUCUUCAAGCAACUUCAAGCAUCCUUUGAGGAUGCGGAAUAUCUAGAUCCAUUCUAGUCUGGAUUCUGGCUUGGUUUGGAGACAGAUCAGCCUUGGUUGCCCUGAUAAAUUACCAUUGUCUAGAGAAGGAUAGGGGGAGUGUGACUGUGUUACUCUUUCUUGAUCUCUGUGACCUUUGAUACCAUCUGCUAUGGUGUUCUUGGACUGGCUCUGAGAGAUGGGACCUGGGGGCAUGUUCUUCAGUGGUCCGUUCCUACCUUCAGAGCCUGUUUCAGAGAGUAGCACUGGAAGAUUGCCUGUUGGCUUCCUGGCAGUUAUGUUAAGAGGUCCCAAAGCUUACCAUCUUGUCCCCAGUUCUGUUUGAUGCCUAUAUGAAGCCUUUGGGUGAGGCCAUUAGAAUAUUUGGAGCUAACUGCCAUUGAUAAACUGAUGUCACCCAACUCUUUCUCUUUGGCAUUUGAGUCGGGUAUGGUGUGCAAGCCCAGAGCCAGUGUCUGGACUCAGUGGUGGGUUGAUAAACUGAAGCUGAAUCCGGGUAAGUCUCAGGGCCCUGUGUGUGUGUGUGCACCUACUGUCCAGGAUAGAGGUCAGUUACCUGCUGUGGGUGGGGUUGCACUUCCUUUGAAGGGACAGGUAUGUAGUCUGAGAGUGAUGCUUGAUCCAUUGUUAUCACUGGAGGCUCCAGUACCUUGGAAUGCUUGGUAGUUUUGGCUGGUGUGCCAGCUAUGGCUGUUUCCGGACAGGGAUAGCUUAGCUUCAGUGGCCCAUGCAGUGGUCCCCUUGCAAUGGAAUUGCUGCAGUGUGCUCUGUGUAGAGCUUGUGUUUGGUUGGGAAGCUGCAACGGAUGCAGAAUGUGGAGUCACAGCUUAUGGCCAGGUUGCCUUCUGGAGAGAACUGCACUGGAUGGCAAAAAGCUUUACAGGACCAAAUUUAAGAUUUUACUGUUAAGAGUAUAAAGCCCUAAACAGCUUGGUACCAGGGUAUCUGAUACAUCACCUCUAUGUACCUGUAUGUUCACUGCAGUAUUUUAUUUUUCAAAACUGUAUUUUUACUUUUGUUGUUGUUGUUGUUGUUUUGUUGUUGUAUACUGUUAUGGCAUUUUGUAACAUUUAGCAGUUAUCAAUAUUCCAAAAUUAAUUAAUAAAUCGGCUAAACCAAUGAUCAGGGUUGAUGGGAGUUGUAGUCUGACAAUGUCUGGAAGAUACCACGUUUGUUAUCUCUAUGUUAGAUAAGUCUCAUUCAUCUUUGCAUGGCCAGUAAGCAAGGUAUCCUUUGUACCAUAUGGGAGAUGAAAUUUGAUUAUUCACUUUUUGUGCUCUGAACCUAUGAUAACUGCUCUAGUGAUGUCAUCAGAUAGGUAAAGAAUUUGCAACCCUGUAAUGUCAUCUCAACACGUACUGCCCAGGUGCUUUCCCCCUCUUCUCUGUUCGAUUAUAUGUGUGUGGUAGUAAACACUACAACACGAUGCCAAAAUAGAUUGCUUUAUACCAAAAUAAAUUACUGUGAAAAGAAGCAACUUGACUCAUUCCCCCACCCACCCCAGUCUCAGUUCCAAGGGCCUUUCUUGUUCACAUUUUGCUAGAUCUUGAGGUGCUUCCUCGCGAGUCCCAGUUGCUCUCCUUCCACACACCUCUCUAUCCUUGGCAAAACCUUCACAGAAGGGGCCCCGGACUGAUAGUGCUGUGUCUGAAAGCAGCCCAUGACACACACACCUCUGUGCCUCAUUUUUUAUUAUUGCACAGGAUGCAGACAAUAAUACUGACCUAACUUGCUGGGCAUGAGAAGCAUUGGUGAGCUAACCCUUCCCUCAGUACUUUGUCCUAGGCCAGCCUCCCACAACCAGUGCUCUCCGGAAGUGGUUGGACUACAAUUCCCAUUAGACCCAGCAAACAAGGUUAGGGAUGUUGAGAGUACAACAACAUCUGGAAUGGCACAGGCUGCGGAAAGCUGUCCUAUGCUGAAUUGGGGGGGCAGGGUCAUUCUAAUUAUUGCCUGUGACACAUAGGUGAAACUUGCCCACAGUCACAUACUGUGUUUUCCUUCCACCAAGCUCACUAAAUCACAUCCCAGGGUAACUAACUUUACUAUGGGGAUAACGGAUAUUCAGCCUUUUGCUUACCAAAGCCAGCUUUGCAGCCCUCUGACUGGGAUGUUGGAGGCAGAGGGAGGCUGCCUAAAUGGCCUUGCCUUCCUGUGCAAACAUUAGAAGCCUGUUUUAAUGUCUCGUAUUAUGUAAACUUGUAUCAACCUGUACUUUACCGUGGGUGGGAUUUGGGGUGGGGGGAAGGGUUUCUGAGGAUGAUAGAUGUAGCCUGUGUAAAAUAUCAUGUAUACUUCCAACAUUAAAGGGUGGUGACUGUUGGGGUUUUUUUAGGAAAAGAAAUAAAAAAAUGAGCUUGACUGGUUUCAAGCAGAAUUGUUAC